AUUGCAAGGAAAAAGCAAAACUACACGCUACACUGUGUAGUUUUGUUUUGAGGGGAUAUUUCGAGGCUCAACCGUUCUCACCUUGGAUAUUUUGGAAACAUUCUGGAUAAGGAGAUUGUUGCAUUAGUCACCUGGGCACAGUCCCAUCUGUUCAAGGCACCCUGGUGCAUACAAGGUGUCUAUCAAAAUGUCGACACAGGCGCCAACAUUUACACAGCCGUUACAAAGCGUUGUGGCACUUGAGGGUAGUGCUGCAACGUUUGAGGCUCAAGUUAGUGGUUCUCCAGUUCCUGAGGUGAGCUGGUUCCGUGAUGGCCAGGUUCUUACUGCUGCGGCUCUGCCCGGCGUUCAGAUCUCGUUCAGCGAUGGCCGCGCUGUUCUGACGAUCCCUGCUGUGACAGCCGCACACAGUGGAAGAUUUUCUGUGAGAGCUACCAAUGGAGCUGGACAAGCCACUAGCACCGCUGAACUCCUUGUUACAGCGGAGACUGCGCCACCCAACUUUAUUCAGAGACUUCAGAGUAUGACCGUGAGACAAGGAAGCCAAGUGAGAUUGGAUGUUCGUGUGGCAGGAAUCCCUACACCUGUGAUUAAGUUCUACAGAGAAGGAGCUGAGAUACAAAGCUCCGCUGACUUUCAGAUUGUUCAAGAAGGAGACCUUUACAGUUUGUUGAUUGCUGAAGCUUUCCCAGAGGAUUCUGGAACCUACUCCGUAAAUGCUUCAAACAGCAGUGGGCGGGCUACCUCCACUUGUGAACUACUAGUUCAGGGUGAAGAGGUAGCAGUGCCUGCUAAGAAGACCAAAACAGUUGUGUCUACUUCUCAGAUCUCUCAGACUCGCCAGACUAGAGUUGAGAAGAGAAUGGAGUCUCAUUUUGCGUCCUCGUCCAUGAUGUCGAUGCAGGUCGAGGGGGGUGUUAUGACCCAGCAGUUGGCACACAAGACCCCCCCCCGUGUGCCACCAAAGCCAACUUCAAAGUCACCAACUCCACCAUCUCUGGUGUCCAAGGUUGCAGGUGCUCGUCACCAGUCUCCAUCACCUGUGAGACAUGUGAAGGCACCCACUCCAACCCCUGUCAGGUCUGCCUCCCCCACAUCCAGACUGUCUGUCUCCCCCAUCAGACCUGUGAAGUCACCAUUGACCACACGUAAGCAGAUGGCCCUGGGAGCAGAUGUCCCGCCCCCCUGGAAGCAGGGAGGCUUCGAGUCCAGCUACACCAUGACUGCUGGAGCCACCCGCGUCCAGACCUCUGCCUCCUCUGUUCACAUGGAGCAGCACUGGGAGGGCUCAUAUGGAGUUCAGCAGCAGCAGCAGCAGCAGCAGCAGGUGACAGCCGUAUUUGUCAAAGAGGGUGAGGGGGGGAAAAAGGCUGAGGCGGUGGCUACAGUACUGGCUGCUGUCGACCAAGCACGUGUUCGGAAGCCUGUGCAUGCAGAGGGUGGUCAUGCUGAAGAGGAAACUAUAGAAACAGAUUUGAAACAGCAGCAAAUGCUGGCCACAGAGCAACAUGUAACAACCCGGACAGUGACAACCCAAAUGCCAACUGCUAUCCACACCUAUACCCCUGAGCAAAGCCUGCAGGUCUCCCAGAUGCAAAGAAGUACAGAAACAACCACCCAUGUGGAUACUGCCCUGCCCCCAUCCCCAAUUCCACAUUUUACAGUUUCAAAAGUCACUGUUCCUAAACCUGACUAUAGUUAUGAGGUUUCAAGAACAGGCUCUGCUAUUGCCACACUGCAGAAAGAGUUAUCCUCUACCUCUGCACAAAAGAUCAUCAAGCCAGUCAAGCCUCCAUCUCAUAAGACUGUGGAGACAAGAAUGAUGCCAGAGUCUACCCCUCCUCCAUUUAAAGAUAUUACUGACAGAUAUCAGACAUAUUUCGACACUCAAUUACAGACAGGGACAGGAUAUAUAGGGGGCAUGGAGCAAAUAUAUGAGGAUUGGGAAACACAGGUUGUGGAGGCAGCCGCUGUACCUUCAACUCUGGAGGAAAGUGUGGUCCCACCUACUCUUUUGGCUGCUUUGAUGGACUUGACUGUGACAGAGGGUGAAUCUGUGACUCUGGAGUGCCAGAUCAGUGGUCACCCUGCCCCUGUCAUCAUGUGGUUUAGAGAGGACUACAGAAUCGAGAGUUCCAUUGACUUCCAGAUAACCUAUGAGGGUGGAUUUGCUCGUCUGGUAAUCCGUGAGGCCUUUGCUGAGGACAGCGGUCGCUUUACCUGCACUGCCACCAGCGAGGCUGGAACAAUCAGCACAUCCAGCUACCUACUUGUUCAAGUGUCAGAAGAAAUUGAAUUGGCUGCUGUCACUGAACAGACAAUUGUUCACGAGAAACAGAUGACAGUUGAAGCAAAGGAGGAGACCAUGUCGGAGGUGAGUGGCGUUGCAGAGUCUGUGGAAACUGCAGCUGCUGUUGCUCCCUUCUUCAUCAAGAAACCUACUGUACAAAAGUUGGAGGAAGGAGGAUGUGUUGUCUUUGAGUGCCAGAUUGGAGGUAGUCCAAAGCCCAACAUUUUCUGGAAGAAGAGUGGGGUACCUCUUACAACUGGAUACAGAUAUAAAGUUGCCUACAAAAAGGAGACUGGAGAGUGCAGGUUGGAGAUCUCUAUGACAUUUGCUGAUGAUGCGGGAGAGUACGCCAUCUUUGUCAAGAACCAGCUUGGAGAAGCCUCAGCCUCAGCCAGUCUGCUUGAGGAAGAGGAAUAUGAAGCCUACAUGAAGACACAGGAAGUGACAUACAAGACUGAAGUGACUACAAUGGUACAGGAGCCCAAAGUGGGAGAUGUGCCCCCCGUUGUUGUGAGCGAAUAUGGGAUGGAGCAGAGGGGCAUGCAGACCCAGAUGAUGCAAACAUUUGUCUCCGAGCAGGAAUUCCAAAUAUCAAACAUUGAAGAGAGGAUUAUCUAUGAGAUUCAGUUGACCAUCAUGAGGAUCACCUACCAGGAACUAGUUAUUGAGGAUGGAGAGGAGAUGGUGACUGCUGCAGAAGAAGAGGCUGUACAGCCAGCCUUUGCUACUCCAGUCAAACACUACAGGAUCAUGGAGGGAAUGGGGGUCACUUAUCAUUGCAAAAUGACAGGAAAUCCACUUCCUAAGAUUGCAUGGUACAAAGAUGGAAAGCGUAUCCGUCACGGCGGUCGUUACCAGAUGGAGGUUCUUCAGGAUGGCCGAGCCAGUCUACGUCUCCCUGUGGUGCUGCCUGAAGAUGAGGGUGUUUACACAGCAUUUGCCAGCAACAUGAAGGGCAAUUCUGUGAGCUCUGGGAAGCUUUUCGUAGUGUCGUCUGCAGUAGGGGGACCUCAGAGAUAUACACCCCAGCCAGCAAUGCAGAGAAUUAGAUCUACAUCCCCACGAUCUGCGAGCCGCUCUCCUAGUCGCUCUCCUGGUCGCUCUCCUGCUCGCAGGCUUGAUGAAACAGAUGAGAGUCAGUUGGAAAGGCUGUACAAGCCUGUCUUUGUCCUGAAGCCUUCCUCAUUCAAGUGUGCUGAGGGGCAAACUGCAAGAUUUGACCUGAAAGUUGUUGGUAGACCAAUGCCUGACACAUAUUGGUUCCACAACGGACAACAAGUGGUCAAUGACUACACCCACAAGAUAGUUGUUAAGGAGGAUGGAACUCAGUCGUUGAUUGUGGUUCCAGCAAUGCCCCAUGACUCUGGAGAGUGGAAUGUUGUUGCACAGAACAGAGCUGGAAGAACCUCUGUUUCCAUGACUUUAACCGUUGAUGCUAAAGAAAACUUGGUCCGACCCCAGUUUACUGACAAGCUGAAGAACAUCAGUGUAAGACAAGGCACUCUGGUUGAGUUGGCGGUCAAAGCCAUCGGAAACCCCCUGCCUGAUAUUGUUUGGCUGAAAAACAGUGACAUCAUCUCCCCACAUAAGCACCCAAAUAUCAAGAUUGAAGGCACCAAAGGAGAGGCCAAAUUCCAGAUCCCUGUUCCAGUGAGCUCUGAUAGUGCCUGGUACACAGCCACAGCCAUCAACAAAGCUGGAAGAGAUACCACUCGCUGCAGGGUCAAUGUUGAGGUGGACUUUGUUGAACCUGAACCUGAAAGGAAGCUUAUUAUUCCCAAGGGAACCUACAAGGCCAAGGAUAUUGCUCCUCCAGAGUUGGAACCCUUGCAUCUCCGUUAUGGUCAAGAUCAGUGGGAGGAGGGUGACCUUUAUGACAAAGAGAAACAACAGAAGCCCCACUUUAAGAAGAAGCUGACUUCGGUCAGGCUCAAGCGUUUUGGUCCCGUCCAUUUUGAAUGCAGACUUACCCCUAUUGGAGACCCCACCAUGAUGGUUGAAUGGUUGCAUGAUGGCAAACCCCUGGCAGCUGCAAACAGGUUGCGCAUGGUCAAUGAAUUUGGCUACUGCAGUCUUGACUUUGAAGCUGCUUAUGCCAGAGACAGUGGUGUCAUCACUUGCAGAGCAACUAACAAGUUUGGAGUUGACCAGACCUCAGCUACCCUGAUUGUCAAGGAUGAGAAGAGCCUUGUUGAGGAAAGUCAGCUACCUGAGGGUAGGAAGGGAAUACAAAGAAUUGAUGAGAUGGAGCGUAUGGCUCAUGAAGGUGGUCCUUCUGGAGUUGGUGCAGAUGAAGGAUCAGAGAAGACAAAGCCAGAGAUUGUUCUUGUUCCUGAGCCUGCCAGAGUACUGGAAGGUGAAGCUGCAAAAUUCCGUUGCAGAGUGACUGGUUAUCCUACACCAAAGGUUAACUGGUACCUUAACGGUCAGCUCAUUCGCAAGAGCAAGAGAAUGAGACUUCACUAUGAUGGUAUUUACUACCUAGAGAUUGUAGAUAUCAAGUCAUACGAUUCAGGAGAAGUGAGAGUGUUGGCAGAGAACCCCAUUGGUACAGCUGAGCAUACAGUUAAGCUUGAGAUCACACAGAAAGAGGACUUCAGAUCUGUCCUUCGUCGUGUCCCUGAGGCUAAGGCUGUAGAAGUUGGCAUUGUACCAGAAGCUGGGAAAGUUUCCUUUGACGUUGUGAAGGUUGAAAAACCCGACGAGGACACUCGGCCCAAAGAGGUUGUGAAGCUGAAGAAGACAGAGAGAGUGAUCCAUGAAAAAUCCACAGAGGAGACCGAUGAGUUGAAAAAUAAAUUCAAGCGCAGAAAAGAGGAGGGUUACUAUGAGGCCAUCACUGCUGUGGAGCUCAAGUCUCGCAGGAAGGAUGAGUCUUACGAGGGCAUGCUUAAGAAGAGGAAGGAGGAACUUCUUCAUCAUAUGAAAGAGAAGUCUGAGGCUGAAAAGAAGAAGGAGGAAGAACGCAAGGUCACCGCUCCCUCAAUCAAACCAGAAAAAUUCAAGCUCUCUCCCAGCAUGGAAGCUCCAAAGAUCAUAGAGCGUAUUGUAAGCCAGACAGUUUCCCUGAUGGAUGAGGUUCGUUUCAGAGUCAGGGUGAUUGGUAAACCGGAGCCUGAGUGCCAAUGGUUUAAGAAUGGUGUUUUGCUUGAGAAAACGGAUCGCGUCAAUUGGUAUUGGCCUGAAGAACAUGUAUGUGAAUUAGUGAUACGCAAUGUCACAGCUGAAGAUUCUGCCAGUGUCAUGGUUAAAGCCGUCAACAUUGCAGGGGAAACUUCAGGCCAUGCUUUCCUGUUGGUGCAAGGAAAGACAGUCAUUUCCUUCACUCAAGAGCUGGAGGAUACCGAUGCUAAGGAGAAGGACACCAUGGCUACCUUUGAAUGUGAAACCAAUGAGCCUUUUGUCAAAGUCAAAUGGCUGAAAAACAAUGUGGAGAUUUUCUCUGGAGACAAAUACAGGAUGCACUCAGACAGAAAGGUCCACUUCCUGUCUGUGCUAAUCAUCAGCAUGAAGGAUGAUUCAGAAUACAGUUGUGCCGUUGUUGAGGACCCCAACAUCAGAACCACGGCCAGACUCCUUGUUGAAGGUUCUGCGCUGGAAUUAGUGAAGACUUUGGACAACACAGAGGUGCCUGAGACCUACUCUGGAGAGUUUGAGUGUAUUGUGUCACGUGAGGAUGCUGAAGGUACCUGGUACUUUGAGAAGAAGGAGAUCACUCCCAGCAGCAAAUAUGUUACCUCCUCCCGUCGUGGAAGACAUUCACUAUCUGUGAAAGACGUGAAGAAGGAAGAUCAGGGCAAAUACACAUUUGUUGUUGGUGAAUUUAAGACAAGUGCUUCCCUGAAGAUGAAAUUGCGUCCUGUGACUCUGAUGCAACCCCUGUCUGAUGUGACGGUUUGUGAGGGUGACAUUGCUCAGCUGGAAGUCAAAUUCUCUCAAGAAAAUGUUGAGGGGUCUUGGAUGAAGAAUGGUAAUCUUAUCACUGCCUCAGAUCGUAUUCACAUUGUAAUUGACAAACUCACCCACAAACUACUGAUUGAGGAUACCAAGAAGGAUGACAACGGAAUGUACUCCUUUGUGGUGCCUGCCCAAGACAUCUCCACUAACGGAAAACUGACAAUUCAAGUUAUUGGCAUUUUGGCACCACUCAAGGACAUCACAUCAGUUGAGGGAACCAAGGCUGUUAUGGAGACUAAGAUCUCUGCUGCAGAUGUCAGCUCUGUGAAGUGGUACCAAAAUGACAAGCUCAUUAUGCCCAGUGAGAGGAUCCAGAUGGUUGCAAAGGGAACCAAACAGCGCCUGGUGUUUAACAGGUCCUUUGCCUCAGAUGAAGGAAACUACAAGCUGGUUGUUGGCAGAGCUGACACAAGCUGCAAAUUAACUGUCCAAAAAAUUACAAUUGUGAAGCACAUGGAGGAUAGAGUGUGCACCGAGACUCAGAAUGUCAUCUUUGAGGUUGAAGUUUCUCAUCCUGGCAUUGAUGCUCUUUGGACCUUCAAGAACCAGCCCCUUAAAGCUGGUGCGAAAUACAAGAUGGAGGCAAAGGGCAAGCGGUAUGCCUUGACUGUCAUUAAUGCCAUGAAGGAUGAGGAGGGAGAAUACGCUUUUGCAGCUGGUGAAAAGACAUCCAGCGCAAAGCUUACCGUGUCAGGUGGCGCCAUCAACAAACCCCUGCGUGAUUUGAUUGUGGCUGACUCUCAGACUGCUGAGAUGGAGUGUGAGGUCGCCAACCCAAGCGCUGAAGGAAAGUGGCUGAAGGAUGGACAGCCUGUGGACUUCAGUGAAAAUGUCAGGAGUGAAAAACUUGGUGCUGUCAGGCGUCUUGUUAUUGUUAUAACCAAAGCCACUGACAUUGGGGAAUAUACCUACCAGAUUGCAAAUUCAAAGACAACUGCCAACCUGAGAGUAGAGGCUGUGAAAAUCAAGAAGACCCUGAAGAACCAGACUGUCUCUGAGACACAGGAGGCAGUGUUUAGUCUGGAGCUGACCCAUGAGAAUGUGAAGGGCUCACAGUGGAUCAAGAAUGGUGUUGACAUCCGUCCCAGUGAUAGAUGUGAAAUCUCUGUUGAAGGCAUGGUCCACACCUUGAAGAUUAAGAACUGCACCACUCAAGAUGAGUCUGUUUAUGGAUUCAAACUUGGAAAGCUGUCUGCUAAUGCCAGGUUAAACAUUGAGACAAUUAAGAUUUUGAAGAAGCCAAAAGAUGUGACUUCACUGUUGGAUGCCACUGCCACUUUUGAGCUGGGUCUGUCCCACGAUGACAUUCCUGUAAAAUGGAUGUUCAACAAUGUGGAGCUGAAACCAAGUGAGCAAGUCAACAUGCUGUGUGAUAGAAAAACUCACAAGUUGAUCAUCAAACAUGUGGACACUCACAAAGCUGGAGAGUACACCGCUAUGGUUGGCCAUGUGCAAUGUGGCGCAUCUCUCUAUGUUGAAUCUCUGCGUGUCACCAAACCACUGAAGAGUGUUGAAGUCCCAGAGACACAUGUUGCCACUUUUGAGUGUGAAGUUUCACAUUUCAAUGUCCCAUCCACCUGGCUGAAAAAUGGAGUGCAGAUUGAAAUGAGUGAAAAGUUCAGGAUUGUGGUCCAGGGAAAACUUCACCAGCUCAAGAUCAUGAAUACCAGCAGACAAGACUCUGCAGAGUACACCUUUGUCUGUGGAAAUGACAGGGUCUCUGCAACACUGACUGUUAAUCCAAUCUUAAUCACAUCCAUGAUGCAAGACAUAAACGCUCAGGAGAAAGACACCGUCACAUUUGAAGUGAAUGUCAAUUAUGAGAGCAUCACCUACAAGUGGCUCAAGAAUGGUAUUGAGAUUCGGUCCACAGACAGAUGCCAGAGUCGCUCAAAGCAGCUUACACACUCCCUCACAAUCCGGAAUACUCAUUUUGGUGAUACUGGAGAUUAUAAAUUUGUGGCUGGCUCCGCAUCUUCAUCCGCAAACCUUUAUGUUGAUGCUCGCGUGAUUGAAUUCACCAAGCAUAUUAAAGAUAUCAAGAUAACAGAGAAGAAGAAGGCCAUCUUUGAAUGUGAAGUUUCUGAGCCCAACAUCCAAGUGAUGUGGAUGAAAGAUGGACAGGAGCUGGAAGUAUCUGAAAGAUACAAAGUCUCCACUGAGAAGUUUCUGCACCGCUUGAUGAUCCAGACUGUCCGCCUGUCUGAUGCUGGGGAGUAUUCUGUGGUCGCUGGUGCAAGUGUGUCAAAGGGUCAUCUGACUGUAGAGGGACGGGAUGUCAGGAUCUCAGAGCCAGCAGAUAAAGAAAUCACGGUGGUUGAAAAACAAAGAUCGAUGUUUGAAUUUGAAGUCAAUGAGGAUGACAUUGAAGGCCGUUGGCUCCGAAACGGUGUAGAGAUAAUUUUUUCAGUUGAGGACCGGUUUAACUAUGUUGUCAUCCGGAAGAUUCACCGUUUGACUAUCUCAGAAACCUAUAGAAGUGAUGCAGGGGAGUACACGUUCAUUGCUGGAAAAAACAGGACAAUUGUGACUCUACAUGUCAAUGUCCCUGAUCCACCAAAGAUCAUUCGCCACAUGCAGCCACUGUCUGUGGAGGCAGGCAAACCUGCUCGCUUUUCUGUAGAAGUGUUUGGCAUCCCACAGCCUCAAGUGUCUUGGUACAAGAACUCCCAGGCUCUCUCCCCUGGGUUCAAGUGCAAGUUCCUGCGUGAAGGAAACGAGCACACACUGCUACUGAUUGAGGUGUUCCCAGAAGAUGCAGCUGUCUACAACUGUGAGGCGAAGAAUGACUUUGGCAUGGCCACAAGCUCAGGUGUCCUUAAUGUGGAAGUUUCCGAAUUAGUCUCACCCGAUUCUGGAUCUCCUCGGUCUGCACCUAUGAUCAUCUCUCCCCUUAAAGAUCUCUUACUCAGAGAGGGAGAGUCAGCCAAGUUCCAGUGUUGUGUCUCUGGUGAAGAUCUGAGAAUCACUUGGUACUGCAAGGAUAAGGAGCUCAAACAGUCUGACAUCUUUAAGAUGUCUCAGUUUGAUGACAACUGCCAGCUGGAGAUAGCCAGAGUUGUCCUUGACAAAGAAGGGGAAUACACUUGUGUUGCUAGAAACUCAUCAGGAAUGGUGUCUUGCUCUGCAACUUUAACACUUGAUGUAACAACCACAGAGGAGGACUAUGGAACUCAGGAUGGAGUUACAGCUUUUUCUAGCUUGAAUGUCUCAACUGAAGAGGAAAAACGGGCAUCUUCUUACUACACUGGCCUACAGUUACCAGACAAAAGCAAAACACUUGAACUCAUGCCAGAAUCUAAACGUUUCUCUAGUAUUUUAGAAAAGAAAAAAGAAAAGCCAGUUUUCAUUACCCAACUCUCACCAGCAGCUGUCACUGUUGGGGAGAUGGCCAGGUUUACUGUCACAGUAUCUGGCUUCCCAAGGCCCAAUGUUCAGUGGUUUCACAAUGGCCAUGUCAUUACUAGUUCCUCUAUUUACGCAUUUGUCCAAGAGGUAGAUGAAUACAGUUUGGUCAUAAACAAGGUGCAGAAAGAGUAUGCAGGAGAAUACACCUGUACUGUAAGCAACAGAUUUGGGCAGACAAGCUGCACUUCGUUCCUACAUGUUGAAUUGAGUGAUCCCCAAAAAACAAAGAAGGGGGUUGAAAAAAUCUUCAAAACCGUCGGCAAACCUCCAGAAUUCACAACAACUAUUGUACCUUUCCAAUGUAUAGAGGGAGGCGAAGCUCUUUUCAAGUAUGUUGUCACAGGAGACCCUCUCCCUGAGGUGCAAUGGCUCAGAGGCAGUUUCCAUAUUCAACCCACUAAGUAUUGUAACAAGGUUAAUAAUCCAGAUGGGUCUGGCUUCAUCAACAUGAAGAGCGUUAAACAGGAGGACAGUGGGGUAUAUACAUGCAAGGCUUCCAACCCAUUUGGGGAAGCCUCUUGUAGUGCUGAGUUAGUAGUAUUCAAAGAGCCUGUCUCUGUAACUCGACAGGAACAACACAUGGUAGUUCAGAAACAAAAAGGUUAUAAAGUAUCCAUGACUGAACAAGCUACAGAAUCCCGCUUGUACAUGGUCAACCUUCCAGGAGAUGCCGGGGCAAGUCUUCAGGCAGGGCAUCAGAUGGUGUAUACCAUUGGUACUGAGGACAGACAGGUUGUUUCAAGUGAGCAGGUGGGCACGCUUGGAGAGGUGGACAUCUCUGCUGCUUCUCUUCAUAGAGAGCAGGUCACCCACCAAGCUGCUGUGCUGCAGUCUCAUGAAGUAGAAGAAAGAGUAUCUGUAGCUCCCACACAUCCACUCCAAGUUGCAGCUGUUCCUAUAAAACAACUGCACAUGGCUACAUUUACAUCUUCUGUCCAGGAAAGUCACCAUAUAAUCGAGCAGCACUCUGACCGAAUCCAAAGCCCAGAGGUCAUAGAACUGGAAUUGGCAAAAGAGAAAUCCUCAAAGUUAAGGUCAGCCAUUGCUGAGGAGGUCCUUCCUCUAACUACAGUGAGAACAGAGGCCUUAGGGGAUAGAAUACCAGAAAGGAUCAAGCCUUCUACAGAACCCAGACAAGUUGUCACUAGUCAUCAGGUAGAAACUAGUUUACCAAUACUCAAAGAAAAAACAGGCUUGACAACAAGGCCUGAGGGGGAGAGAGGCUUCAGAGUUACCGAAGGUGUAAAGAUUUUAUACUCUGCUCAAUCGUCAGGGCAACUUCCUAUAACAGAGAGCCACUCUGAACCGCUAUCUGCUAGGGAUCCACCUGUUCAGUCCUUCAUUGAAAUAGAACAUUCUCAGCCAACGUUUGCACCAGUGAGUGAGACUAAAACAGAGUUGUCUAAAGAGCAGAGAUUUGAAAUGCAUAGGCCUGCACCAGAGAGAGCUUUGGCACAUAAGGAUUCUAUCAUUCUAUCAGCAAUGCAUGCUGAGGAAAGACACCAACUCCAAGCGGAACACUUGAGCAUGGUACCUGGUUUGGAGAGUGCCAUGUCUUUGAACUCUCAAAAAGAAGGGGAUAGGCUCAUGCAUCUACAGAUGAUUGCGGAUCAAGGCACAUUUCAGUCUGAAGGGCGAUUCACUUGUGAAAGGCCUUUGCCAGAGAAUUUAAUUGCAAGGAAAAGCCAGACUCUUUUACACACAGUGUCUCAGGACGAACAGAAAACUGUCAUUUGUGAAGAUACAACAGAGUUCUUAUCAAAACGUGACACAUUCUCCAUUAAACCUACAAAAGAAGUUCCUGCUGCAUUGCAUCUUCAAUCUAUUUGGCCAAUCACUGCAUUACCCAAAGAGGGUGUACUCGUCAUAGAAAAGCCAGACCAGCAGAUGGCAGCACAGAGACAGGAAAAAGCCAGAAAACAUGCAGCGACAUCUGAAGAUAGAAGAGCACUUACUGCUGAUUAUCACAAAGAUCUUGACAUUUCAGUGACAGGCCUUCAGUCAGAACUUAAAGCAGAGCCCAAACCUCAGAACAUUCUUCAGGUCUCUUACAAGCCCAUGCAACUACCAAAAGAAACACCAUUUACCAGUGAUAUGAAACAGCAGCGUGCACUAGUCCAGAAGGAGGAACGUUGGGAUGUCAUGCAUGCAGUAACUGUGCGGGACAAUCAAAGUUUAGAAGAGGGACACACCAACACGCUGAAAGCCAAUGACAGAUUCAAACCUGAACUGAAAAUAGAACCCAAAAUCCCUAAAAAACCUGUGUUUAUUGAGGAGCAGGCAAUUUCAACUGAAAGCUGUACUGUUUUAGAUUCAGCAGCGCAAGACUUUGCAGUCCUAAUUCAUGAAGGGCAAUCAGUAAGGAAAUCAAUAAUAUUGGAGGAGAAACAAAUCAUCUUUGGUGAACAAUCAAGUGAAAUAGAGAGGUCUGAGGAAUCUGUUGUGAGUGUAAGGACUCAACCUAAAGGGGUAAUGUUUGUUCAUGAAUCCCAGGAGAGCCAGGAGCUCCCAAAGGAGAUGACCUUUGUGAUCCCAAUGCCAAAACCACUCAGUCUGAACAUCAGACAUCAGUUAAAAGAUGCACUUCAGUCUGCCGUGGCUCGUGACCAGCCACUGUUACUUGCAGACAUUGUGGAGAGUUUAGAGGCUGUUGGGAUACAGGAGGUGAAGGUCCAGAAAGAACCCAAAUUUUCAAAAUUCACAUAUCUUAUUACGACAACAGGCACUCCUAUAGAAAUCACUCUGGCUUUUGAAGGUGAAUACCCUCAGACUGCUGAUCUGAGGACUGAACUCAAGGCAGCUUUCCAUGCUAUAGUUUAUCGAGAGCAGAAAAGCCUGUCUUCUGAACAGCCUGGAAUUCAACAUAUGGACAAGCCUCAAAGAGUUCAGGUCAGCAGUACACACUCUAAAGAAAUGUUGUCUUCUGUGGUGGAGACGGUGAGAAUUGCAGAGAGUGCAGUGGAUUUUGCAACUCCAAAGUCUCAAACAGCUGCUGUCAAAACGGAAGUAAAAGGAUCUUUCCAAAGUGUAACAGUCCAGGAACACUUUGAGGUUCAUGAAUCCAGGCAAAGUAGUAAGCAGGGAGCGAGAGCUGUAACCGUAAAAAGCAAGGAUAGAGAUGUGGGUUCUGCAGAUAUAACCAAAAGAGUACCCCUGGGCCCUGUACCUGUGGAACAAUGCAUAGAUAUGUCCAUAGAAAAAGAAACUAGGGAGGAGUAUAUCUCAGAGGCAAUCAUAAUUAGUGAGUCUUCAGACACUUUGACCAAUGAUUACCCUAUCAUUUUGAAUUCCCUGGAGGACACUGUCAUAGAGGAGAACAGUAAGGUUACUUUCAGUGUGACCAUAAAGUGUGUCCAACAUGUGAACUGGCUUUUCAAUGGACAAUUGGUGAAAUCUGGCAAAGAGUUCAAGUGUUCCAAAGACCAUGACACAUACACGUUACAAAUCAACAAAGUUAUCAAGGAGAAACAUCAAGGAGAAUAUGUCUGUGAGGCUGAGAAUGAAGCCGGCAAGACCACCACAUCUGGAAGACUCACAGUAGUCUCAAGAGUGCGACCUGUCUUUAGGUACAAAAUCCUGCCCGUGGAGAUCAAUAUUGGCAGCAAAGCCAAAUUUGAAUGUGAGACUGAGGACGCACCCAAUGUGACCUUCAAGUGGUUCAAAGCUGAUGCUGAGAUUAAACAGAACGAGAUGUACAGGAUCAUCAGUCUCCAACAGAAAUCUUCUCUGGAGCUUGAGAACCCAACAAAACCAGACAGUGGUGAAUACACCUGCAAAGCCUCCAACCAGCAUGGCAGUGACAGCUGCUCCGCUUCUCUGACAGUAACAGAACGUGCCCAUCCGCCCACCUUUAUAACUAAGCCUGAUCCAAUGACCUUGUAUGCUGGAAAGAAAGCUACGAUUCAGUGUGUGAUAACAGGCUCCUCUCCUCUGAGUGUUCUUUGGCACAAAGACAACAAAGUUGUUUCUUCAGGCGCAAGCUACAGAACCUCUUCCGACAAGAAUAAGUACAUUCUUGAGGUAGUAAAACUUGAACCGUCUGACCAGGGCAUCUAUCUCUGUAAAGCUUCCAACAGUGUUGGGACAGCAAUGUGCAGUGCAGAGAUAAAGGUCAUCAAAAAGCCCAGCUUUGUCAAGCCCUUUGAGGCAGUUGCCACAGCUGUGGGAACUCCACUCCAUCUUGAGUGCCAAGUGGAUGAGGACACUGGAGUGACCAUCACCUGGACAAGGGAUGGCAAAAAGAUUCACCAGUCAACGGAUUGUAAACUCUCUUUUGAGGAUAAAAUAGUCUCUCUUGAUAUUCCAAAGACAAAGUUGAAAGAUUCAGGAAAAUAUGACUGCACAGCUGCAAAUGAUGCUGGAAGCACAACAUGCUCUUCUUCUGUAAUUGUGCAAGAGCCACCAAUCUUUGUUAAGAGGCUGGAACCAACCAUGGUCUGGAAGAAAGGCUCUUCUGCCCGGCUGCAGUGCACAGUCAAGGGAUCACCGGAACUUCACGUUACCUGGUUUUUAAAUGACAAAGAGCUGUCUACAAAUAAGAAAUAUAAAAUCACUUUUAAGGAAGGUCUUGCAUCUCUGGAGAUAAGUGAUGUGGCUUUACUAGACAGUGGAAACUACACAUGUGAAGUGUUGAAUGAAGCAGGCUGUGAGAGCUGCAGCACUAAGUUAACUGUUAAAGAAUCACCCUCUUUCAAAACAGAACUGCAAAUUGUUGAGGCUGUGAGGGGAAGUGUUGGCACAUUUAAAUGUGAGAUAGCCGGCACUAGUCCUUUUGAAGUGGAUUGGUUUAAGAAUAAGAAACGACUCGCCACAGAUAAGAAAUACAAAAUAGUCUCUCAGGAAUCCAUGGCCUGUUUAGAGAUCAACUCAUUUGAAAGCGCAGACAUUGGGGAAUAUCAGUGUGUUGUAUCAAAUGCGGUUGGAUCAGUAUCGUCAAAGUCAGUUGCCAAACAGAAAGAACCACCUGUAUUCUCAAAGAAAAUUGAGAGUGCUACAGCAGUGCUGGGUAAUGCUGUGAAACUGUGGGGUACCAUUAAAGGCUCGGCACCCAUCACAGUUAAAUGGAUGAAGGAUGCAGAAUUGCUGAGAGAGGACGACUGUAAUGUCAAAAUUACAUUUGAGAAUAAUAUUGCUGCUGUUUCAAUCUCAGCUGUUGACAUUUGUCAUGGUGGCAAGUAUAUUUGCCGAGCAGAGAAUGAGGCUGGUCAACAAAAAUGUGAAGCGUCAUUAGCAAUUCAAGAACCUGCCAGAAUCUUAGAGAAAGCCGUAUCUAUCAAUGUGACGACUGGGGAUUCUGCACGCUUGGAAUGCACUGUUGCAGGAAGUCCAGACCUCAAAGUGAAAUGGUUUAAAGACGGAAAGGAGAUUACAGGAGGUCGAAAAUAUAAGAUGACUUUUAAGGAUCAUUUUGCUGUUUUAAAGAUUAUUUCAGCAGAAAAGGGAGACACUUCUGAAUACAAGAUGGAAGUGUCCAAUCGGGUUGGAAAAGACCAGUGCUCUUGUUCUAUUACUGUUAUAGAUCGUACUACUCAACCAUCCUUCACAAAACAUCUUAAAAAGGUUGAUGGAAAUGUAGGAAACAAAAUCACAUUUGAAUGCAAAGUAUCUGGAUCACAGCCCAUUGCAAUGACCUGGUACAAAGAUGAUAAAGAAAUAAUGUUUGGAGAUAAAUAUGAGAUUCAAAUCAAGGACUGCGCUUCAACAUUGAGCAUUACCACUUUGGAAAAGAGUGAUGGUGGAGUGUACAUGUGCAGGGCAACAAAUGCUGCUGGAUUUGAAGAGAGCAGUGGAAUUUUGUGCGUCAGAGAACCGCCAAGCUUCACAAUUAAACCUGAUUCUCAAGAUGUCAUACCAGGAUAUGCGGUCAUCUUGAAGGCAGCUUUCUCUGGAACAGCUCCUUUUACUGUUAAAUGGUUCAAAGAAGACAAAGAGGUAUCAACUGGAGGCUCAUGUUUCAUCAAGAAAGACGCCUCAUCAAGCUUCUUGGAGCUUCACUCUGUCAAAGCUUCUGACUCUGCAAUCUACAGUUGUCACGUAACCAACGAUGCUGGGAAAGUAUCAUGCACUGCGGUGCUGUUUGUUAAAGAACCACCCACAUUUUCUAUGAAGCUUGAGACUUCAAAGCUUGUGAAAAAUGGGCAGACUCUUCAGUUGUCCAGCAAAGUACAGGGCAGCCCUGUGAUCAGUAUAAAAUGGCUGAAAAAUGAGAAUGAGAUAUAUCCAAAUCAAAAGUACCAAAUCUCCUUCAUUAACUCAGUAGCCACAUUGGAGAUAGUCAACUCCACUGUUGAUGAUAGUGGAGAUUAUGUUUGUGUGGCAUCAAGUGAUGCUGGUAGUAAUCGCUGCAGCAGCACAGUGACAGUCAAAGAACCUCCGAUGUUUGUGAGGGCUUUUGAGACGACUGAAGUUGUAAAAGGAUCUGACCUAGUCUUAGAAGGCACAGUGUCUGGCUCUCUGCCAUUUGAAAUACAUUGCUAUCAUGACACCAAACUAAUCAGAAACGACAAAAGGCAUAAGAUACAUGUGCAUAAUGAGAAAGUCACUCUUCAGAUUCUGAAAUGUGAGCCUGGAGAUGUUGGAAAGUACCAGUGCACGAUAGUUAAUGAUGUUGGAGAGUCUUCAUGUUAUUACCAAAUAACAUUAAAAGAACCUCCAUCGUUUGUUCAAAGAAUAGAAAACAUCAGUUCCAUAGUGGGUUCUGAGAUCUUUAUGCAGUGUAUGCUGUCUGGAUCACUGCCCAUGACUGUGUCUUGGAUCAAAGAUGAUCAUGAGCUUACAGAUGAUGAACAUAUUAGGAUGUCCUAUGAAACCACUUCUGCGGUGCUGAGUUUGAAAAACACCCAGAUUACACAUGGAGGAAAAUAUAUCUGUCAGGCACAGAACGAUGCUGGGAGUCAGAAAUGCAUUGCAAUGCUUACAGUCAGAGAACCAGCAAAAAUCAUAGAGCAAGUAAAGUCUGUCAGCGUUACCACAGGAGAUCCAGCUACUCUUGAAUGCAGGUUUUCAGGAAGUAAAGUCCUUAGUACCAAAUGGCUGAAGGAUGGAAGGGAGCUGACUUCAGGCCAAAGAUAUAAAGUGCAAUGCACUGAGACAAUUUCCACACUGAUUAUUCUUGCUACAGCGAAAAGCGAUAGCGGUGACUACAUUUUUGAGGUUUCAAAUGACGUUGGACAAAGCUCUUGUGAGGCUACAGUAACUGUUCUCGAACCACCAUGUGUCAUAGAAAAGCCUGCAUCAAUGGAUGCUUUGCUUGGCUCCAAGGUCCAGUUUAAUGUCUUUGUGUCUGGCACUCCACCGUUGACCAUAAAAUGGUUUAAGGACAAAAAAGAGAUAUUGUCAGGGUCUACCUUCUCUGUGAGUAAGGAUAAUUCCUCAAGUUCACUGGAACUCUUCUCUGCACAGCGCUCAGACUCUGGAGACUAUGUCUGUGAAAUUAAGAACACUGUAGGAUCAGCUGUGUGUCAAGCAACACUCUUUGUCAAAGAACCCCCCACUUUCCUUGAAAAACCUGAGAGAGUAUCAGUGAUUAAACAUGGGGACAAAAAACUAUUUGAAUGCAAGGUGAUUGGCACACCAGCUAUAUCCAUACACUGGUUCAGAGAUGGGAUUGAGAUCAAUCAAAGUAGAAAACAUGGAAUUACAUUUUCCAACUCCAUGGCAAGCUUGCAGAUUUGUGACACUGGCUUCCAAGACAGUGGGGUAUACUAUUGUGAAGCCUGCAAUGAAGCAGGCAGUGAAAGUUGCAGUAUGGAACUAGCAGUGAAAGAGCCACCAUCCUUUGUAGAGGAUCUAACACCUCGAGAGGUUGUAAAAGGCUCUGUGGCAGAAUUGGACUGCCAAGUGGCAGGAACUGCACCAUUUGAGGUGACCUGGCACAAGGAUAACAAGCUGAUUAGACCCAGUCAAAAACACAUAAUCAAACAGUGCGAUUUUAAUGUCACUCUUAAAAUCCAAGGCUGUGAUGUGUCAGACAUGGGGGAUUAUCAGUUAAUAGUUGCCAACGAGGUGGGCAGUUGUUCGGGCUUCACGACAGUGUCUAUGAGAGCCCCACCAUCUUUUGUAAGGAAAAUUGAAAAUGUGGCCUCAAUUUUGGGAAAUGUGGCCACAUUUCAGUGUGUGGUGAACGGAUCACCCCCUCUGUCUGUACAAUGGCAAAACAAUGAUAAAUGGAUCUUGGAUGAUCCGAAGAUUGAAAGUACUUUCCGGGAUAAUGUGGCAACCCUAACAAUUCCGGUCUGUGAAGCCUGUCACAGUGGGCAAUACACCUGCCUUGUCAAUAAUGAAGCUGGACAAGACAAGUGCUUUGCAACCCUCAUGGUGCAAGAGCCUCCCAGGAUAAUAGAGAAACCAGAAGUAGUCACUGUAACUCAAGGUGAUCCAGUCAGCGUGGAAUGUAGAGUAGGUGGAACUCCUGAUAUCAAAGUCAAGUGGAGUAAAGAUGGCAGAGAACUCCUACCUAGCAGGAAAAACAAAAUACAUUUUGAGAAAAAUCUCAGCAGUUGUAAAAUUAUGUCUACGCUGCAAGAAGAUGGAGGAAGCUAUCUGUUUGAGGCAGAAAACUCAGUUGGCAAAUGCAGUUGCUUAAUUAAACUGAAUGUUGUAGAACAAGUCAUUCCUCCGAAGUUCACCAAGAAAUUGAUGGAUGUUCAAGAGAUAUUGGGCUCUGUGGUUAAUUUGGAAUGCAAGGUCUUUGGUUCUUUGCCAAUGGAAGUACAGUGGAGUAAAGAUGGACAUGUAAUCUCCAGUGAAGCCAAGUAUAAGUUAGCACACAUUGACAAUACAGUAUCACUGGAGAUCAAUUAUUUUGAUGAGGACCAUACUGGAGAAUACUCAUGCAACAUAACAAACAAAGCGGGAAGUUGUGAAUGCAGUGGUGCUCUAAAAGCAAAAGUGCCUCCAAGAUUUGUAUGUGAACCCAAGUCUCAGGCCGUUGUUCCAAAGUCCACUAUACACUUCAAGAGUGUAUAUGAGGGAACACCUCCUUUCACUGUGAAAUGGUUCAAGAAUGACUUGGAGCUUAUGACUGGACCAUCAUGUUUGAUUGGAGUGGAGAGCUACACUUCCUUCUUAGAUCUUUACUCAGUUGGACUUUUGCAAAGUGGAGUUUACUUUUGCCAAGUUAGGAAUGAUGCUGGCACAGUGAAGUGUGCAGCCACUUUACUGGUGACAGAAUCCCCUGAAUUUAUCCUGAAAUUACCGCUCCACACUUUCGUGAAGCAGUGUGACCCAGUUCGUCUUGAGUGCAAAGUUACCAGUGGACGCUCUCUGAAAAUGUGCUGGUACAAAAAUGACAAAAAGAUAACAGACGGUGACAACUAUAGAACAUCGUUUGCCGACACAACGGCAGUCCUUCAGAUGCUUACUGCAAGAUUUGAUGACAAGGGUGUCUACACCUGCGAGGCCCAAAAUGAUGCUGGAAGCAUAAGCUGCAGCACCAUUCUCGCUGUCCAAGAUCCACCAUCCUUCGUUAAAGUGCCGAAGCCUGUGGAGGGAAUUAAGGGCAAAGAUGUCAGCUUCUCCUGUGAGCUGUAUGGCACAGCACCUUUUGAGAUUAUCUGGUUCAAGGACAAAAGGGUUGUUAAGGAAAGCAGAAAGUAUAAGAUGGUGAAUGAGGGUAGCUCUGCCAGUCUGCUUGUCCUUGGAUUGGAUGGCUCAGAUGGAGGCCAAUACGAGUGCAGGGCAACAAACAAUGUAGGGAGUGAAACCUGUCAAACUUCCAUUACUCUCAGAGAACCACCAGUGUUUGUGAAGAAACUCACCAACCAGUCAGUUAAAUAUGGUCAGGAAAUGACUCUAACUGCCUCUGUCAAAGGCGCUCAGCCAAUGACUGUGUCCUGGGUUCAGGACAAGGACCACAUUCUCAGAGAUGGAGAUAACCGGAAAAUAACUUUUGAAAACAAUAUAGUUACCUUGAAGGUGUUAAAAGCAGACUCAACCACUCCUGGAAAAUAUACUUGCCAACUCAAAAAUGAUGCUGGAGUUGUGGAGUGUGUUUCUAACGUCACUGUCCUCGAGCCUGCCACAAUUGUGGAGAGCCUUGAGUCUUUAAAUGCCAAGGCAGGGGAUACAGCAACUCUAGAGGUCACUGUGUCAGGGACACCUGAACUGAAAACCAAAUGGUUUAAGGAUGGUGUUGAGCUCUCCUCUGGCAGCAAGUAUAAAAUCACCUUCUCAAAGAUGGUCUCCACCCUGAAAGUUUUGUCAGCAGGGAAAGGUGACACAGGAGAAUACUCAUUUGAGGUCCAAAAUGAAGCUGGCAGUGUGUCCUGCAAAACCAAUCUCACUGUCCUAGAUAAGAUGAUCCCACCCACAUUCAUCAGGAAACUCAGGGACACUCACACUAUUGUGGGUAAACCUGGUGAAAUGGAAUGCAAAGUUUCUGGCUCUCCUCCUUUCACUACCUCUUGGUACCACGAUGGCCGCGAGAUCAAGAGUGGGCCAAAUUGCGACAUUACAUGCAGUGAUAACACUUGCAAAAUGAGAGUGCCAUCUCUUAAGUUGUCUGACUCUGGAAAGUACACAUGCAAGGCUGUUAACACAGCAGGAACCGGUGAAACAAGCGCUUCAAUGGUAGUAAAAGAGCCUCCAUCUUUUGUGGAAAAACCAGCGCAAAAGGGUGCUCUGCUGAGCUCAAAUGUUACUUUCUCAGCAAUUGUUAAAGGAAGCUCCCCUUUGAAAGUCAAAUGGUUUAGGGGCACAAGAGAAAUUGUGUCUGGAAAGGACUGUACAAUUGCUUUACGGGACAAUAAAGCCACUCUGGAGUUGUUCAAAAUUGAUAAAUCCCACUCUGGAGAGUAUACAUGUCAGAUCAUUAAUGAUGCUGGGAAGGAGAGCUGUCCGGUUCACUUGUUUGUAAAAGAACCCGUCCACUUUGUGAAGAAGCUAAAGGACAUUUCCUCUGAAAAGGGAAAACCUUUGAAACUUGAGUGCACAUUUACUGGAAGCCAAAGAAUAUUUGUUACCUGGAUGAAAGAUGGCAAGCCGAUCUGGGCCUCUUAUCAGUAUAAUGUGAUGACCACAGACACCUCCUGUAUCCUGGAGGUACUGAACAGUGAUAGGCUUCAGGCAUCUGGAAGAUACUCUUGUGAAGUUUCUAAUGGAGUUGGAAGUGACACGUGUCACGCGCAAGUGUCCAUAUUAGAACGACCAUACUUUAUUGAAACUUUGGAAUCAAAGGAGAUAAAUAUGGGUGAUGCGGUUUGCUUAAGAUGCCAUAUUGGAGGAACCCCUGACAUUACAGUGUCGUGGUUCAAGUCUGAUGGAAAACAGCGAGAAACUAGUAAUUGUAAAAUGGAGUACCUUAAUGGCAUAGCCACUUUGAAAAUAAGUAAAGCAACCAAGUUUGAGGAUGGAGAAUACACCUGCAAGGCAGAAAACCGCAUUGGAACUUCCUCCAGUAGAUGCAGACUGGUUGUGAAAGAUAUCAAAACGCCACCCACAUUUCCCAAAAAACUUGUUAGCCUCCAGAAGGCUAUAGGACAGCCAGUUAGAUUUGAGUGUCGGGUUGUAGGAUCCUCUCCUCUUGAGGUUUCCUGGCUUAAAGAUGGCGGAUCUUUGACAAAUGAUGGGAAAUAUAUACUUUCUUAUGAUGAUAACACUGCUGUCCUAAAGAUAACCCGCAGUGAACUCAGACACUCAGGGGAAUACACUUGCAUAACUACAAAUAAUGUUGGAACUGCGUCUUGUUCAGCUACACUGACGGUCCAAGAACCUGUCCACUUUGUGAAGAAGCUGAAGGAUAUGCGAAUUGAACUGGCACAACCUUUGAAACUUGAGUGCACAUUCACUGGAACUCCUAGGAUUUUUAUAAAUUGGCUAAAGGAUGGCAAAAUAAUAUGGGCUUCUUAUCAGUAUAAUGUCAGAACCACUGACACUUCCUGCAUCCUGGAAGUCCUCAACAGUGACAGAUAUGAGGCUGCUGGAAGAUACUCUUGCGAAAUUUCCAAUGGAGCAGGAACUGAUAUAUGCCAUGCUCAGGUGGCAAUAGAGCGUAAAAUUCCUCCCAACUUCACCAAAAAGCCUUUUGACACCAUGGAAAACUCAGAAGGCCAGGUUGUGAAUAUUGAGAGCCUCUUAUCUGGAUCUCAACCCAUGACCAUCACUUGGUGCAAAAACAACAGUGAAAUUCACAGCUCCGAUAAGUAUGAUAUUACCUUCAAGAGUAAUGCACCUGCGUUGUGUAUCAAGAACGCUCAGAUUUCAGACAGUGGUAUGUACUCCUGCAAAGCCACCAAUGAAGCUGGCUCUGCCUCCUACCAAGUGGCUCUCACCAUAACAGAGCACAAGAAGCCUCCAGUUUUCGACAUCCCUCUGAAACCAGUGAGUGUGAAUGUGGGAGAGAAGCUGACCCUUAGAUGCCACGUCUUUGGAUCACCUCCCAUCAAGAUUCAGUGGAUGAAGGACAGGAGAGAACUGAAAUCCACAGGCAACACUAAGAUCACCUUUGCUGACAGCACUGCAUGUUUGGAAGUCAGCCAAGUGUCAAAAACCGAUGCAGGGGACUACCUCUGCAAGGCUUCAAAUCAGGCUGGCAGUGAAUUCUGCAAGUCCAAAGUGACAAUGAGAGCGCAAACUGCCCCUGCGCCAAGUGCCGCAGCGCCAAGUGCCCCAGCGAAAAGACUGGACAAUCUGUUUUUCAUUGAGGAGCCAAAGACUGCCCAUGUUUGUGAAAAGGGCACUGCAACAUUCAUUGCCAAAGUCGGAGGUGAUCCCAUUCCGAAUGUGAAAUGGAUGAAGGGCAAGUGGAGGCAGAUCACUCAUGGAGGUCGCAUCACUAUUGAGCAGAAGGGCCAGGAGGCCAAGUUGGAGAUCAGAGAAGUGACCAAAUCUGACUCUGGGCAGUACAGAUGUGUUGCAUCUAACAAGGAAGGGGAAAUAGAAAGCAGCACUGACUUGAUUGUUGAUGAAAAGAAGGAAUCUGGACUUGAUGGAGACUUCCGAGCCAAACUAAAAAAGACUCCAUCUAAACAGAAAAGUCCCAAGAAGGACCAGGAUAUUGACAUAGUAGAGUUGCUCAGAAAUGUGGAUCCUAAGGAGUAUGAGAAAUAUGCCCAAAUGUAUGGAAUCACUGACUACCGUGGCCUCCUUCAGGCCAUUGAGCAACUGAAGAGGGAGAAAGCUGCAGAAAGUGGAACACAGGAGUCAGAGCAUGGAGGAAGAGCCAAUGAUGAUGAUUUGGACAGAUUUAUGAGUGGUCUGCAAUCAAAAAUGCAGGCAGAGCCUGUCACUCUAGUGAAAGACAUCAAAGACCAGAGUACUCCUGAAAACAAGACAGCGGUGUUUGAGUGUGAGGUCAAGAUCAACUACCCUGAGAUUUCCUUGUCCUGGUACAAGGCAACACAGAAGCUUGACAAUGAUGACAAAUAUGAAAUCAGCAUUGUUGGUGACCGCCACAUUCUGAAGAUCAAGCAGUGUCAGUCCAAGGACCAGGGCAACUACCGUGUGGUUUGUGGCCCACACAUCUCCAGUGCCAAGCUGACAGUGACAGCUGACCAAAUUCAAUUCACCAAACGCAUCCGGAACAUUGAGGUGAAUGAGCGACAGUCUGCCACCUUUGAAUGUGAGGUGUCCUUCGACAAUGCUAUCGUUACGUGGUAUAAAGACACUUGGGAGCUUAAAGAGUGCCCAAAAUAUAACUUCAGAAGUGAAGGGCGACGACACUUUAUGAUCAUCCGAAAUGUAACCUCUGAGGACGAAGGCGUUUACUCGGUGAUUGCGCAGUUGGAACCCAUGGGGGAGGCUAAAAGCACAGCUGAGCUUUACCUUUCAGGCAAAGAGAUUGGGUUAGGAAGGGUACCUUAUGAUGUCCCAGAUUCAUCCAUACAAGUUCCAGAUGUUCCAUCGUUAGUUUCUUACCAAGACAAGGGCCCUGUUACAGCGCCUGGACCAAGCAAAGAUGGGAAACCAAAGGAGGAGCCACCAAAAGGCAGAGGCCGAGGUCUUGGGGCGAAGCAAACACCAUCCCCUGGUGAUGGUGGCAGGGGUAGAGGAAUGAGACCUGGUGGAGACAAACCACCAGAGGAACCCUUCGGAGGAUUCAAGCUCAAAGCUGUUCCCCUUAAGUUCAUUAAAAAACUCCAGGACAUAGUGUUGAAGGAAGCUGAAUCUAUUGGCUCUGCUGCUUCGUUCGAGUGUGAGGUUUCACCCUCUACUGCAAUAACAACAUGGAUGAAAGAUGGAAGCAACCUAAGAGAGAGCCCAAAACACAAAUUCACCUCUGAUGGCAAAGAUCGCAAACUGAAUAUCAUUGAUGUCCAACUUUCUGACACUGGCGAAUACACAUGCGUUGCCAAGAAUGCAGGCAAAGAAGUAACAUGCACAGCCAAACUCAUUGUUGAAGAACUGCCUGUGAAGUUCAUUAAGAAUUUGGAAGAAGAGACUUCCGUCAUCAAGGGACAGUCUAUGUACCUGACCUGUGAGCUGAACAAAGAGAGAGAUGUUGUAUGGAAGAGGAAUGGUCAGCCCUUGAAGAAAAUCGCAGGGAAGUUGGCCAUCAAUGUCAUUGGAAUGCAACAUGCAAUUACACUCCAGAACUCAGGGGAAGAAGAUGCUGGUGUAUAUACAUGUGAAUGUGAGGACAUUAAGACUGAAACUACUGUCAAAGUAAUAGAAAUCAUCAGAGACUGGUUAGUGAAACCACUGAGAGACCAGCAUGUGAAACCUAAGGCCACAGCCACAUUCAAGUGUGAACUCUUCAAAGACACACCCAAUUGGAAGUGGGUCAAGGGAGACAAUGAAAUUCCUAAUGAUCCAACUAGCAAGACUGAGGUGAAGAAGGAAGGAAAAGAAAUAACUCUUACAAUCAAGAACGCACAACCUGAAGAUGUAGGAGAAUAUGCCAUGGAAGUUGAAGGACGCAGAUAUGCAGCUAAACUAACACUUGGAGAGCGGGAAGCCGAGAUCUUGAAGCCCCUUUCCAGUGUGGAGGUGGUUGAGAAGGAACAGGCCUCAUUUGAGACUGAAAUAUCUGAGGAAGAUGUAGCUGGAGAAUGGAAACUGAAGGGAGAAGUUCUUACAAGAUCACCGACAUGUGACAUCAAAGCUGAGGGCAAGAAACGUUUCCUCACUCUGAAACACAUCCAACUUGACCAGUCUGGUGAAGUGUCUUACCAAGCUCUGAAUGCUAUCACCAGCGCUGUGCUCACAGUCAAAGAAAUGGAAAUGGACUUCACAGUCCCCUUGAAGGACGUGUCUGUACCUGAAAAGAAACAGGCUAAAUUUGAGUGUACCAUCACAAAAGAUGUGCCCAAAGUCAUGUGGUUGAGGGGCUCUGACAUUGUAACAGCAAGCUCUAAAUAUGACAUUAUUGAUGAUGGAAAGAAACACAUGUUGGUCAUUAACAACUGUGACUUUGAUGAUGAGGCACAAUAUACUAUUGAAGUUUUGGGCAAAAAGUCAACAGCCCAACUUACAGUUGAGGGUAUGAGGCUCAAAUUCGUCUCACAACUAAGGGACCAAAUUGUGAAGGAAGGUAAAACGGUUCAAUUUGAGUUUGAGCUAACUCAUGAAAAUGUGACAGUGACGUGGUACAGAAACGAAAUAAAACUCCAUCCAAGCAGAACCCUGAUCAACCAUGUUGAAGGAAAGAAACAUUCAUUAGAAAUGAGGGAGUUGACACUAGACGAUACAUGCCAAAUUAAGGCAGAGGCUAAAGGAAUAUCGUCAACUGCCAACCUGACGGUGAUAGAGGGUGACGCAGUCUUCAUAGUGAAGUUGCAAGACUAUACCGCUGUGGAGAAAGACGAGGUCACUCUGGACUGUGAACUCAGCAAAGACGUCCCUGUGAGGUGGUUCCACAAAGAGACAGAGAUCAAAGCCUCCAAGAUGGUGACCAUGAAGUCUGAAGGGAAACGCAGAGUCCUGUCCAUUAAGAAAGUGGAGGAAAAAGAUAGAGGGCAAUAUGUAUGUGACUGUGGAACUGACAAGACCAUGGCAAACAUCAAUAUUGAAGCUCGUGAUAUCAAGGUGAUUCGACCCAUGUAUGGAGUUGAACUCUUUGAUGGCGAAACGGCUCGUUUUGAGGUUGAGAUUUCUGAAGAUGAUGUCCAUGGCCAGUGGAAGUUGAAGGGAGAUGUCCUAAAUCCUUCCCCUGAUGUGGAAAUUGUUGAGGAAGGUGGCAAGCACACAUUGACUUUGUACAACUGCAAAGUCAGCCAGUCAGGUGAAGUGGGAUACCAGGCUGCCAAUGCUAAAUGCACAGCUAAUCUGAAAGUGAAAGAACUUCCACUAACCUUCAUCACACCUUUGAGUGAUGUGCAAGUCUAUGAGAAGGAUGAGGCAAGGUUCGAGUGUGAAGUGUCAAGAAAGGCCAAGAGCUUCCGUUGGCUUAAGGGAUCUCAGGAGUUGAAAUCCGAUGACAAGUUUGAGAUGACACAACUGGGAAAUAUUUACACUUUGGUGGUCAAAUCCGCUGCAUUUGAUGAUGAAGCCAAGUACAUGUUUGAGGCUGAGGACAAGAGAACAACUGGCAAACUAGUUAUCCAGGGUAUUCGCCUUGAGUUUGUCAAGCCCAUUAAGGAUGUCACAGUGAAGGAGCGUGAGACAGCAGAGUUCAGUAUUGAACUUUCACAUGACAAGAUCCAGGUCACUUGGUACAAGAACGAUGUGCGUUUGCAUCCCAGCAAAGUGGUGCACAUGUCAGAGAAUGGCAAAUUCCACACCCUGGCCUUCAAGGAAGUGUCCAUUGAUGACACAUCUAUGAUCAAAGUUGAAGCAUUGGGAAAGAGCUCCAAGGCCAUGCUGACAGUUCUUGAGGGAGAGCCAUACUUUGUCACCAAGUUGCAAGACUAUACUGCAGUGGAGAAGGAUGAAGUAAUGAUGGUCUGUGAACUGAGCAAGGCCUCUGCUCAGGUGAAAUGGUUUAAAGAUGGACAAGAUAUUAUUCCAUCCAAGAAUGUUCUUAUUAAAGCUGAUGGAAAGAGGCGUAUUCUGACAGUCAAGAAGGCAGAAAAAGGCAACAUUGGAGAAUAUACCUGUGACUGUGGUUCUGACAAAACCAUAGCCAGGCUGGAUAUUGAAGAGCGUGACAUCAAGAUAGUCCGUCCCCUGUACAGUGUGGAAGUCACAGAGACUGAGACUGCUCGCUUUGAGACAGAGAUCUCUGAGGAGGAUGUGCAUGGUCACUGGAAGCUCAAAGGAGAAGCUCUUCACCAGUCUCCUGACUGUGAAAUAAAGGAGGAAGGCACAAAGCACAUGCUGAUACUGUACAAUGUUCGCAUGGAUCAAGUUGGAGGAGUUGACUUCCAGGCUGCAAAUGCCAAAUCCAAUGCCCAGCUUAGAGUGAAGGCUCGAUCAAUUGGUAUGCUGCGUCCGCUGAAGGAUGUCAUUGUAACAGCUGGAGAGACUGCAACCUUUGACUGUGAGCUGUCAUAUGAGGGCAUUGUUGUAGAAUGGUUCCUUGGAAGCACAAAGAUGGUAGAAAGCGACAGGGUUGUAACCCGUGCUGAGGGUAAAGCUCACACUCUGACUCUUAGAGAUGUCAAACUAACAGAAGCUGGUGAGGUCAAACUCACUGCUAAGGACUUCAACGCUCAGGCCACACUUACUGUUAAUGAGCCACCAGUUGAGUUCACCAAACCUCUGGAGGACCAGACUGUAGAAGAGGAGGCCACUGCUACUCUGGAAUGUGAAGUUUCCAGAGAAAAGGCUGAAGUCAAAUGGUUCAGAGAUGGACAGGAAAUCCGCAAAACUAAGAAACAUGAAAUGGUUGCUGAUGGCCGCAAGAGAAAACUGAUCAUUCAAGGGUGUACACUUGAUGAUUCUAAGACAUAUACCUGUGACGCAAAGGAAUUCAAAACAUCUGCUUUCCUGAAUGUUGAGCCUCCUUAUGUUGAGUUCUCCAAACCACUUCAUGACGUUGAAGUCAAAGAGAAGGACUCUGCAAGAUUUGAGUGUGAGGUGUCUCGUGAGUCUGCAAAGGUGCGCUGGUUCAAGGAUGGUAAUGAGAUCAGAAAAGGAAAGAAGUAUGAAAUUAUUUCCAAGGGUCUCCAGCACAUUCUCAUCAUCACAAAGACAGUCUUUGAUGAUGAAGCUGAAUAUGAAUGUGAUGCAAAAACCUCAAAAUCCUCUGGCAUGCUGACUGUCAUUGAGGAGGAAGCUAGGUUCUCAAAGAACCUGUCUAAUGUGGAAGGAACAGAGACAGACAGCGUGAAAAUGAUCUGUGAAGUAUCAAAGCCCAGUGCUGAAGUCACCUGGUACAAGGGUGACAAGGAGCUGCCUGAGGGAGGAAGAUAUGAACACAUUGCAGAUGGAAGGAAGAGAAUUCUUAUCAUCCAGGAUCUCAAAAUGGAUGACGCUGGAGAGUACAACUGUAGACUCUCUAACGCCAAGACAUCUGCUACUCUGAAGCUGAAUGAACUUGCUGCCGAGUUCAUUGCCAGGCCUCAGAGUCAGGAGGUGGUUGAAGGAGAGAAGGCUGAGUUUGUCUGCUCGGUCUCCAAAGACACCUAUGAUGUCAAAUGGUUUAAGAAUGACAAGGAGAUUACGGCUGGGGACAAAUUCGACAUUGUCUGUGAUGGAAAGAGGAGAGCGCUUAUUGUAAAGAAAUGUGAACCAAAGGAUGAAGGAAGCUAUGUUGCUUUCAUUGGCUCCACCAAAGCUUCAGCUGAGUUGUAUGUCAUUGAGAAACUCAGGAUAAUUACACCCAUCAAAGAUACGCAAGUGAAGGAAGGACAUGAGAUUGUCUUUAACUGUGAGGUGAACACUGAGGGAGCCAAAGCAAAGUGGCUGAAGAAGGAAGAGACUAUGUUUGAGAGCAGCAAGUACAUCAUGAUCCAGAAAGACAAUGUCUUUUCUCUGAGGAUCAAGGAUGCCCAAAGGACAGAUGAAUGUACCUACACUAUUACACUAACCAACCAGCGCGGUGAACAUGCAAAGGUCUCCGCCAAUGCUACUGUGAAAGAGGAGAAACUCAAGUUUUUGGAGCCUCUUGAAGACAUUGAUACUCAAGAGAAAAAGACCAUUGUCUUUACAUGCAAGGUGAACCGACCUGAUGUCACGGUUAAAUGGAUGAAGGCCGGCCAGGAGGUUACCCUCAGCAAGCGCAUCCUGUACAGGGUAGACAAAGACAAACACACGCUGACCAUCAAGGACUGUAUUCUGGCCGAUGAGGGUGAAUACACCGCAGUUGUCGGUGAUGACAAAUGCACCGCUGAGCUUAUCAUCAGUGAGGCACCCACAGACUUUUCCACACAACUCAAAGACCAGACCAUCACUGAGUUUGAGGAGGCAGAGUUCACUUGCAAGCUGUCUAAAGAGAAGGCUGCAGUCAGAUGGUACAGGAACGGACGUGAGAUCAGAGAGGGUCCCAGAUACAAGUUUGAGAAAGCUGGCAAGAUCUGCAAAUUGCGCAUCAAGGAGUGCAGACCAGAUGAUGAGUGUGAAUAUGCCUGUGGAGUUGAUGACAGGCGAUCCCGGGCCAGACUCUUCGUUGAAGAAACCCCUGUGGAGAUCAUCAGACCCCCAGCGGAUGUGUUUGAGCCUCCAGGUUCAGACAUUUUGUUUGAGGUGGAGCUCAACAAAGACAGAGUUGAAGUGAAAUGGAUGAGGAACAACAUGAUCAUUGUCCAGGGUGACAAGUACCAGAUGAUAAGUGAAGGAAAGGUCCACAGACUGCAAGUGUGUGAGAUUAGGCCCCGUGACCAAGGAGAGUACAGAAUCGUUGCAAAGGAAAAGGACGCCAGAGCCAAGCUGGAGCUGGCAGCUGUGCCAAAGAUCAAGACCACUGACCAGAACCUGGUGACUGAUGCUGGGAAACCCUUCGUCAUGACAAUUCCCUAUGAUGCCUAUCCUCGUGCAGAGGCUGAGUGGUUCUACAAGGAUGUCAGCUUACCAGUGCAGAACAUUGACACCUCUACAGACAAGACAGAAUACAGACUAAAGAGCCCCAAUAAAAAUGAUCAGGGAAGGUAUAAGAUUGUCAUCAAGAACAAACACGGACAGGGAGAGGCAUUCAUCAACCUAGAUGUCAUUGAUGUCCCUGGACCUGUGAAGAACCUGAAGGUGGUUGACACUGCCGAUGGUGAGGUGAGCUUGGCCUGGGAUGAACCAGAGAGUGAUGGUGGCAGCAAGAUCAUUGCUUACGUGGUAGAGAGGCGUGAUAUCAAGCGCAAGACAUGGACCAUGUCCACUGAUCGCGCUGACACUCCAGAAUACUGCGUCAGCGGACUCCAGAGGGAUUCCAUGUACCUAUUCCGUGUCUGUGCUCGCAACAGAGUGGGCAGUGGCCCGACAGUUAAGACAGACACAGCUGUCCAAGCUAAGAACAAGUUUGAUGUGCCUGAAGCUCCUGAGAACGUUAUGGUUGGAAUUGUGAACAGGUUUGGUGCCACCGUUACCUGGAAACCUCCACUUUCCGAUGGUGGAUCUGAGGUUACCUCCUACAUCAUUGAGCUCCGUGAUAGGACGUCUGUGAAAUGGGAGGCUGCUAUGGUCUGCAAGCCAGAGGACCGCUCUGCCACUCUGAGUGAUGUGGUUGAGAACAAGGAAUACAUCUUCAGAGUCAAAGCUGAAAACAAAGCAGGAAUUGGCAAACCAAGUGCUGCCACAGAUCCAGUGAAGAUCAUGGACCCCAUUGAGAAACCCAGUCCACCACUUAACUUCAACUUCAGUGAUCCAACAAAGAACUCUGUUCAACUGACCUGGGAGACUCCCAUGAGCAAUGGAGGCAGCAUGAUCACAGGCUACAUCAUCGAGAAGUGUGAGGAUGGAACAGACAAAUGGCUAAGAUGCAACGCUAGGCUCUGCCAAGACCUGAACUAUAAGGUGACUGGUCUGAAGCAGAGUCAAAAGUACCACUACAGAGUUAUGGCUGAGAAUGCAGCUGGAAUGUCUGAUCCAGCUGAUAAGAUUGGACCUGUCUUGGCUGACGAUAUACAUGUUUCACCUUCAAUGGACCUCAAUGCAUUCAAGAAUGGUCUAGAGGUCAUUGUUCCUCAAGCUCUCACAAUACGUGUCCCUAUUUCUGGAUACCCAACACCCAAAGCUAAAUGGAGAUUUGGAGACAAGGAGUUGACCACUGGUGACCGUGUAUCCAUGGUUACAAAGAGUGGCUUCACAGAGCUUGUCAUCACCCCAAGUGUGCGUCCAGACAAGGGAACAUACACCCUGCAACUGGAAAAUGAUGUGUCCUCUGUCUCAGGAGAGAUUGAAGUUAAUGUCAUUGCAUCUCCAAGUGCACCUAAAGACUUCAAAGUAUCAGAGGUUACCAGACAUCAUGUGCAUUUGAUGUGGGAGGCACCAGAACAUGACGGGGGAAGCCCAGUCUCUGGAUACCAAAUUGAAAAACGUGAGGUAUCUCGCAAGACCUGGGUCAAGGUUGCCACCAAUGUCAUGGAUCUGGAGCACACUGUCUCAGAUGUCAUUGAAGGCAAGGAGUAUCUUUUCAGUGUUACUGCUUGCAACAAAUGUGGCCCAGGAGAGCCUGCCUACAUCGAUGAGCCAGUCAAUGUGUCCUCUCCGGCCACUGUGCCAGACCCGCCUGAGAAUCUGAAAUGGAGGGACAAGUCAGCCAAAGGUAUCUUCCUGUUCUGGGAGCCACCUAAGUAUGAUGGUGGUGCAAACAUCAAAGGCUACGUUGUUGAUAAGUGUCAACGAGGCUCAGACAAAUGGGAGCCAUGUGGUGAACCCCUGCCUGAGCUGAAGUUCCAGGUGACUGGUUUGACUGAAGGACAGUGGUAUGCCUAUCGUGUUAGAGCAGUCAACAGACUGGGAGCCAGCAAUCCAUGCAGGGCUACAGAUGAAAUCCUGGCUGUGGAUCCAAAAGAACCUCCAGAGAUUCAGCUGGACGUGAAACUGAUUGCUGGACUGACUGCCAGGGCUGGAACAAAGAUUGAGCUCCCGGCUGAUGUGCUUGGAAAGCCAGAACCCAAAGUGAAAUGGACCAAAGCUGACCUGGUCUUGAAGGGAGACGAUCAUGUUGCCAUUGACACCAAGCCUGGUCAUUCCAAGCUAUCUAUUGCCAAAACAAUAAGAGAAGACACUGCCACGUACAUCAUUGAAGCUGUCAACAGCAGUGGUCGUGCAACUGCAACUAUUGAUGUCAACAUUCUUGACAAGCCAGGUCCUCCAGCUGCCUUUGACAUCUCUGACAUCACCAAUGAGUCUUGCUUCCUGGCCUGGAACCCUCCAAGAGAUGACGGCGGUUCAGUGGUCACUAACUACAUUGUUGAGAAACGUGCUACUGACAAAGAAGAGUGGCAGAAAUUGUCUUCUACUGUGAAGCAAACGACUUUCCAUGCCCUGAAGCUCACUCCUCUGAAAGAAUACGUCUUUAGAGUUCAGGCAGAAAACCAGUAUGGCAUUGGAGCCCCUACCGAGCAUGUGCCAAUUAUUGCCAAAUACUCCUUUGAUCCUCCUGGUGCUCCAACAAGAGUACAGCACUCUGACAUUGCCAAGGACUCUUUGACUCUCACUUGGUAUGAGCCUGAUGAGGACGGUGGUAGUCCCAUCACUGGCUACUGGGUGGAGAAGUUUGACCAAGAACAGGACAAAUGGAUCAGAUGCAACAAGUUGCCUAUUAAGGACACCACCUUCAGGGUGAAGGGACUGCCUACCAAGAAGAAGUACAGAUUCCGUGUAUUGGCAGAGAAUCUCGCAGGACCAGGAAAGCCAAGCACUGAAACUGAUCCAAUCUUGGUUAAAGAUCCAAUUGAUCCUCCAUGGGCCCCUGGUAAACCAUACAUCAAAGACAUUGCCAAGACGUCAGCCUGCCUACAAUGGACCAGGCCCGAGCAUGAUGGUGGGGCCAAGAUUGAGUCCUACAUUAUUGAACUUCAGAAGACAGGAACUGAGGAGUGGGUUCGUGUAGCAGACGAUAUCCCAACGACAGAACACUUCCUGAAGGGGCUUAUGGAGAAGCAGGAGUACUCCUUCAGAGUCAAGGCUGUCAACGUGGCUGGAGAGAGUGAGCCCAGUGAUCCAAGCGAUCCAGUGGUCUGCAAGGAGAGACUCUACCCUCCAUCACCUCCUCGCUGGCUUGAGGUGACCAACAUUACUAAGAUCAAUGCUGACCUGAAGUGGGCUGUUCCAGACAAUGAUGGUGGUUCACCAAUAACCAACUACUUAGUUGAGAAGAGGGAUGUCAGACGCAAAACCUGGCAGACAGUAGACACCACUGUAAAGGAGAUCAAGUACACUGUGACUCCUCUAAACGAGGGCACACUGUACGUAUUCCGUGUGGCUGCUGAGAACGCUGUUGGACAAAGUGAUUACUAUGAACUAGAAGACGCCGUACUGGCUAAAGACACCUUCACCACUCCUGGGCCACCAUAUGCCUUGACUGUGUUGGAGGUCUCUAAGAGACACGUUGAACUGAAAUGGGAGGCUCCAAAAAGCAAUGGUGGAAGACCCAUUACAAAGUAUGUCAUUGAGAAGAAAGAGAAGCUGGCAACCCGCUGGGUGAAGUCUGGCAAGACCCCAGGCGCUGAAUGCAAGUACAAGGUAACUGACGUGGAUGAAGGAACCGAGGUUCAGUUCCAAGUCCGUGCUGAGAAUGAGGCUGGUGUUGGACAUCCCAGUGAACCUACUGAGAUCCUCACAAUUGAAGAUCCAACAAGUCCUCCAUCUCCUCCUCUUGAUCUGGUUAUUCCCGACGCCAGCAGGGAGCAUAUUUCCAUCACCUGGAAGGUCCCAGCAAAGAACGGAGGCAGCCACAUUACUGGAUACCAUGUUGAACUUUCUGAAGCUGGCACAGAAAAGUGGAUGAGGGUCAACUCUCGUCCAAUUAAGGAGCUUAAGUACAAGGUAGAGGAGGGCAUUAUUCCAGAGAAACAGUACGUCCUCAGGGUGCGUGCCAUCAACUCCAUCGGUGUCAGUGACCCCUCCGCAAUCUCCGACAAGGUGUUUGCCAAGGACCCUGACUGUAUACCUACUAUGGAUGUACAGGCCCAAGACAUUGUUGUUGUUGAGGGUGAGAAACUCCACAUCAACAUCCCAUAUAGAGCCAUUCCCAAACCAAAGAUGGUGUGGCAGAAGGACACAGUGGAGUGUAAGGCUGAUGAUAGACUGACCAUGACCUGUGAGCUGAACAGCGUUCACUUGGAGCUGCUGAAGUGUGUUCGUGGUGAUGCCGGUGCAUACAGCAUCACUUUGGAGAACUCUCUUGGAACAGCAACUGGAAUCAUCAAUGUUAAAGUUAUUGGUCUUCCUGGCCAAUGCAAGGACAUUAGUGCCAGUGACAUUACCAGUACCUCCUGCAAAAUGUCAUGGGAGGCUCCAGAGGAUGAUGGAGGUAGCCCCAUUCUCAGCUAUGUACUGGAGCGCAGAGAGGCUUCUAAGAAGACCUACAUGCCUGUGAUGUCAGGAGAGAAUAUCUUGACACGACAGGUUAAGGAUCUCUUCCUCAACUGCGAGUAUCACUUCAGGGUGAAGGCUGUCAACAAAGUUGGACCGGGAGUGUUCCUAGAUCUUCGCAACCCUGUCAUCACUGAAGAAAUAAAACAGAAGCCAGAUCCACCGAUUGAGGUUGAGGCUCUUAACCCAACCUCAAAAUCCAUCACUGUGACAUGGAAAGCACCAGAAUAUGAUGGCGGAUGUGUUAUCACUGGCUACAUUCUGGAGAAGAUUGAAAAAGAGGGAGAGCGAUUCCAGAGGAUCAACCCAUCCUUGGUGCCUGGUUUCUCCUAUGUUGUACCUGACCUAACUGAAGGAAUGGAGUACCAGUUCCGUGUCAGGGCUGAGAAUGCUGCUGGCGUUAGUGAACCAUCUCGCAGCACUCCACUGAUAAAGGCUUGUGAUGCUGUUGACGCUCCCAAGGUCACCCUCCACGCACGCCUGCAGUCUGGCCUGUGCAUCCGAAAAGGAGAGGAAAUCCGCCUGGAUGCCUUUAUCUCUGGUUCUCCUUAUCCCACGGUGACCUGGCUGAGGGAUAAUGAGGAUGUCACGAAGGAGCCUGUCAAGAAACAGCAACCACUAGUGGUUAAGAAGAAGACCAAGUCGAAGGUGCCUGAACCUGAGGAGGUGUUCGUAACUCCAAUCCUGCAGCGUCUCUCUUUUGACCAGACCAAGAAGGGCCAAACCGCUAUCAUGGUGCGUGAAUCUGUGAGAGUGGAUCAUGGAUGCUUUACCAUCAGGGUGGAGAACUCUCAUGGAGUUGCAACUGCCUCUUGUGAGGUCAAUGUUCUUGAUAAACCUGGACCUCCAGUGAACUUCACAUUUGAGGACACCAGAAACACCUCUGUAAUCUGCAAUUGGGAACCUCCUCUGGAUGAUGGUGGCAGCGAGAUCUUAAACUACAUUCUGGAGAAGAAAGACAACAAGAAUGAUGAGAUUGGCUGGAUAACAGUGACCUCAACCCUUAGGGGUUGCACUUACCCUGUGACCAAACUGAUUGAAGGAAAGGAGUACAUCUUCCGCGUCACCGCUGAAAACAAAUCUGGCUGUGGACCUUCAUGUGUCUCUGAGCCACUUGUUGCCAAGAAUCAAUUUGAUCCACCUGAUGCACCAAACAUGCCUAGGAUUGGAGAGGUCAACGCUAACAGUAUCCACAUCUCCUGGCAUGAACCCAAAGACAAUGGCAGUCCCAUCCUGGGCUACUGGAUCGAGAGGAAGGAGAUCAACAGCAAGCACUGGACAAGGGUCAAUCGUAGCCUGUUCAACUCUCUGGAGGUCAAGGUUUUGGGUCUUAUGGAGGGCUUGACUUACAUUUUCAGAGUUUGUGCUGAAAAUAUGGCUGGUCCUGGGCCCUUCAGUGUCCCAACAGACCCUCAGAUUGCCAUGGAUCCUAUCUUGCCGCCUGGUCCACCCACUCCUUGGAUUGUUGACACUGGUGCAACUUCCAUUGAUGUGGCUUGGAAACCUCCAUUGUACAAUGGAGGAGGAGACAUCCUUGGGUACCAUGUUGAGAAAGUUCUGGCUGGAGAGAAGGAAUGGAAACGUAGCACAGAGUUUAGAUGCAAGGAGCUCAAGUAUACUGUGACCGGUCUCACUGAGGGUGCUGACUAUAUAGUCCGUAUCAUUGCUGUUAACGAUUGCGGACCUGGAGUGCCAGGAGUGACUGAGCCUGUAACAGUAAAAGAACCUCAAGAACCUCCCGUUGUGGACUUUGAUGACUCGGUAAAGAAUGGAGUCAUAAUUCGCGCCGGAGACAACCUGCGUCUUCCAGCCAUCGUGAUUGGCAGACCUCAACCAGAGGUGAAAUGGACCAAGGACGAAUCAGAAACUGACAAGGAAAGAGUUGUCAUUGAGACACAGGGAAAGAACAGCGUUCUCUUUAUCAAGCAUGCCUUGAGAACUGACCAUGGAAUGUACCAAGUCACUGGAACCAACAGCAGUGGAACCAAGGCAGCUGUCACUAAAGUUGAUGUCAUGGACGUUCCUGGGCCUGUGGCUGACCUGAAGACUACAGUGGUUACUAAGAAGAACAUUGGCAUAAGCUGGGCUGACCCUGUUGACAAUGGUGGCAGUGAUGUCAUUGGCUAUGUGGUUGAGAGGAAGGAUGCUAAGAUGCAACUCUUCAGACAACCUAUUGAAGUUGCUGCAUGCAAGUGUGACAUUCAGGGUCUGCUUGAUGGAGAGGAGUACAUGCUCCGUGUUAUAGCAAGGAACAAGUACGGUCUUGGAGCCCCAUGUGACAUUGGACCUAUCCUUGCUGUGGAUCCCAAAGGCACACCCUCUGCUCCAGAGAAGCUGCAUUACACAGAGAGGACCAAGACCACCAUCACUCUCUCUUGGGAACCCCCCCGUACUGACGGAGGGAGUCCUAUUAGGGGUUACUACAUUGAGAAGAUGAGACAUGAUGGAACUGAAUUUGACGUGGCCAACCGGCAGAUCAUCACAGAAACAACUGCAACCAUUGAAAACCUCACUGAGAACAACAUGUAUCAGUUCCGUGUGAAGGCUAUGAAUGAGGUUGGAGAAGGGGACCCUUCAAAACCAAUCAGCGCUAACAUGCAGGAUGAUGAAGUCGCCCCAACAAUUACUAUCCUGAAACACAUCAAGAGAGAUACCAUCAUUGUCAAGAAGGGAGAGGCCAUUGACAUCCCUGCUGAGGUCAGUGGCCUUCCCAUGCCAGUGUUCCAGUGGUCUAAGGAUGGGGUGGUCAUUGAGAAGCCCACAGAGACUCUACUGAUGGAGUCAGAGGAGGUGAGCAGAACUAAAGCCACAACCAAGAUCAGCAUCCCUGAGACUAUCAGACAAGACAAAGGAUACUACAAGUUGACUGGCACAAACUGUCAUGGCUCUGCCCAUCACACUAUCAGAGUGGAGAUCCUAGAUCGUCCUCUUCCACCACAUACUAUAGUGGUUUCUGAUAUCAAGUCUGAAUCAUGCUAUCUCACUUGGGAUGCCCCUGAAGACAAUGGAGGCAGUGAUAUCACAAACUACAUCAUUGAGAGGAGGGAUGCAAGCAAGAAAAAGUCUGACUUUGAACAGAUCACUUGCAACGUUAUUGACAGAAGAUAUGGGGUCUACAAACUAGACACUUACGGAUCAUACCAGUUCAGAAUCAAAGCCGAGAACAAGUUUGGAAUUAGUGACGGUUGUGAUUCUGAUAAAGUCGUCCUUAAGGAUCCAUUUGGUCUUCCUGGUCCACCUCGCAACCCCAAAAUUAUCGGACACACCUCCACCUCCAUGCUGGUGACGUGGGAUCCUCCCCUAGACAACGGUGGAUCCACCAUCACAGGCUACUGGCUAGAAAAGAGAGAGAGAGGAGCUGUGUACUGGGGUCGUGUCAACAGAGCUCCUGUCACCAAGCCUGCAGUAAAGGGUCUGGAGUACAAUGUGCUCCGCCUGAAUGAAGGGGCUGAAUACCAGUUUAGAGUGAUGGCCUGCAAUGCUGCAGGACUUGGACCACCUAGCGAAUCAUCUGAGUGUGCCUAUGCAAUUGAUCCACGCAACCCCCCAAGCCCACCAUCUUGCCCAGAAUUAAAGGACAAAACCAAGACCAGUGUCACACUUACUUGGAACCCACCAGAGAGGAAUGGAGGAAGUCCUGUCAAGGGCUACAUAAUCGAGGUCCACGAGGAAGGUGCUCCUGAUUGGAGAAGAGUUAACGCCGCCGACAAGCCGCAUCCUAGCACUGAGUUCACUGUUCCAGACCUCAAAGAGAACAAGAAGUGCAAGUUCAGAAUCAUCGCUGUCAAUGCAGCUGGAGAGUCUGAUCCCAGUUCACGUACCAAUGAUAUCAUCGUUGAAGAUAUCCUAUUGGAGCCAACCAUCUCUCUUGAGGUCAGCGCCCAUGACCUCCUGUCCUGUAGGGCUGGCUCUACGAUUAAGAUACCAGCAGUCAUCACAGGACGUCCGACUCCUAAAGUGACGUGGACGUUUGAUGGAACAGCAGAGACAGAGAAGAAGAAUGAACUCCACACCCUUCCUAUAGAUUCAGAUAUCCAGUCUACUGAUACAACCUCAGUCAUAACCAUUCCUGAGUGCAAACUCAACCAUUCUGGACGCUAUAUCAUCAAUGCAGAAAGCGUAGCUGGACAUAAGAUCAUGAAAGUCAGGGUCAAUGUCCUUGACUUGCCAGGUCCACCUAAAGACCUGAAGAUCACUGACAUCACAAGAGGCACAUGUAGACUAACAUGGAAAGCUCCAGAUAAUGAUGGUGGACAGAGGAUAAAGAGCUACUUCAUUGAGAAGAAGACCGUGUUAGGAAAGGCAUGGACAAAAGUUAACCCUGCAUGUGGCAGCCAAUCCUUUGUGGUGCCAGACCUUAUUGAGGGACAAGAGUACUUCUUCCGUAUCAGGGCAGAAAACCGCUUUGGAAUGGGACCUUACAUUGACACCAUCCAAAGAACCAAAGCCAGAGACCCUAUCAAUCCCCCAGAGCCUCCAACUCGUGUUAAGAUUAACGAUGUUACCAAGGGCACAGCUACCCUUACAUGGAAGCCACCCAAGAAUGAUGGUGGUGCUCCUGUCACUCACUACACUGUUGAACGUCUUUGCUGGGAUGCCAGUGGUGCCCAAAAGGAAUCCUGGAGACAAUGCAACAGGCGUGACAUUGACUCCACCACUUUCAAGAUGGAUGACCUGAAUGAAGGCGAUGAGUAUGAGUUCCGUGUCAAGGCUGUAAACGAAGCCGGUUCUAGCAGACCUUCCUCUACUGCUGGGCCAGUCCUAAUCCAAGACCAAACACGUGCACCUUCUAUUGAACUGAGUGAGUUCAUGGAGGUUGAACAGGGAGCGGACAUUGCCAUUGUGGCUAAGAUCCGCGGUGGUCCCUUCCCCACUCUCACCUGGUUCAAGGCUCCUCCCCACAAGUCUGAUGACAAAGUGGAGGUGCAGUAUGAUGAGCACAUCAACAAGAUUGUGUGUGACGACAGCUGCACACUGCUGAUUCAGCAGGGCAAACGCUCAGACACUGGUCUGUACACCAUCACUGCCAGCAACAGUCUAGGAAAGGCCUCCAAGGAGAUGAGGCUCAAUGUCUUAGGACGACCUGGACCUCCCUCUGCUCCCAUCAAGUUCGAGGAGAUUGGUGCUGAAAAGAUUACCCUGUCAUGGCUUCCACCUAAGGAUGACGGUGGCUCCAAGGUGACGAAUUAUGUAAUUGAACGACGCGUGGCCAACAGAAAGACCUGGAUUUCAGUUACCAAUGAGCCCAAAGAACGUGUCUUUACGGUAGAAGGUCUAAUGGAGGGACAUGAGUAUGUGUUCCGCAUCAUGGCUCAGAACAAAUACGGAGUUGGAGAUCCUCUGGACAGUGAACCAGAGACAGCCAGGAAUUUAUACACUGUUCCAGGCCAAUGUGAGAAGCCAACCCUCUCCAGUGUCACUAUGGACUCUAUGACAAUCAACUGGGAAGAGCCUGAAGUGGACGGUGGUAGUCCCAUUACUGGAUAUUGGCUGGAGCGUAAGGAGACAACCUCUAAGCGCUGGAACAGAGUGACACGUGACCCCAUCCGCCCCAUGCCGCUUGGCAUCUCCCACUGCGUGACCGGCCUCAUUGAGGGCUCCCAAUACCUAUUCCGUGUGUCAGCCAUCAAUGCAGCCGGAUGUGGGCUUGCCAGUCCACCAACGGAUCCCAUAUUUGCUAGAGACCCCAUCUCUCCCCCUGGACCUCCAACACCCAAGGUGACAGACUGGACCAAGUCCACCGUAGAUCUGGUUUGGAUUCCACCUCUGAAGGAUGGUGGAUCCAAAAUCAUGGGAUACUACAUUGAGUACAAAGAGGAGGGAACAGAAGCAUGGGUUAAAGCCAAAGAGAAGGAAGUCAGAGGCACCAAGUUUGUUGUUUCUGGACUAAAGACAAAUGGACAAUACAAGUUCAGAGUGGUAGCUAUCAAUGCUGCAGGUCUGAGUGAACCCGGUGAAGUUCCAGAAGUUAUUGAGGUCAAGGACAGGACAAUUGCUCCUGAGGUUGACCUGGAUGCCUCAGUGAAGGACAGGAUGGUUGUUCAUGCUGGCGGGGUGAUUCGCAUCAUAGCUUAUGUGUCAGGACAACCUGCACCCACAAUCACAUGGAACAGAGAUGAUGGUGCUCUGCCACCAGAUGCUGUAAUUGAGACCACUGCCAUCAGCUCCUCUCUGGUCAUCAAGCCAUGUACAAGGAGACACCAGGGAGUUUACACUCUGACGGCUAAGAAUGACGGAGGUGAAAAGAAGAAAGCCAUCAUUGUUGAUGUCCUUGACGUCCCUGGACCUGUGGGUGUUCCGUUCACUCCUGAGCAUCUUACCAGUGACUCCUGCAAGUUGAACUGGUUCUUCCCUGAGGAUGAUGGUGGCUCCGCCAUCACCAAUUACAUCAUAGAGAAACGCGAGGCUGAACGCAAGGCGUGGACAGCUCUCUCCUACACAGUCACCAGGCACACUGCUAUAGCCCACAAUCUGAUGGUCGGAAAUACCUAUUUCUUCAGGGUUGCAGCUGAAAAUGCAAUUGGACUUGGUCCAUUUGUUGAGACUACGUGCGAAAUCGUAAUCAAGGAUCCUAUCACUGUACCGGAACGCCCAGAGGAAAUAGAGGUGACAUCUGUCCACAAGGACUACAUCAGUGUCACCUGGAAACCUCCCAAGUUUGAUGGUGGCGCUGAGGUGACCAUGUACAUCCUGGAGGCACGAAUGAUCGGCAAGGACAAGUACACCAGGCUGACCAAGGAGAAGCUGAUGGAGAGAAGAUACACGUAUGAUGGUCUGAGGGAGGGUGACACUUAUGAGUUUAGGGUCCUGGCUGUGAAUGAGAUCGGUCCCAGCAAGCCAUCCUUCUGCACCAAACCCAUCACCUGCAGGGAUGAAUUAGAGCCCCCAACCAUUGAGCUGGACUUCCGUGAUAAGAUCGUUGUUCGUGUUGGUGAGAGUUUUGCACUCCAGGGACGCUACACAGGAAAGCCAUCUCCAUCUAUCAUCUGGUUCAAAGAUGAUGAAGAGCUCAAGGCAGACAAUCACAUCAUGUUCAAGAACACCUUGAACACCAUGUGUUUGGGCCUCAUGAAGGCUAAGAGAGAGCACAGUGGCAGAUACUGUGUACUUGUUGAGAACAGCACUGGCUCAAGAAAAGGCGUUUGCAAUGUGACUGUUGUCGAUCGCCCAACACCUCCAGUGGGUCCAGUGAUCUUUGACGAAGUUCACAGAGAAUACAUGGUGAUCUCCUGGAAACCUCCUCUGGAUAGUGGCGGAACUGAAAUCUCCAACUACAUCAUAGAAAAGAGAGACAUCAACAGAGACAUGUGGAUGACUGUAACAUCCGCCUCCACCAAGACCACUUGCAAAGUGCCAAAGCUAGUGGAGGGUAAAGAGUACAUCAUGAGAAUUUGUGCUGAGAACAUGUACGGCAUCAGCGAUCCACUGGAUUCAGACGAGAUGAGAGCCAAAGAUCUCUUCAGAGUACCUGAGGCCCCGGAGCAGCCCAAUGUAAGAGAAGUGUACAAGGAUAAUGCUUUAGUGCUGUGGAGCAGGCCUCGUGAUGGUGGCAAGCCCAUCACCAACUACAUCCUGGAGAAGAAGGAACCCUCUGCUAAGAGGUGGUCCCGUGCCACCAGAGAUCCGCUCUAUCCAGCCACCCAGUUCAGGGUGCUGGAUCUGAUUGAAGGCUGUGAAUAUGAGUUUAGAGUUAUGGCAGAGAAUGAGAUUGGCACUGGUGACCCAAGUGUACCAUCAAAGCCCAUCCUUGCCAAAGAUCCAAUUGUUCCUCCUAGCCCUCCUGUUCUGCCAGAGGCAAUAGACAAGACCAAGGACACUGUCAGUUUGAAAUGGCAGUUGCCUCGUCAUGACGGCAAAGGCAAAAUCUUUGGUUAUCUUGUGGAGUACCAGAAGGUUGGUGAAAAAGAAUGGGCCAAGUCCAACGAGACUCCCGAGACCUGCCCGGACAUCAACUAUGUCGUGACAGGCCUGGCUGAUGGUCAAGAGUACAAUUUCAGAAUCUUCACUGUCAAUGCUGCAGGAAACUCAGAGCCUGCCUUUGUUCGUCAACCAGUGAAAGUGCACGACAGAUUGGAGGCUCCAGAGCUGCUUCUUGAUGCCAACAUGUCCCGUGACCACCUUGCCAUGCUGGGAACAGACAUCACUCUCAGUGCUGUUAUCAAGGGCAUGCCGCCCCCCACUGUCUCAUGGAAGAAGAACGACGGAGAGGCACCAGCACAUGCCACUAUUGCAGUCACUGCCUCAGGCAGUAAGAUGUUUAUACCCAAGAGUGUGCGUCCUGACUCUGGAAACUACACCAUAACUGUUGAAAAUGCAGCUGGAUCCAAGACAGCAACUUGUGUCGUGCUCGUUUUAGAUAAACCUGGCCCUCCCAGGGAUCUAACAAUCUCUGAGAUAACCAGCGAGUCAGCCUACCUGUCCUGGAAGGUUCCUGAGGAUGAUGGAGGUGCUGUCAUCUCCCACUACGUGGUGGAGAAGAAGGAUGUUGCAGCUGAGAAAUGGGUGCCGGUCUGUGCCUCAUCAAAGAAGUUGAGCCUGAUGGCUCUCUACCUGAUGGAGGGUAUUCAGUACAUGUUCCGUGUUGCAGCAGAGAACCAGUUUGGCAGAAGUGCUUACAUUGAGACCAAACUUCCUAUCAAGGCCGUCGAUCCUUUAUAUCCACCUGGCCCACCAAAGAAUCUGCAUCACACUGAUGCUGAAAAAACUGAAGUGUGGCUUGCAUGGGAGUGGCCAGACCGCACAGGAGGAAGUGAGGUAACUGGGUUCAUUGUUGAGCACCAAGAGGAAGGAACAACGGACUGGGUUAACUUCAAGACUGUCAGCAACAUUCUCUGUCAUGUAACUGGACUGGUGGAGGGCAAGACAUACAGGUUCCGUGUGAAGUCCCAGAAUGCCAUUGGUGUGAGCCGUCCAGACACUACUGUCCCUAUCACCUGUCAGGAGAAACUAUUGGCACCAACAAUUGAAGUUGAUGUGAAGCUUAUUGAGGGCCUCAUUGUCAAGUCUGGAAGCAAAGUCGUUCUGCCAGCAAUAAUGAAAGGAAUUCCAACUCCCACUGCUAAGUGGCUGAGUGAUGGAAACGAAAUUGUAUCAGAGGGCAGGUUUAAGAUUGACACAGAGGAUACCUCAACAAGCCUCAGUAUUCCUGCGUGCAUAAGAGGUGACACUGGAGAAUAUAUUCUCACUGUGACCAACCCAGCAGGAAGCAAGACUGUUGCUCUUCAUGUCACUGUGCUGGACGUCCCAGGUGCCCCUGUUGGUCCUGUAAACAUCACAGAGGUCACUCCAGACCAUAUGGCCAUUAACUGGAGGCCACCUAAAGAUGACGGUGGCACACCGCUAACAAACUACAUUGUUGAGAAGAAGGAUAUCAAGAAGCCAUGGGAGCCAUGGUCAGUUGUAAGCUCUGGAAGUACAAGCACCAAAUCCAAGAUUCCCAGAUUGGAAAAAGGGCGUGAAUAUGUUGUGCGUGUCCGUGCAGAAAACAAAAUUGGUAUUGGUGCAGAACUUGAGAGUCCUCCCACUAUUGCCAAACAUAUGUUUGACCCUCCUGGUCCUCCAGGCCAGCCAACAUGCUCAGACAUCACAGAAAACGCUGUGACAGUGGAAUGGACUCUGCCUGAAGUUGAUGGUGGCAGCCCUGUCAGUGGCUAUGUCAUUGAGCGUAGGGAAAUGACAGGGAAGUGGAUUCGUGUAAACAAAACGCCCGUGCUGGAUCUCAGAUACAGAGCAUCUGGUUUGUUUGAAGGCAACAGCUACGAGUUCAGAAUCUUUGCUGAGAACGUUGCUGGGGUCAGUGUGGCCUCUCCUGUGUCAGACCCAGUGAAGCUCACUCGUCCAAUCACAAAGCCAGGACCACCAGUCAACCCCAAGGUGAAGGACUGGAGUAAGUCCUAUGUUGACUUGGUGUGGACAAAGCCUACCAGAGAUGGAGGAAGUCCCAUCCUGGGUUACAUUGUUGAGUGUCAGAAAUCAACUAGUGCUCAGUGGGAUAGAAUGAACAAGGAUUUCCUCAUACUUGGCGGUGCCUACAGAGCCCCUGGUCUGAUUGAAGGUAUGGAAUACAGGUUCCGCAUCAGAGCCUCCAACAUAAUAGGAGACAGUGAGCCUAGAGAUAUACAGGAGUCUGUCAUUGCAAAGGACAUUUUGGUGCCUCCAGUGGUCGUUGUUGAUGUAGCUUGCCGUGACCUACUGACAGUAAGAGCAGGCCAGAGCAUUAAUUUGACUACCAGAGUUAAGGGUAGACCCGACCCUGAGAUCACAUGGACCAAGGAUGCCAGGGCUCUGGGCAGGGACAAGCGCACAGAGAUGAACAACAACUUCCCUCUGGUUGAGCUUGUGAUCUCAGAAGCAGUCAGAGAGGACUACGGAAAGUAUGCUAUCCUGGCUAAGAACAGCAGCGGCCAAGCCCAGGCCACAAUCAUUGUGAAUGUGCUUGACACACCAGGACCUUGCCAAAAUAUUAAGGUCUCUUAUGUGACAAAAGACUCUGGCAUGGUGUCAUGGGAGAACCCAGAGGAUAAUGGAGGCACUGAGAUUACACAGUACACCAUUGAGUCUCGUCAGGCUAGCCAAAGAGGUUGGACUUUGGUCUCAAAUGACUGCACAAAGCGUCUCAUGAAAGCACCUCUUACGGAGGGAUGUGAAUACUUCUUCCGUGUGAGUGCAGAGAACAAGAUUGGUGCUGGACCUCCCAUAGAGACAAAGACAGCCAUAGUGGCUGUAGAUCCCAUUGAGAAACCAGGUGAUCCAGAGAACUUGCACAUCAGUGAAAUUGGCAAGACAUUUGUCUUCCUCAAAUGGAAGAAGCCAGACUAUGAUGGUGGUAGCCGCAACAUUGGUUACCAUGUUGAGAAGAAGCCAAAGGAGGCAGAUGAUUGGGAGAGACUUCAUAAGGGUGCCAUUAAGGAGACUUACUUCAUGGCAGAUAGAUGCAUUGAAAACGAAGUUUACCAAUUUAGAGUGCAAACCAAGAAUGAGGGAGGUGAAAGCAACUGGGUGACAACAGCUGAAAUUCUAGUUAAAGAACAGCUAGUUGAGCCAGAGAUCAAAAUUAAACUGAUUGGCACCCUAGUUGUUAAGGCUGGUGACUCCAUCCCUAUAGAAGCUACAGUCAAAGGAAAACCACAGCCUGAUGUCAAGUGGACUAGAGAUGGAGACAUUGGAGAUAUCAGCAAAAGCACAAGGCUUCAGAUUGAAUCUGGUGUGGAAUUCUCCAAAUUCCUGUUAACCAACUCUAAGCGUCCCGAUAGUGGAAAAUAUGUGAUCACUGCUACCAACGCUGCUGGCACUUGCAGUGCUCAUGCCACAGUCAAUGUGCUAGACAGACCUGGUCCUAUUAAAGACUUGAAAGUGUCUGGGGUCAGUAUAGAUAGAUGCCACCUGGCCUGGGAUGUCCCAGAAGAUGAUGGUGGCUGUGAGAUCUAUAACUACAUCUUAGAAAAGUGUGAAACAAAGAGAAUGGUUUGGUCUGUUCAUUCUAAUGCUAUAAUCACAAAUUCAGCCAAAGUCACUCGUCUUAUUGAAGGAAAUGAGUACAUAUUCAGAGUCAGAGCAGAAAAUAAGAUGGGGGCAGGUCCUGCUGUGGAAAGUGAAUCGAUUGUGGCCAAAACCCAGUUCAGUAGGCCUGGGAUUCCUGAAGCACCUGAAGUUACCAAGAUAUCCAGGGACCAGAUGACCGUUGAGUGGGCUGCACCUGAAAAUGAUGGCGGAAAGCCAAUCAUUGGCUACCUUCUGGAAAAGAAGGAGGAGCACGCCAUUCGAUGGACCCCUGUUAGCAAAGACCUUAUACCUGGAACAAGAAUGGCAGUCACCAAUCUGUUGUUCAACCACGAGUAUCAGUAUAGAGUUAAGGCUGAAAAUGAGAUCGGUGUUGGAGACCCAAGCAAACCCUCUAGAGCCAUUACUGCCAAGGAUUCUGUUGAACCUCCAAGCCCUCCAAGCAACCUGAAGGUUGUUGACAGCACCAGCUCCUCCAUCAGUCUGAGCUGGACCAAGCCUGUGUCUGAUGGUGGAGUUCCACUUAUCGGAUAUGUGGUUGAGAUAAGAGUCAAGGGAGCCAACAAGAAAGGAGAUGAAGGCUGGAAGAGGUGCAACGUUGCAGCCCAGCUGAUUGUGACCGAAUUCACUGUCACCAGUCUUGAUGAAAAACUGGAGUAUGAGUUCCGUGUCUCUGCACAAAACCAGGUUGGCCUGAGCCUUCCUGCAGAUCUAGAGGGAGCUGUAGUACCUAGGGAUAUUCUCGAUGCCCCUGAGAUCGACAUGGAUGCCAGUCUGAAGGACGGCCUGACUGUCAGGGCUGGAUGCCCCAUUAGGCUGUGCGCCACCAUCAGAGGCAGACCUCCACCCAAAGUCUCUUGGAGGAGGAUGGGCAUUGACAAUGUUGUCAGGAAGGGACAUGUGGAUAUCAUUGAUACCAUGACCUUCCUAGUGAUCCCUGACAGUACCCGUGACGAUUCAGGCAAAUACUCUCUGACACUACGGAGUACUGCAGGAGAGAAGGCAGUGUUUGUAAAUGUCAAAGUGCUAGACACCCCAGGGCCUGUAAUAGGUAUUGAAGCCACAGACAUCACAAUGGUGUCCUGCAAACUUUCCUGGUCUCCACCUGAAGUAAACGGUGGCAGUGAGGUCACUCACUACAUUGUUGAAAAGCGUGAAAUGGACCGCAAGACAUGGGCAACAGUCAAUAGCAAUGUGGAAGCAACAACCUUGAAGAUCAGCAAUCUGGUCUCUGGCACAGAGUAUUACUUCAGGGUCACAGCAGUAAAUGAAUAUGGACCUGGAGUAGCCAGAGUCUCACCAACUUCAUAUCUGGCCUCAGAUCCAGUCAGUAAACCUGACUCCCCUCAGAAGAUUGAUGUUCUUGAAAUUACUAAGAACAGCGCUGUUGUGGGAUGGGUGACACCAAUGAGGGAUGGAGGUGCCAAGAUAGAUGGUUAUGUGAUUGAUUAUCUGGAGGAGGAGGAGCAAGAAGACGUAUGGACACCAUACACUGUUGUUAAAGGCCUUAGCAUUUCAAUUAGUGGCCUAAAGGAGGGCAAAAAAUAUAGAUUCAGAGUGGCAGCGAGAAACGUCAUGGGAUGCAGUUUACCUAUCGAAACCCGUGACGCGUUUGAGGUCAAGGAGCAGAUUCUUGAACCCAAGAUUAUCAUGCCUGAUGUUGUAAGUGCAAGAGCAGGCGCUAAACUCAGAGUGGAAGCUCUAGUAUCUGGCAAACCUGCACCAGUCUGCAAAUGGAUGAAGGGAGACAAUCCUGUUGUUUCAUCUAGUCGUCUCGCCGUGCAUAAAUCUAAGAAUCUCUGUGUGCUCAUCAUCAAAGAUGUAUCAAGAAAUGACAGUGGUGAAUACAGCCUUGUUGCUGAGAACACCUCGGCUAAAGUUGACCAGGUCCUGAAAAUCAUCAUCAGAGAUAUCCCUGGCCCACCUGAGCCACCAUUUGAGAUCAGUGACAUUGAUGCUGAUGCCUGCUCACUUUCUUGGAACAAACCUCUGGAGGAUGGUGGCAGCAACAUCACCAACUAUGUAGUUGAGAAGUGUGAUUUGAGUCGCGGUGACUGGGUCAAUGCUGUUUCCUCUUGUGGAAAAACCGGCUGCAGGCUGGGCAAGCUCAUUCCUGGAAAGGAGUACUUAUUCCGUGCCCGUGCCGAGAACCGCUUUGGAAUCUCUGACCCCAUCACAUCGGACAGAAUGGUUGCCAAAUUCCCCUUCGAGCUUCCAGGAGAGCCCCUAAAUUGCCGCAUCAACAAAACAAACAAGGAUUGCAUGUUUGUUGCCUGGGACAGACCAGAGUCGGAUGGUGGCAGUCCCAUCACUGGCUUCUACAUUGAGCGGAAGGAGAGGAACAGUCUCCUGUGGGUCAAAGCUAAUGACGCAGUUGUUAGAACAACUGAGUAUCCCUGUGCUGGCCUUAUUGAGGGCUUGGAGUACACUUUCCGAGUAUCCGCUAUAAAUCGUGCCGGACAAGGCAAGCCUAGCAAGAAGACUGACUUUGUCACUGCAAGAACACCAGUUGAUACACCAGGCAAACCAGACAUUCUUGAUGUCACCAAAAACACUGUGACUUUGGUCUGGACCAGACCAAAGAAUGAUGGCGGAAGCAAGAUCCUUGGAUAUUAUGUUGAGGCCUUGAGGCUACCUGGUGACAAGUGGGUUCGCUGUAACACCAGCAGUCAGAAUGUCCCCAGAGAAGAGUACACUGUAACUGGACUGGAGGAGGACAUGCAGUAUCAGUUCAGAGUUACUGCAAAGACAGCUGUCAACCUGAGCAAAGCAUCAGACCCCACAGACCCUGUCCUGGUGUCUGCAGAGAACGUGCCACCAAGGAUAGAACUUGCAGUGAACGUGCAAAAACCACUGACUGUAAAGGCUGGCGCUAAUGUUACACUUGCGGCUGAGGUGUUUGGAAAGCCCAUGCCCAAAGUGACCUGGAAGAAGAAUGAUGAUUCCCUGAAAUCUUCUGAAAAAAGGAAGAUAACCCAGAAGAGACAUCUCUUCCAGAUGGAACUCACUGAAGUCACUAAAGAACAAACCGGAAUAUAUACUAUUCUGGCUGAAAAUGCUAGUGGAUCUAAGACUGGAGAUAUAGAGAUCAAGGUUUUGGAUGUUCCUGGUCCACCAGCAUCUGCCACAUUCAGUGAUGUGUUUGCAACUGGUCUCAAAGUUACAUGGGUGGCCCCUCUGAAUGAUGGUGGUUCUCCCAUAACAAACUACAUUGUUGACAAGCGUGAGACAAGCAGAGCCAACUGGGCUCAGGUUUCCUCCAAGGUCAUGGGUGAAGUUCUGGAGAUUGCUGUAGAGAGGCUCAUUGAAGCCCAUGAGUAUCAGUUCCGCAUUCGUGCAGAGAACACAUUCGGAGUUGGCGAGCCUAUCUUGACCAACCCAGUGACUACUAAGAAUCCAUUCACUGUGCCCGGCCCAUGUGAAGCUCCUGUCAUAACCAAUGUCACUAAAGAUCACAUGACUGUAAGCUGGAAGGAACCUGAUAAUGAUGGAAAGUCCACCAUCCUGGGAUACAUGGUGGAGAAGAAAGAAAUUAAAGAUGUCAAUUGGACAAAAAUUAACAGGAAGGCUACGCUAGAGAGAUCCCUGGAGGUUGGUGGUCUCACAGAGGGAGCAGAGUAUGAGUUCCGUGUCAUUGCCCUCAACAUAGCUGGCCUUGGAAAACCCAGUGAACCAUCCAGUGGUACUUCAGCCCAUGACCCCAUCCAUCCUCCUGGCCCACCAGUUUCCCCUGUGGUCAAAGACACCACUCAAAGCACAAUCAGUCUGACCUGGACAAAGCCAGCCAAUGAUGGCGGCAGUCCCAUCCUGGGCUACCUGGUGGAGAGCAAGAGGACCGAUGCCACAGACUGGAUAAGAUGCAACGUGCCAAAGAAUCUGCAGGACACAAACUAUGUGGUUCAGUCCCUCAUUGAUAAAUCAGAAUAUCAAUUGCGGGUGUCUGCCGUGAACAAAGCUGGCUUCAGUGAGACAUGCGAAGUUCCAGACAAGCACAUUGCUAAGGAUAUUUGUGUUGCACCUGAGGCAGAGCUUAGUGCAGAGCUAAAGGAGGUGUUGGAGCUACGUGCCGGAGACUGCAUGAAACUCAGAGCCACUAUAAAGGGCCGACCAGUCCCAAGGGUGAUCUGGGCCAAGAUGAACACCAACAUUAAGGACAGACAAGGCAUCAUCAUCAAGUCCACAGAGCACGACACCCUUGUCUCUGUCGAGAGCGUUACUAGAUAUGAUGCAGGAAAAUACAUUCUGAGUUUAGAAAGCAGCAGUGGGAUGAAGAUGUACACAAUUACUGUCAAAGUUAUUGAUACCCCUGGACCACCAGUCAACCUGAUGAUUAAAGAGACCACCAAGGACAGUGCAUCCAUCCUUUGGGAUGCUCCCCUGAUUAAUGGAGGAAGUGAAGUAACUAGUUACAUUGUGGAGAAACGUGAUGCAGAAAGAAAAGCAUGGUCCAUAGUUUCCUCAAACUGCACCAAGACAUCCUUCAAAAUUGCUGAUUUGGAACCUGGAAGGUCUUAUUGCUUCAGGGUAUCAGGAGUAAAUGAACUUGGUACUGGAGAGGCAUGUGAAACUGCAGAUUCAGUUAGAGCUUCUGAACAACCAGGGCCAGUUAUGGACUUUAAGAUCGUGUUGGUCACAAAGGACUCUUGCACAAUUGGCUGGAAGAAACCUUUAACUGAUGGCGGCAGCCGUAUCAUCUGCUAUGUGCUGGAAGUGUUGAAUGGAGAUGACAAUUGGAAGGAGCUGAUGAGAUCUAAAAACAUGCAAUACAGUGCCAAGGACCUUGUAGAAGGAAAAGAGUACAAAUACAGAGUAAAAGCAGUAAAUGAAACUGGAGAUGGUUCAGAGAAAGAGCUUGAUGUGCUUGCUAAAGACGUCAUCAUUAUACCUGCAUGUGACUUGAAAGCCCUUCCAAAUCUAUGCUACAUUGCCAAGGAGGGAAGUACAGUCCGUCUGAAGAUUCCCAUUAUUGGCAAACCAGCUCCUAAAGUAUCCUGGAAGAAGGGUGAAGACGUAGAUCUGACCGACACUGGCAGAGUGUGUGCCGAGUCCUCAGCAGUAAACACAAUGCUGUUGAUCCGUGACUGCCAGAGGAGUGAUGCCUCUAAAUACACUAUUACUCUGAGAAAUAGUGCUGGAUCAAGAGAAUCUACCAUCUUUGUUAGGGUGGUUGGCAAGCCAGGAAUACCUAUACAACCAAUUAAAUUUAAAGACAUCACUGCUGAUGGGGCUACCUUGAAAUGGGGUGCACCUAAGGAUGAUGGUGGAUCAGAGAUCACCAACUAUGUUCUAGAAAAGAGGGACUCCGUCACCAACAUGUGGGUCACCGUAUCUUCUUCAGUGGAGACCAACACCAUGAGGGUGACUGGACUCCACGAAGGCACAGAGUACAUCUUCAGAGUGUGUGCAGAAAACAAAUAUGGGUUUGGUGAAGGACUCAAAUCCGACCCCAUUGUUGCCAAGCAUCCUUUCAAUGUGCCUGAUGCACCUCCACCACCUCAGAUGAUGAGCAUGCGACAUGACUCUGCAACACUGAUGUGGUCUGACCCAAGGAAGACUGGAGGAUCUCCAAUUACUGGAUAUCAUGUUGAGUUUAAGGAGAGAAACAGUAUGCUGUGGAAGAGAGCCAGCAAGAGUGCUGUUAUGAUGAGGGAUUAUAAGGUCACAGGCUUGACUGAAGGUCUGGAGUAUGAAUUCAGAGUCAUGGCAGUCAAUCUGGCUGGAGUUGGGAGACCAAGCCCAGCGACUGAGUCUCACGUUGCCCUGGAUCCAAUUGAUGCUCCAGGUAAACCUGAUGUUGUCAGCAUCACAAGAAGCACAGUAACGCUUCAAUGGACUGAGCCAGAGUAUGACGGUGGACACAGACUGACUGGCUAUAUUGUUGAGAAACGAGAUCUGCCAUCAAAGAUCUGGAUGAAGGCUAAUAACGUCAACAUUGUGGACUGUGCAUUCACUGUGAAAGAGCUACAAGAAGGCUGCAAGUUUGAGUUCAGAAUCAGGGCGAAGAAUGCAGCUGGUGCCUUGAGCCCUCCCUCUGAACAAACAGACACUCUCGUGUGCAAAGAUGAAUACGAGUCACCAACUAUUAUUAUCGAUUCCCAUGUGAAGGAGGGCCUGACCGUCAGGGCAGGUGAAACCAUUGUCAUCACUGCAACAAGCAUUAUGGGCAAACCCCAACCAACAUCAGCGUGGUCCAAGGGUGGCAAGUUCUUCAAGCCCUCAGACAUCUGCCAGAUUGAGACCACGGCAUCAUCAUCUACUCUCUCCAUCAAAUACGCCAGCAGGAAUGAUUCUGGAGAAUACACAAUUUCAGCCAGUAAUCCAUUUGGCAUUAAGGAGGAGAAUGUUAAAGUAAAGGUGCUGGAUGUUCCAGGUUGUCCUGGUCCUAUUGAAUCGACUGGAGUUUCAUCUGAAAAGGUCACUCUAUCAUGGACACCACCUAAUGAAGAUGGUGGAUCUCCCAUUAAAUACUACACAAUUGAGAAGAGGGAGACCAGCCGUCUCCUUUGGACCAUCCUUCAAGAGAAGGUGAUUGACUGCCACCAUGUGGCGAACAAGCUGAUCCAGGGAAAUGAAUAUGUUUUCCGUGUUUCUGCCGUGAACCACUAUGGUGCAGGUGAAGCAUCCCACUCUGUGGCAGUCAAAAUGGUGGAUGGAUUUGGUCCCCCAGGCCCUCCAUCCAAGCCAGAGGUUGAGAAUGUUGGUGGACACUCUGCCACCGUCACAUGGAAACGUCCAGUGGAGGAUGGAGGAACUGACAUCACAGGCUACUGUGUUGAGAGGAAAGAGAAGAAGGCCAUGAGAUGGUUCAGGGCAUCUAAGAAAUCUAUUGCUGAGCUUCAAUAUGAAGUGAAGGGUCUCACAGAAGGUGUGGAGUAUGAAUUCCGGGUGACAGCAGAGAACAAAGCUGGCUUUGGAGAACCAAGUGAACCAUCACAAUCAGUUACAACCAAAGUGGUUGCCUAUGUGCCUGGACCCCCAGUCAACCCAAGAGUAACAGAUACAACAAAGACUACUGCUACACUGAACUGGGGAAAACCCCUUGAAGAUGGUGGACUUCCAGUAACAGGAUACUUGAUUGAACAUAAGAAGGAUGGGGAAGAAGAGUGGGCCAAGGAUAAUGCUGGAGCCCCUUUGAGAAUCACAGAGUUUGUUGUUCCCAACCUGGAAGCUGGAGGAAAGUAUCACUUUAGAAUCAGUGCAAUGAAUGCAGAGGGAGUAGGUGAACCUGCCCAGACUGAGGAACUCAUUGAGCUUGUGGACCAUGAGGAGAUUCCAGACCUUGAACUUGACAUUGAGCUAAGAAGAACCCUUGUUGUCAGGGCAGGUGGAUCCAUACGUCUCUUUGUGCCUAUUAAGGGACGCCCCACUCCUCAGGUGACAUGGAGCAAGAAAGAAGCACCAAUCACCCGUGCUAUCAUUGAUACAACCGAAUCAUACACUCUCCUUGUGAUUCCUGACUGCUCAAGAAUAGAUGCAGGAAAGUAUGACUUGACCCUAGAGAAUGCUGCAGGCCAGAAGACUGCUCACGUGAAUGUGAGAGUGUUAGACACUCCUGGACCUCCAAUCAACCUGAAGCCCAAAGCAAUUGACAAAGAAAGCAUCACCCUCCAGUGGGAGAUGCCACUUCUUGAUGGCGGCUCCAAGGUUACAAACUAUGUAAUUGAGAAGAGAGAGGCAACACGUAAAGCAUACGCAGCCAUAAUAAGAAAUUGUACAACUUGCUCGGUUAAAGUGCCGGACCUGGGAGAGGGGUGUGAAUACUAUUUCAGAGUGUCUGCAGAGAAUGAGUAUGGUAUUGGAGAUUCUGUUGAGACUCCAGAUCCAAUCCGUGCAUCCCAGGCACCAACUCCCCCAGAAAGCAUCUAUGCUACAGAUGUCACUAAGAACUCUGUCAGUCUCGCAUGGACGAAGCCAACACAUGAUGGUGGUAGCAGAGUAACUGGAUAUGUUCUUGAAGCGCAGAAGAAGGGAGGAGAUCAGUGGUCCCAUGUAACAACAGUCAAGACCAUGGACUUCAUUUCUAAGAAUCUUAAUGAAAAUGAGGAAUAUAUCUUCCGUGUAAUGGCAGUCAACCACUCUGGCCGAAGUCUUCCUCGUGAAAGCAAACCUGUUGUUAUCAAGGAGCAAACUUCACUGCCAGAGUUUGAUCUGCGUGGUGUUUGCCAGAAGAUUGUUAUUGCCAAGGCAGGAUCUGACAUAAAGGUUGAGAUUCCUGUAAUGGGACGUCCAGCACCUACUGUCUCAUGGAAGAAAGAUGACGCUACCUUCAAGCUGACCCAAAGAAUCAACGUGGAAAACACUCCAGCAACCACUCUUCUGUCUAUAAUGGAAUGCACAAGGGCUGACAGUGGACAUUAUGCCAUGACAGGGAAAAACAUCAUUGGCUCAGUCACAGAUAGUAUUAUUGUAAAAGUGCAUGAUAUUCCUGGACCUCCAAAGGGACCAAUCAAAAUUGAUGAGAUCUCUCGAACCUAUGCAGUAAUUUCAUGGGAUACCCCUGAGAAUGACGGUGGAGUCCCAAUCAACAAUUAUGUUGUUGAGUUGAGGGAUACUACUGGGCAAUCAUGGGUAGAGUUGUCUUCAACAGUGAUUCGUACUAUGUUCAAAGCUACUCGUCUUAAAACAGGAGCAGAAUUCCAAUUCAGGGUCAAAGCUAAGAACAGAUACGGCACUGGGCCACCUAUCACCUCUGAGGCAGUGGUGGCUGCAUAUCCAUUCAAGGCCCCUGGGCCCCCUGGCACUCCUAAAGUUGUGGCAUUUACGAAAGACACAAUGACAAUUGGCUGGAAUGAGCCAGUAUCCGAUGGUGGAAACGAGGUUAUUGGUUACCACGUUGAGAGGAAAGAGAGAAGUAGCAUCGUCUGGCAGAAGAUCAGUAAAGCCAUGGUCAAAGGAAACAUUUUCAAGUCAGCUGGUCUUGAAGAUGGAAUUGCUUAUGAAUUCCGUGUAGCUGCUGAGAACAUGGCUGGAAUUGGUAAGCCAAGUAAGGCCUCAGAAGCUAUGUUGGCACUGGAUCCAGUAGAUCCACCAGGUCAGCCAGAGCCUAUUUAUAUCAGCAAAAAUGUUGUAACAAUUCAGUGGGCAAAGCCUGAGUACGAUGGUGGGUUUAAGAUCACUGGCUACACGGUGGAGAAAAGAGACUUGACAGCUGGUCGCUGGACAAGGGCUAACUUCACCAACAUUAUUGAGACCUCAUUUACUCUCAGUGGGUUAACUCAAGAUGAAUCAUAUGAAUUCCGGGUGCUUGCCCGAAAUUCUGCUGGUGCUGUUAGUAAUCCAUCUGAGCCCUCAGACCCCAUUACCUGCAAAGAUGACAUUGUAGAACCAAGAAUUAUGGUUGAUGCCAAGUUCAAAGACGUGGUUCUACUGAAAGCAGGUGACAAUUUCAAGCUUGAUGCAGAUAUUGCAGGCCAGCCAAUUCCAUCCAUGGUCUGGACCAAGAACGGAAAGGAAGUUGAAAACACAUUGAAACUGGAUGUCAAGAUGACUGAUUUAACUACCACUCUGGUUAACAAAGACUCUAUAAGAGCAGAUGGGGGCGAAUUUAUUUUGACUGCCACCAAUGUUGGUGGAUUUGCCAAGCAUGUCUUCAAUGUCAAGGUUCUUGACAGACCAGGCCCACCAGGGGGACCCCUCGGAGUGUCUGAUGUGACCGCUGACAACUGCAUCCUGUCUUGGAACCCACCAGCAGAUGAUGGUGGUGCCCAGAUUGAGCAUUUUGUGAUUGAAAAGCGUGAAUCAAGCAGACUGGUUUGGACUAAUGUGGUAUCAGGCCUAGUGGGCAACCAAUAUAAGGUCACCAAGUUACUCAAAGGAAAUGAAUACAUAUUCAGAGUUAUGGCAGUCAACAAAUACGGCAUUGGAGAGCCACUGGAGUCCGAUCCAACAAUUGCAGACAACCCAUAUGUGCCAGCAGAUCCUCCAGAGACUCCUGAGGUGAGGGUCAUCACUAAAGAUUCAAUGAUUGUUUGUUGGGGGGCACCCAAGAACAAUGGUGGUAGUGAAGUCACCAACUAUAAUGUGGAGAGGAAAGACAAGAUUGGCCUCCGCUGGGUGAAAUGCAACAAGAAGAAGGUGACAGAUUUACAAUGCAAAGUCACAGGCCUUGUACCUGGGCAUGAAUAUGAAUACCGAAUUAUUGCUGAAAAUGCAGCAGGAUUCAGUGCACCAAGUGCUUCCAGUCCAUUCUAUAAGGCUACUGACACCCUCUACCAGCCUGGACCUCCAGGUAAUCCAAGGAUCUUGGAUACAACAAAGUCCUCCAUCACACUUGCAUGGAACAAGCCAGUAUAUGAUGGUGGUUCUGACAUCACUGGAUACAUUGUGGAGACCUGCCUCCCUAGUGAGGAGGAAUGGACAAUUGUCACCCCGGCAGAAGGAAUCCUUGCCACAUCAUUUACAAUUACUAACUUGAAAGAGAACCAGGAAUACUUGAUCAAUGUCUCUGCUACGAACAGUGAAGGAAUUGGUGAGGAAGCAUCUGUCCCAGGCUCACCCAAAGCUGAAGACAGGCUGCUUCCUCCAGAAGUUGAUCUGGAUGCAGACCUCCGCAAGGUUGUCAAUAUCAGAGCCUGCAACACACUCAGACUCUUUGUGCCAAUAAGAGGAAGACCAGCACCAGAGGUGAAAUGGACAAAAGAAAACGGUGACCCGAUUGAGAGGGCAACAAUUGAGAGUACGACAUCUUACACAUCACUAGUGAUUGAAAAUGUCAACCGAUUUGACAGUGGCAAGUACCUACUCACAGUUGAAAAUAGCUCUGGAGACCAUACAGCUACAGUGACUGUCAGUGUCUUAGAUACACCAGGAGCACCACAAAAUCUCAAGAUUAACGCAGUCACCAAGGAGUCGGUCACCCUCAUCUGGGAUCCUCCAGCUAAUGACGGUGGAACUAAGAUUAAGAACUACAUUGUAGAAAAACGUGAAUCAACAAGAAAAGCAUAUGCCACAGUAAAUGCUAACUGUCAUAAGACAGUCUGGACAGUAGACCCCCUGCAGGAGGGAUGUAACUAUUACUUCCGAGUUUUAGCUGAGAAUGAAUAUGGAAUUGGUAUACCAAUUGAGACAGGAGAAUCUGUUAAAGUAUCUGAAAAGCCACAGCCACCAGGCAAAAUCACUCUGAAGGAUGUAACAAUGACCAGCGCUACACUAUCCUGGGAGAGGCCAGAACAUGAUGGAGGCAGCAGAGUGGGUUGUUAUGUUGUAGAGAUGCAGAGCAAGGGGGAUGAGAAAUGGACCCAGGCUUUGAUUGUGAAAGAAACGGAGGCAGUUGUGCCUGGACUGACACUAGGUGAAGAAUACAUGUUCCGCGUAGCUGCAAGAAAUGAGAAGGGAACAAGUGAUCCACGCCAGAUUGGUGUGCCAGUGAUUGCUAAAGAUCUUGUCAUUGCUCCAGUAGCAAAACUGAUGUUCUCCACAUUUAGUGUGCUCUCAGGAGAAGAUUUGACAAUUGAAAUUCCAUAUGUCGCUCGUCCCAAAGCGGCAGUUUCAUGGGUUAAGGAUAGUCUGCCUCUUAAGAGAACCUCUAGAGUUAACUUUGAAGCCACAGACAAACUGCUCAGUCUUACUAUCAAAGAGGCCAGCAGAGAGGAUGUUGGCAAGUACCACAUUACUCUGUUAAACACCACCGGAGAAACAACAGCAAGCAUUGGAAUAGUUGUUCUUGACAAACCAGGCCCACCAAGCGGCCCUGUCAAAGUGGAGAAUGUCACUUCUGACAGUGUAACCAUCUCCUGGAAACCACCAGAGUAUGAUGGAGGCUGCACUAUCAACAAUUACAUUGUAGAAAAGAGAGAAACAUCUUCACAGAACUGGUUGAUUGUAUCUCCAAAUUUGGCCAGAACAACAAUCAAAGCUGGAAGACUGAAGACAGGCUCAGAAUAUCAAUUCAGAAUCACAGCAGAGAACAGAUAUGGAAAGAGUCCAGUUCUGGUCUCAGAGUCUGUUAUUGCUCAGUAUCCAUUCAAACUACCCGGUCCUCCUGGAACACCAAAUAUACAAUCUUCCACUAAAGACAGCAUGGUGGUGGUGUGGAAUGAGCCUGUGAUGGAUGGUGGAAGCACCAUCCUGGGCUAUCAUCUUGAACGGAAAGAGAGAAACAGUAUUCUCUGGGUGAAGCUGAAUAAGUCCCUGAUUGUUGAUCAAAGUUAUAAGACCACUGGCCUGGAGUCUGGACUUGAAUAUGAAUACAGAGUUUAUGCUGAAAACAUUGUGGGAAUAGGAAGAUUCAGCAAGAUCUCCGAGGGUAAUGUUGCUAGAGAUCCCUGUGACCCCCCCGGUACCCCUGAAGCCACUACGAUAACAAAGGACUCUGUGACCAUUGUAUGGACAAAACCAGAGUAUGACGGUGGAGCCAAAGUCACUGGUUAUGUAGUGGAGAAGAAGGACCUGCCAGAGGGCCGCUGGAUGAAGGCCAAUUUCACAAAUGUUAUUGAGACAGAGUAUGCUGCAACUGGUCUUGUCGAAGACCAGAAAUAUGAGUUCCGUGUCAUCGCUAGGAAUGCUGCAGGUGUAUUCAGUCUUCCCUCAUACAGCACUGGACCCAUCACUGCUAAAGAUGAAAUUGACCCCCCACGUAUAAGUAUUGACCCAGAGUACACUCAAACAUUGGUUGUUAAUGCUGGGGACAACUUCAAGAUUGAUGCUGAUGUUCAUGGCAAGCCCCUACCCUCAAUCCAGUGGAUGAGGGGAGACCAGGAACUUGGAAACACCAUACACAGAGAGAUUAAGAAUACAAACACCACAGCUUGUAUUUCUGUCAAAGAAGCUAAACUCACUGAUGGAGGCGAGUACACUCUGCUGCUGAGGAAUCCUGGAGGCGAGAAGUCAGUGAAUGUCAAUGUGGUUGUUCUGGAUAAACCUGGGGCACCACAAGGUCCCCUGUCUAUCACUAGCAUCACUAACGAACAGUGCACAAUCUCUUGGAAACCACCAGUACAAGAUGGAGGCAGUCAAAUCUCUCAUUACAUUGUAGAGAGAAGGGAAACAAGUCGAUUGGUUUGGACGGUUGUUGAUUCUAAAGUUCAAACAACUAUUCUGAAAAUUACAAAACUUCUAGAGGGAAAUGAGUACAUUUUCAAAGUUGUGCCUGUCAACAAAUUUGGAGUGGGUGCACCACUUGAGUCUAGUCCUGUGACAAUCAAAACUCCAUUUGUGCCACCUGAUUCGCCAAAGGGAGUGGAAGUUUCUAAUGUCAAGAAGGAAUCAAUGGUAAUUAGCUGGGAGGCACCCACCAAUGAUGGUGGCAGUCCAGUUAUUGGAUACAAUAUUGAGAAACAUGACAAAGAGGGAGUGAGAUGGACUAGAUGCAACAGAAAGACAGUGACUGACUUAACCUUCAAGGUUACUGCACUUCUUGAAAACCACAACUAUGAAUUUAGAGUAGUAGCUGAGAAUGUUGCUGGAGUGGGAGUACCAAGCUCCCCAUCUGUCUUCUACAAAGCUUUGGAUCCUAUCUUUAAACCUGGUCCACCACACAACCCUAAAGUAACUGACACAACCAAAACAACUGUGUCACUGUCAUGGGGUAAACCUAUCUAUGAUGGAGGCUGUGAAAUUCAAGGAUAUAUUGUUGAGGCCUGUCUAACUAAAGCAGCAGCACCCAUAGUGGCUCCCGCAGAGCCAGCAGCCGAGCCAGCAGCAGAACCAGCAGCCGAGCCAGCAGCAGAACCAGCAGCCGAGCCAGCAGCAGAACCAGCAGCUGCAGCUGAGCCAGCACCAGUAGCUGAGCCAGCAGCCGAGCCAGCAGCCAAAACAACUGCUGAAGCACCAGCUGAGGAAUGGACUAUGUGUACUCCACCGACUGGUGUAAAACAAACACGCUUUGAGGUUGUAAAUCUGAAGGAAAAUAAUGUAUACAAGUUCAGAAUAUGUGCCAUUAACAAGCUUGGUGUUGGAGAGCAUACAGAUGUCUUGGGAGAGAUUGUUGUUGAGGAGAGAGCAGAGGAACCGGAUCUUGACAUUGACCCUGAACUCAGGAAGAUUGUGAGCAUCAAAGCCGGAGGUUCCCUCAGACUGUUUAUUCCUAUUAAAGGACGACCCACUCCUGCCGUCAAGUGGGAGAAAGAUGAAGCUGCAGUCAAGGAGAGUGCUCAGGUGGAAGUGACAAGUAGCUAUACAUCUCUUGUAAUUGACAAAGUUAGCCGAUUUGAUACUGGAAAAUACACAGUGACUCUUGAGAAUGCAAGUGGAACAAAAUCUGAUGUGAUUGCUGUCAGAGUACUGGACUCACCUAGUGCCCCAGCCAACUUCAAGGUGAAAGAAAUCACAAAAGAGUCAGUGACACUUGCAUGGGAAGCCCCAUUGUUAGAUGGAGGAGCCAAGAUCAAAAACUACAUAGUUGAGAAGAGAGAGAGCACACGUAAAACUUUCUCAGCUGUGGUGACAAAUUGCCACAAACUGUCAUUUAAGAUUGAUAAUCUUCAGGAGGGUUGCAAUUACUAUUUCCGUGUUCUUGCUGAAAAUGAACAUGGUGUUGGCCUCCCAGCAGUAACAGUUGAUCCUCUCAAGGUCUCAGAGGUGCCUCAAACUCCAAGAAAGUUCACUGUUGUUGACCAAACCAAGACCAGUGUCUCUUUGGCAUGGGAGAAGCCUGAGCAUGAUGGUGGAAGCAAAGUUAUUCAUUACCUGCUGGAAAUGCAAGUCAAGGGCCAAGACAAAUGGUCUGGCAUCAACACUUUCAAAACUAUGGAUGCUGUUGUCAGUAAUCUGAACCCGGGUGAGGAAUAUAUGUUCAGAGUGACAGCUAUCAAUGAAAAGGGAAAGAGCGACCCCAAUACCCUUGCAUAUGCUGUACAAGCCAAGGACCUUGUCAUUAAACCAGAUGUAAGACCUGUAUUCAGCAACUACAGUGUUCGUGUUGGCAAAGACCUCAAAGUUGAAGUACCCAUAUCAGGACGUCCCAAGCCAAAGAUCACAUGGACAAAGGAUGGUGAUACUCUAAAACUGACCUCAAGAGUGAACAUUACUAACACACUCACUCACACAACACUGAACAUUAAAGAGGCAGCAGGUGAUGAUGGUGGGAUGUAUGGUAUUAAUGUCGCUAAUGAUGUUGGACAUAAGGAUGCAACCGUUGAAAUAAUUGCUCUUGAUAAGCCUGGCCCACCUACUGGUCCUGUUAAGUUUGAUGAAGUUACAGUACAAAGUGUGACUAUUUCUUGGGCUCCACCAAAGAAUACUGGUGGCUGCCAGAUUUCAAAUUACAUUGUACAAAAGAGAGAUACAACCUCCACAACAUGGGAGAACGUGUCCCUCUCAGUUGCAAGAACUUCGUUGAAAGUGCCAAGGCUUAAGACUGGAGCUGAAUAUCAAUUUAGAGUAAUUGCUCAGAAUCGCUAUGGAAAAAGUUAUGCUCUGGACUCAUCCCCUGUAGUUGCACAAUACCCAUACAAAGAACCUGGCCCACCAGGUACACCCUUUAUCUCAUCUCUCUCCAAGGAUCACAUGAUUGUGGAAUGGAACGAACCCAUUGUAGAUGGAGGCAGUGCUGUUCUUGGCUAUCACCUUGAAAGAAAAGAGAGAAACAGCAUCCUCUGGGUUAAGAUAAAUAAAACACUCAUCCAAGAUACAAGUUUCAAGACCAGUCCUUUGGAAGAGGGUAUCGAGUAUGAAUUCAGAGUUUCUGCUGAGAAUAUUGUUGGUACUGGCAGAUACAGUAAGAUCUCAGAGGGCUGUUUUGCCCGUGACCCAUGUGAUCCUCCUGGUACCCCUGAAGCCAUCCACAUAAGUAAAGACACCAUUGUCAUUGAAUGGACUAAGCCAGAGUAUGAUGGAGGCAGCAAGGUCACUGGAUAUGUUGUGGAAAAACGGGACCUGCCAGAAGGGCGCUGGAUGAAGGCUAAUUUCACCAAUGUAAUUGAGACACAGUUCACUGUCACUGGACUCACUGAGAUGGCUCAGUAUGACUUCCGAGUCAUUGCUAAGAAUGCUGUUGGCACUAUAAGUAAGCCAUCUUAUAACAGUGGACCAAUCAUAGCGAGUGAUGAAGUAGAAGCACCAAAGUUCUCUAUCGAUCCAGGGUUCACAAAAACUAUCGUUAUCAAUGCUGGGGACACAUUCAAACUUGAUGCUGAUGUACAUGGAAAGCCAAUUCCCACCAUCCAAUGGUUCAAGGAUGAUAAGGAAAUUGAAAAUACUUUGAGGUGUGAGAUAAAAAAUACUGAGACAAGAGCAAUUGUCAUUGUAAAAGACUCUAUCAGAGUUGAUGGCGGACUUUACAAUCUUCUGCUAACAAAUGUUGCUGGCACACAGACAGUUCCAUUCCAGGUGAAGGUUCUAGACAAACCAGCGCCAUGUGAAGGGCCUCUUCAUGUCACUGGAGUUAAUUGUGAUAGAUGCACUCUGUCAUGGAAGGCCCCAGUACACGAUGGAGGCAGCAACAUUUCACACUACUUCAUUGAGAGGCGGGAGACUAGCCGUUUGGCUUGGACUGUUGUGUCUAACAAAUGUGACACCACACUGUUUAAAGUAACAAAACUACUGGAGGGAAAUGAAUACAUCUUCCGUGUCAUGGCUGUCAACAGCUACGGUGUGAGUGAACCUCUACUGUCGGCCUCUGUGAUAAUGAAAAAUCCAUUUGUUCCUCCUGGGGCACCACAUGUCCAGGAAGUGUCCAAUAUUGCUCAUGACUCCAUGACUCUAACCUGGUCUGCACCAGACACCGAUGGUGGAAGUGACAUCAUUAGUUAUGCAAUUGAGAAGAAAGACCGGGCUGGAGUUAAAUGGACCAAAUGCAACAGGCAAAAGGUCACUGAUCUGUCCUUCAGAGUAACAGGCUUGACAGUCGAUCAUGAGUACGAGUUCAGAGUUGCUGCUGAGAAUGCAGCUGGAGUGGGUGAGCCAAGCUUACAAACGUCAUAUUACAAGGCUUGUGAUCCCAAGUAUAAACCUGGACCACCCACACAUGCUCAUGUGAUUGAUACAACCAAGACAUCAAUCACACUGUCAUGGGGAAAGCCACUUAGCGAUGGUGGCACUGCAAUUCAGGGCUACAUUGUAGAGGUAUGUAAGGCUGAGGAAGAAGAAUGGACCAUGGUAACCCCUCCUACUGGCCUGCGGGUACACAAAUAUGAAGUCACCAAACUCACUGAGGGACAAGAAUAUAAAAUCCAGGUUUGUGCUCUGAAUAAACUUGGAGUUGGUGAACCAGCUGCUAUACCAGGAACAGCCAAACCUGAGGAGAAAGUGGAAACUCCAGAAAUCCAACUGGACUCAGAGCUUAGGAAGGGAAUAGUUAUAAGAGCUGGAGGAUCUGUGAGUAUCAAUGUGCCAUUCAAGGGAAGACCUACUCCAGAAAUUACGUGGACAAAAGAUGAGGCUGAGCUGUCAGAGAAAGCAGUAAUUGAGAAAGCGGUCAACUACACACAGCUGUCUAUUGAUCCCUGUGACAGAAAUGAUUCUGGAAAAUACACUCUUACUCUGGAGAACAGCAGUGGUUCGGUGUCCGAAUUUGUCACAGUUAAAGUGCUGGACACUCCAGGAGCACCUCUGAACCUUGUUGUUACAGAAAUCAAGAAAGACUCUGUUACUCUUGUCUGGGAUGCGCCACUAAUUGAUGGAGGUUCCAAAAUCAAAAAUUAUGUCAUUGAUAAACGGGAAUCAACAAGGAAAGCUUAUGCAAAUGUAUCAACCAAGUGCUCUAAAACAUCAUUCAAAGUUGAAAACCUUGCUGAGGGAGCCAUGUAUUACUUCAGAGUUAUGGCUGAGAAUGAAUAUGGAGUUGGACAGUCUAUUGAAACAAAAACAGCAUCCAAAGCCUCUGAGGUGCCUCUUCCUGUUGGAAAGGUUUUCCUGACAGAUGUCACCAAAGUCAGUGCAACUCUAGCAUGGGAGAAACCAGAGCAUGAUGGGGGAAGCAGGAUUGCUGGGUAUUUAAUUGAGAUGCUGCCCAAGGGAACAGAUAAGUGGGGUGUUGUUGCAAACACAAAGACAUGUGAUGGAACUGUCAAUGGUCUGACCUCAGGGCAGGAGUACCUCUUCCGUAUCAUUGCUCACAACGAGAAGGGAAAGAGUGAGCCCAAGCCACUUGCUGCACCAGUAAUCGCUAGUGACCUGACUAUUGAACCAAGCUUGAAGCCCAUGUUUAACACAUACAGCGUUAAGGCUGGUAAAGAUCUGAAGGUUGAAAUCCCCGUAAUUGGUAGGCCAAAACCAAAGGUCUCUUGGGCCAAAGAUGGCCAGUCUUUGAAAGUGACAAGUAGAGUGAAUGUGUUGAACACACUCACAACCACUACCAUUCAAUUUACAGAAGCAUGUAAGGACGACUUUGGAAAAUAUACAGUCACAGCAACUAACAAUGCUGGAUCAACAACUGAAGAAGUAGGCAUCAUCAUCCUUGACAAACCUGGUCCACCCACAGGACCAUUUAAAAUUUGUGAAGUGAGCAACACUUUUGUGUCUCUCGCAUGGGACCCCCCAGAGUAUACAGGUGGAUGUCAAGUUAAAAACUACAUUGUGGAAAAACGUGAUACAACUGGCAACAUCUGGCAAGUUGUGACUGCACAGCUCGCUAGAACUGCACUCAGAAUCACUAAGCUGAAGACUGGUGCUGAGUACCAAUUCAGAGUAUCUGCUGAGAACAGAUAUGGCAAGGGCUCAUCUUUGGACUCAAAGUCAAUUGUUGUGCAGUAUCCAUACAAACCACCUGGUCCACCUGGAACACCAUUUGCCAAGUCUGCAACUAAGGAACAAAUGAUCAUUGAAUGGAAUGAGCCAGUCAAUGAUGGUGGUAGCUCAGUCAUUGGCUAUCAUCUGGAAAGCAAAGAAAGAAGCAGCAUCCUAUGGACUAAAUUGAACAAGAUUCUAAUUACCGAUACUUUAUUCAAAAUAUGUAAUCUUGAGGAGGGCAUUGGUUAUGAAUUCCGGGUCUCAGCUGAAAAUAUUGUUGGUAUUGGUAGAUGCAGCAAAAUAUCAGACUCAAUUGUUGCACGCGAUCCAUGUGAUCCACCUGGUACUCCUGAGGCAACAGUUAUCUCCAAGAACCAUAUCGUGAUACAGUGGACAAAGCCCCAAUAUGAUGGAGGCAGUAAAGUGACUGGAUAUGUUGUGGAGAGGAGAGAUCUGGCUUCAGUCGAGGGACGCUGGUUGAGAGCCAAUUUCACGAAUGUCAUUGAGACCGAAUUCACUAUCACUGGCCUGACAGAAAAUGAACAAUAUGAAUUCAGAGUUAUUGCCAGAAAUGCCGCAGGCAUGUUCAGUGAACCGUCUGAUAGCACUGGACCAAUCACAGCUACCGAUGAAGUUGAACCACCAAGUGUAUCCAUGGAUCCUAAAUACAAAGAAGCCAUUAUUGUCAAUGCAGGACAGAACUUACUUCUUGAUGCUGACAUUCAUGGCAAACCUCUUCCUGAUGUCUUGUGGUUGAAGGAAGGUAAAGAAAUGGAAAAGGCUCUCCGCAUUGAAGUGAAAACCACAAAUAAAACUGCAUCAAUGACAAUUAAAGAUGUCACAAGGUUAGACAGUGGUCACUAUGACCUCACUCUCACCAAUAUUGGUGGCACAAAGACAAUACCCAUCACUGUAAAGGUUUUGGAUAAACCAGGCCCACCCACUGGACCUAUCAAAGUGACUGGAGUCACUGCUGACAGAUGUUUCCUAUCCUGGACAGAGCCUCAAUUGGAUGGUGGUGCUGAAAUCUCUCAUUACAUUUUAGAAAAGAGAGAGACCAGCAAACUCUCCUGGACCGUUUCUGCACCUAACAUUCAAGCUCUGAAUUACAAAGUGACUAACCUGCUCUCUGGAAAUGAAUACCUCUUCAGGAUCAGAGCUGUCAACAAAUAUGGCAUAGGAGAGGCUCUGGAGACUGAGCCAAUUACUGCUCGUAAUCCAUAUAAACCACCAAGUGCGCCCACAGCACCUGAAGCUAUUGAAAUAACAAAAGACUAUAUGAUUUUGUCAUGGGCAGCACCUGAGCAAAAUGGUGGGGCAGAAAUUGAUUGCUAUCAUCUUGAAAAGCGUGACAAAGAUGGUGUGAGAUGGACCAAAUGCAACAGACAGAAGUUGACUGACUUGUUUUUCAAAGUCACAGGACUUACGGAAGGUCACUUUUAUGAAUACCGUGUUGCUGCAGAAAAUGAGUCUGGAGUGGGAGACUUGAGUGACCUUUCAAUGUUCUGCAGAGCAUGUGAUGUAACAACACCACCUGGACCACCACACCAUCCUAAGGUGACAGACCACACAGAAUCAGCGGUGUCCCUGGCCUGGGGUAAGCCUGCCACUGAUGGUGGGGCAUAUAUCAAGGGAUACAUUGUUGAAAUGAAAGAGGUCACAGCCGAGGAAUGGACCACAUGUACUCCUCCCGCUGGCCUUCAGGUGACUCAUCUCACCGUGGGAGAUCUGAAGGCAGGUGCAGAAUACAACUUCCGUGUCUGUGCUAUCAACUCAGAGGGAGUAGGAGAACAUGCAGAUGUCCAUGGCACUGUGGUUGCAGCAGUGAAGGUGGAGGCACCAGAAAUUGAGCUGGAUGCGGACCUCAGGAAGGUCGUCUCUGUACGUGCAAGUGGAACACUGCGGCUUUUUGUCACAAUCAGAGGAAGACCUGAACCUGCAGUUAAGUGGGAGAAGGUUGAGGGUGUUCUGACAGAACGGGCCCAGAUUGAAGCCACCAGUUCAUACACAAUGCUCGUCAUAGACAAUGUCAACCGCUUUGACAGUGGCAAGUACUCACUGACCAUAGAGAACAGCAGUGGAACAAAAUCUGCCCUUAUAAAUGUCAGAGUGUUAGACUCACCAAGUGCCCCACAGAACUUUGAAGUCAAAGAAAUCAAGAAGGAUUCAGUCACACUCUUCUGGGAUCCACCACUUACAGAUGGGGGAUCAAAGAUAACCAAUUACAUUGUAGAAAAAAGAGAAUCUACCAGGAAGGCUUACACCACUGUGACAAGCAACUGCCUACAGAACUCCUUUAAAAUUGAUGAACUGCCAGAAGGAUGCAUAUUCUACUUCCGUGUGAGUGCUGUCAAUGAGUAUGGCAUCGGGUUGAUGUCCGAGACGAAAAAUCCAAUAAAGGUUUCUGAGGUACCUCUACCCCCAGGAAAAGUCAUGCUCACUGAUAUGACCAAAACCAGUGUGUCACUCUCAUGGGAGAAGCCUGCUCAUGAUGGUGGAAGCAAAAUCAUGUGUUAUAAUGUGGAGAUGAAAGUUAAAGGUGGUGAUAAGUGGGGUACAUCUUGCACAGUCAAAGUACUGGAAGCUACAAUCCCAAACCUAACAUCUGGAGAAACAUAUUCCUUUAGGGUUGUUGCAAUUAAUGAGAAGGGAAAGAGUGAGCCAAAGGAACUAGGAUUACCUGUAGUUGCAAAGGACCAGGAUAUAGAACCCUCAGUCAGUAUGCUGUUCAACACCUACAGUGUGAAAGCUGGAGAUGAUCUCACGGUUGAAAUUCCAAUGAGAGGCCGUCCCAAGCCUGUUAUUUCAUGGAAGAAAGAUGGUCUUCCUCUGAAGCAAACAACCUCAGUGACCAUUCUAAAUACAAAGGUCUCAACCAAACUUGUUAUUAAGGAGGCCGCUAAAGAACAUGUUGGAAAAUAUGAAAUCACUCUUGCCAACACAGGUGGUACGAUAACUGUGGAUCUCAGAAUCAUUGUACUAGACAAGUCUGGUCCACCCACUGCUAUUAAGGUGGACGCUGUGACUGCUGAUAGCAUAACAAUUUCAUGGUCGCCACCAGAGUAUGAUGGUGGCUGUUCAAUCAACAACUACAUUGUUGAGAAGAGGGAUACAAACUCAACAGUUUGGCAGUUGGUCUCAUCACAAAUUGCUAGAACCGCAAUCAAGGCCAGUCGACUGACACAUGGUGCAGAGUAUCAGUUCCGUGUAUACGCUGUUAAUCGUUAUGGAAAGAGUACAUAUUUGGACUCCCCUGGAAUCACAGCUCAGUAUAACUUCAAGCAACCAGGACCUCCUUCUACCCCUCUGGUGAAACAUGCAACCAAAUCCUUUAUGUUGGUCACAUGGAAUGAGCCAGUCAAUGAUGGUGGUAGCACAGUUAUUGGUUAUCACCUUGAGCGUAAGGAGAGAAGCAGUAUCCUUUGGAAUAAGAUGAACAGAGGUAUGAUCAAAGACACAGAGUAUAAAGUUAGUAGCAUUGAAGAAGGCAUGAUGUAUGAAUAUCGUGUUUAUGCUGAAAACAUUGCUGGAAUUGGAAAAUGCAGCAAGGCCUGUGAGGCUGUGGCUGCAAGAGACCCAUGUGACCCUCCAGGUCUGCCAACAGUCACCAGUGUUACAAGAACAUCUGUCUCCCUCUCGUGGGAAAAGCCUGAGUAUGAUGGUGGAGCUAAGGUGACUGGCUAUACUAUUGAACGCAGGGAUCUACCUGAGGGUCGAUGGAUGAGGUGCAACUUUACCAAUGUUCCAGAGACCUACUUUGAUGUGACAGGUUUAACGGAGGACAGCCAGUAUGACUUCCGCAUCAUUGCAAAGAACGCUGCAGGAUUGUUCAGUGAACCAUCUGACUGCACUGGCCCUAUCACUGUCAAAGCAGAUGUGGAUCCUCCACGCAUCAUGAUGGAUGUCAAGUUCAGAGAUACUGUCGUUGUAAAAUCUGGAGAGGUCCUGAAGAUCAAUGCAGAUAUUGCAGGACGCCCAGCCCCAGUUAUCUCCUGGACAAAGAAUGGCAAAGAGAUUGAGCUGAGGGCCAGGAUUCAAAUUGUUUCAACAGAAACCAGCACUUCAGUAAUUGUAAAGGAUACUGUGAGAACUGACUCUGGACAGUACACCCUAACAUUGCAGAACAUUGCUGGAACAGUUAACAUGCCUGUGAACUGUGUGAUUCUUGACAAACCAGGUCCUUCAGCUGGACCUCUAGAGAUCAGCAACCUCACAGCAGAAGAGUGUACUUUGGCAUGGGGUCCACCUCAAGAGAAAGGCGGUGCUGAAAUUACACACUACGUUGUUCAAAAGCGUGAGACAAGCCGCCUUGCUUGGACGCUGGUGCAUGGAGACCUGAAAAAGACAGUAUACAAAGUCACAAAACUUCUUAAAGGGAAUGAGUACAUCUUCAGGGUUCUGGCUGUCAACAAGUUUGGACUUGGCGAGGCCUUGGACAGUGAUGCUGUCAAAAUGGUGGAUCCAUUCACCAUCCCAUUAGCUCCAACCAAUGUUGAGGUUACAGCUGUAACCAGAGACAAGAUGACACUCACCUGGGUAAAGCCUGAUGGUGAUGGAGGCAGUGAGAUCACAGGAUAUGUGAUUGAGCGCCGGGACAAAUCAGGAAUGCGCUGGGUUCGUGUAAACAGAGAACCUGUUGUUGAGUGUACUACUAAAGCAACUAAACUUCGCAAGGGCUCUGAAUAUGAGUUCCGUGUCUAUGCUGAAAAUGCUGCUGGUUUGAGUCUUCCUAGCGAUACAUCCGCCCCAUUCCUUGCUAUGGAUGCACUGAUUGUGCCUUCACCACCAACGAAACCAAAGAUUGUGUAUUCAACAAAUACCUCCAUCAGCGUUGUAUGGAAACCACCAACAUGUGAUGGUGGAGCUCAUAUUCUUGGAUAUAGUGUUGAGUAUCGAGAGUACGUGGAAAGACCUAAAGAGGAAGAGGAAAGUGAUGAGGAAGAAUAUGAAGAUGAGGAGGAGGAAGAAGAGGAGAAAAUUGAGGAGGCACCAGUCGUGGAGGAGGAUAACUGGACUGUGGCCAUUCCACUUAUCAAAAACACAGAGUUUACUAUCUCUGGACUUACAACUGAUAGCGUUUAUGAGUUUGCUGUUAGGGCAAUUAACAAGAUUGGCCAGAGCAGACUCAGUAAAAUCUCUGAGCCUAAGCUGGCAAAGGAUAAGACAGAGGAGCCAGCUUUUGAUGUUGACUUAGAGAUGCGCAAGACAUUGAUUGUCAAGCAUGGCAACUCAUUCACACUGACUGCACCAUUCCGAGGUACACCUGUCCCCUCUGCAACUUGGACUAAGGAGGAAGUAGACUUAAAGGCAAGAUCAACCGUCGAAACAAGUGACACCUCUACUUCAUUAACAUUUGAGAACGCCACAAGAAAUGACUCUGGAGAAUACACAGUCACACUGGAGAAUGGCUUGGGGACAGCGACACUACCAAUGGUUGUUAAGGUUCUUGAUUCUCCAGGACCACCGCUUAAUGUUAAAAUCAAGGAGGUUACAAUAGACUCUGUGACAGUUGCAUGGGAGGCUCCAGUAAAUGAUGGUGGUGAUGCUGUGAAAGCAUAUCAUGUUGAGAAACGUGAGGCCAGCAAGAAGGCAUGGGUAUCUGUGACCAGCAAUUGCCACCAACUGACCUACAAAGUUGAAGAUCUUCAAGAGGGAGCAAUGUAUUACUUCAGAGUCAUUGGAGAAAAUGAAUUCGGAGUGGGUGUCCCUGCUGAGACCAGAGAUGGAACAAAGAUUACAGAAAAGCCAAGUGCGCCUACUAGACUUGGGGCCACGGAGGUGACCAAGGAUAGCAUCACAAUUGCAUGGUCCAAACCAGAGCAUGAUGGUGGAAGCAGAGUAACAAGCUACCUCAUUGAUGCUCUGGAAAAAGGACAGACAAAGUGGGUGAAGUGUGCCGUGGUGAAGACAAAUACUCACACAGUCAAAAGUCUGAGGGAACAUGGUGAAUACUUCUUCAGAGUUCGCGCUGAGAAUCAUGCUGGACUCAGUGAACCCAAAGAAAUGAUUGUCCCUGUUGUCGUAAAAGAUCAACUGGAGGCCCCAGAAUUCGAUUUGAAGAACUAUCCCAGGAAUACAGUAUAUGUAAGAGCUGGAUCAAACUUGACUUUUGAGCUCCCUCUCACUGGCAAACCUAUGCCCAAAGUCGUUCUAUCAAAGAACAAUGUUGUUAUUAAAGCGAGCAAGAGGCUCAUCGCGGAUGUCACCGCCAACAGCCUCAUCAUCACUCUCAAUGAGAGCACUGCAAGUGAUGCAGGCAAAUAUGACAUCACUGCCUCCAACACAAGUGGCACCACCAAGAUAUUUACUAACAUUGUUGUACUAGACAGACCUGGACCUCCAGUUGGCCCAGUUGAGGUUGGAGAGGUUGGGGAGACGACAGUGUGUCUCAAAUGGGCUCCUCCUGUUUACAGUGGUGGCAGCCCAGUCACCAAUUACAUUGUACUUCGACGUGAAACAAGCACUCCUGCUUGGACAGAAGUGUCAUCUUCAGUAGCAAGAAACCUAAUUAAAGUCACCAAGCUCACCAAAGGAGAAGAGUAUCAGUUCAGGAUUAAGGCUGAGAACCGUUUAGGUAUCAGCGACCACAUUGACACCCCGCCAAUCACAGUCAAGCUUCCAUACACCAUCCCUGGACCUCCUUCCACCCCCUGGUUGACCUCUGUGUCCAGAGAGAGUCUCACCAUCAACUGGAAUGAGCCUGUUAUGGAUGGAGGAAACACUGUCAUUGGUUACCACUUACAGAUGAAAGAGAGAAGCAGCAUGUUGUGGCAGAAGGUCAACAAAACUGCGAUAGCUGGCACACAGUGGAGAGUUACGAAUAUUUGCCCUGGUCUCAUCUAUGAGUUUAAGGUUGCAGCAGAAAAUGCAGCUGGUAUUGGAAAGAUGAGCAAGACAUCUGAGGAAGUGCUUGCAAUUGAUGCUUGUGAGCCCCCUGCAAAUGUUCAUAUCUCUGAAAUCACUAAGAACUCUGUCAGCCUGGUCUGGCAGAGACCUCCCUAUGAUGGCGGCAGCAAGAUUACAGGUUACAGCGUAGAGAGGAGAGACGCCCCCAAUGGCAGAUGGACAAAGGCCAACUUUACCAACAUCAUUGAAAUGGGCUUCAUUGCAUCAGGACUUACACAAGAUGAAGCCUAUGAGUUCAGAGUGUUUGCAAAGAAUGCAGUUGGAUCCGUCAGUAAUCCAUCUCUCGUUGCUGGCCCAGUAACCUGUAUUGAUUCAAGUGGUGCUCCAGCAAUCGACCUCCCACCAGAAUAUUUAGAUGUUGUGCAAUACAAAGCUGGAGCCUCUGUGAAGAUCAGAGUUGGAAUUCUUGCAAAACCUUUGCCUGCAAUUGAAUGGUGCAAGGAUGGAAAGGAACUGGUGUCAAGCUCUGAGCUGUCUAUUGAGAGUACAACAGACACAUCUAGUAUUCUUAUCAAGGAUGCCACUCGCUUUAACACUGGCACAUAUGAAAUCAAGAUCAGGAAUGUUCUGGGCUCAGCAUCGGCAUCCAUCAGGAUACAAAUUCUAGACAAACCAGGACCACCACCAGGAAUCAUUCAGUUUAACACAGUUACGGCAGACAAGAUUAUCUUCAAUUGGGCGCCAGUCACAGAUGAGGGUGGUGCUAAAGUCACCCAUUAUGUUGUGGAAAGACGUGAAACCAGCAGAGUGGUGUGGUCCACUGUCUCCGAUGAGAUGACUGAUUGUUGUGCCACUGUCCAGAAGCUAGUGAGAGGGAGUGAAUAUGUGUUCCGUGUGAUGGGGGUCAACAAGUUUGGAAUUGGAGAGCCUCUCGAGUCUGAGACAGUCUUUGCCAAGAAUGCCUUUGUAACACCUGGACAGCCUGCCACUCCUGAGGUGAAUGCUAUCACAAAAUCAUCUAUGGUAGUCGUGUGGAACAAACCAGUUGUGGAUGGUGGAAGUCCAGUGACAGGUUACUACCUGGAGAGACGUGACAAGAAAAGUCUUCGCUGGAUUAAGGUCUUCAAAGAUCCAAUCAGCGACAUUACUCAGAAGGUGUUCCACCUGACAGAAGGGAAUGAGUAUCAGUACAGAGUGUGUGCCACUAACAAGGCUGGAGAGGGCCCCUUCUCCGAUGUGUCUGAUUUCUACAAGGCAGCUGAGCCAGUUGAUCCACCAGAUGAGCCUUGCAAGCUCAAAGUGGUUGACUCUACCAAGACGUCCAUCACCCUUGGGUGGUCAAAACCAGAGUGGGACGGUGGCAGUGAAAUCAUCAGCUAUGUAGUUGAGAAACUGGUGGAGGGUGAAGAGGAAUGGACAGUCAUCAGCGCCAAAGGAGAAGUGAGGACUGCAGAGUAUGUAGCCCACGACCUCAAACCUGAUGUGAACUACUUCUUCCGCGUAUCAGCAAUCAACUCUGCAGGCCGUGGAGAACCUCUUGAGAUGACUGAGCCUGUGCAAGCUAAGGAUAUCCUGGAGGAGGCUCAAGUUGAUCCAGAUGUUGCCAUGAGAACUCAUUACAUUGUUAAAGCAGGAAAAGAUGUGGAGAUCAUGGUUCCUCUUAAAGGCAGACCUGCACCUACGGCUUCAUGGUCAAAGGGAGAAGAUUGCCUUGACAGUGAUCCCAAAUAUAUAAUUCACAACACCGACACAACAUCAGUACUACAUUUGUCUGAAGUAACCAGGAAUGACACUGGAAAAUAUACAGUAAAGAUUGAGAAUGGCGUUGGAGAGCCCAAAACAUUGACGUUGUCUGUGAAGGUUCAAGACUCACCAUCUGCCUGCAGAAACCUAGUGUUGAAGGAAGUUACUCGUGGCAAAGUCACUCUUUGUUGGGAAGCCCCUCUACUUGAUGGUGGUGCGGAAAUUACCAACUACAUUGUAGAGAAGAGAGACUCAUCAAAAAGAGCUUACUCCAGUGUGACCAACAAAUGCACAGAUACAACAUACACCAUUGAAGAUCUGUCAGAGAAGACAUCCUUCUUCUUCCGUGUGUUAGCCGAGAAUGAAAACGGUGCGGGCGAUGCUUGCGAUACAGCUGAACCAGUGAAAGCGACAGAAACUCCUGGUCCAAUCAAAGAGCUGUCCAUGAAGGACUCUUCAAAGACAUCUGUCACACUACAGUGGGUGAAGCCUGACUAUGAUGGUGGCAGCAUCAUCAGUGACUAUGUCAUUGAGAAGAAACUCAAAGACGAAGAGGAAUGGGCAGCAGCUGGCACCAGCAAACAAUGUGAAUGUGAGGUCAAAAAACUGAAAGAGCUCGCAUAUAUGGACUUCAGAGUGUGUUCCAAAAAUGAGAAAGGUCAGAGUGACUUUGUGGAAAUUAAAUCAAUCCAGGUCAAAGACUUUAUCAUUACACCAGAUGCCUGUCUUGAUGACUAUCCAGGUAGUCGUGUAAACGUUCGCUUGGGUCACAAUGUGCAUAUUGAAUUGCCAUAUAAGGGCAAACCCAAACCAAGUAUUUACUGGCUAAAGGAUAAUCUGCCUCUCAAGGAGAGUGAGCAGGUGCGUUUCAAGAAAACAGAAAAUAAAGCUAUUCUCACGAUCAAGAAUGUGAAGAAAGACAAUGAAGGUAAAUACACAUUAACCCUGGAUAACAAGGUUAACAGGAAGUCCUUCCACAUUCAUGUCAUCACUCUUGGACCACCAUCCAAACCUAUUGGACCCAUUAACCUGGAUGAGAUUAGAGCAGAGAGCAUCAGGAUCUCCUGGGAGGAGCCAAACGAUUAUGGCGGUGGAGAAAUAACAUGCUACAGUGUGGAAAAACUCGACACCGCUCAGACAGCCUGGAAGAUGGCUUGCUCCAGUGUGACUGAUACGUCCUUCAACAUACCCAAUCUGAUCAAAGGAACACAAUAUCAGUUCAGAGUGUGUGCUGAGAACAGGUUUGGAGUCAGUGAGCCACUCAUAUCUCAGACUGUCAUUGCCAAACAUCAAUUCAGACCACCGGGCCCACCAGGAAAACCAGUGGUAUACAAUGUGACCAAUGAUGGCAUGACUAUUCAGUGGGAGACCCCCAUCUAUGAUGGUGGCACACCCAUCCAAGGCUACAACGUUGACAAGAAGGAGAAGAACAGCAUUAUGUGGCAGAAGGUCAACACAGUUCUGAUUACUGAAAGAGACUACAGGAUCCUUGGCCUUAUUGAGGGUCUCGAGUAUCAGUUCAGAGUCUAUGCAAAGAAUGAUUCUGGACUCAGUCGUUUUAGUGACGAAAGCAACUACACCAUGGCUGUCUCUCCUGUUGAUGCCCCUGGCCAGCCUGACUACACUGAUGUUACUAGUAAUUCAGUGUCACUCAAAUGGGAUGCACCCAACCAUGAUGGCGGGAGCAAAAUCACUGCCUACAAUGUUGAGAAACGUCAAGGAAAGGGACGCUGGCUGAAGAGCAACUUCACAAAUGUUCACGAGUGCAACUUCACAGUGGCUGGUUUGGCAUGUAACGAACGCUAUGAAUUCAGAGUGAUCGCAAGAAACGCAAUAGGCACUGUGAGUCCACCUUCUCAGUCAUCUGGCUACAUUGUCGUCAGAGAUGAAAGUGUUGCACCACAACUUGAGUUUGGACCUGAGUACUUUGAGGGUCUCACUGCCAAGGCAGGAGAUAACAUCAGACUUAAGGUUAGCAUUACUGGACGCCCAUCUCCCAAGGUUGUGUGGUACAGAGAUGGUGUUGAGAUUACCAAAAAGAUGAUGGACAUCAUUACAAUCGCUGGAUCAAGCACACUGUUUGUACGUGACGCUGACCGCAGUCACCGUGGUGUGUACACUGUGGAAGCCACCAACAGCUCUGGGGACAAGAAAGAGGACAUUAAUGUCCAAGUCCUGGAUACACCUGGAGAGCCAGUGGGACCCAUCACAUUCUCCAAUAUCUCUGAAGGAAAAGUGACACUUUCCUGGAAGCCACCUGAGAAUGAUGGCUGCUCUGACAUUACUCAUUACAUCAUUGAGAAGCGCGAGACUUCAAAGAUUUCAUGGGCGCUUGUCACAGAUCGUUGUGAGGACAGCACCUACAAUGCAUCCAAGCUGAUCAAGACUAAUGAGUACCAGUUCAGGGUUUCUGCAGUCAACAACGUUGGAGUAGGCAGACCUAUAGAGUCCAGCCCCAUUAUUGCACAGAUGCAAUACACUGUUCCAGAUGCCCCUGGCACUCCUGACUCAACUGAAGUCACAGGUGAAAGUAUCACACUGGCAUGGACAACACCCACCUCAGAUGGAGGAAAUCCAAUCCAAAGCUAUAUUGUGGAGAAACGUGAGAAGAAGACAGUUCGCUGGUCAAAGGUCAAGACCAAAAAGCCUAUUGUGGAGACUGGUCACAAAGUAGUCAAUUUGACUGAAGAUAUGGAGUACGAGUUCCGAGUGAUGGCAGUGAACGACGCUGGAAUUGGAGCUCCUAGCAACAUAUCCAUGGCCAUUAAAGCCAGUGAGCCCAGGGAUAUUCCAUGCGCUCCAUCUAUAGUAAAUGUAAGCGAUUCUACAAAUACAUCCAUCAGUCUGGAAUGGACCAAGCCUGCGGAUGACGGUGGCAUGGAAAUUCUGGGUUACAUUAUUGAAAUGUGCAAAGGAGUCGAGGAGGAAUGGCACAGAGUAAAUGAAGAGCUCUGCGUUGAAACUAUGUAUGUCACAAGUGGUUUGGAGACUGGCGCAGAAUACAAGUUCCGUGUUGCUGCUGUCAACCAUAUUGGUAGAGGAGAGGAACAAGAAAUCCCUGAACCAGCACAGGCAGUGGACAGACAAACAGCACCUAUUGUUGAUAUUGAUGCCAGCUUCAAACAGACACACAUUGUGAAGAAUGGAGAUACUGUCUGUCUCCAAGUAGCCUUCAGGGGUAAACCAACUCCCACAGCACAAUGGGUUAAGGAGGAUGGAGAGCUGGGAGUCAUGACUGAAAUCAUUACAACAGAGAACACCAGUACUUUGACGAUUGAGAACUGCACUAGAUAUGACUCUGGUAAAUACACCAUUACCCUUGAAAACAGUGGCGGCACUAAGGAUAUUACAUUCACUGUGAAGGUGAUGGACACCCCUGGACCUCCAGUAUCUCUGAUCUUCAAGGAAGUCUCCAGAGGAUCUCUCACACUGGUCUGGGAACCUCCCACUAACGAUGGCGGAGCCCGCAUUCAUCAUUACAUUGUGGAGAGGCGUGAGGCUAGCCGCCGUACCUGGCAACAGUCUGGAGGCAAGUGCACUCAGUUGAUACUCAGAAUAAGUGAUCUGCUAGAGGGCGUCCCAUACUUUUUCAGAGUCUCGGCAGAAAACCAGAAUGGUAUUGGUGAGGCUUAUGAAAAGCCAGAUCCAAUUGUUGCCACUGCAGAACCUGCAUCACCGAAGAGACUGGACAUUCUGGACACCACUGAUACUUCUGCAACCCUGGCUUGGUUGAAGCCUGAGCAUGAUGGUGGUAGUCGUAUCCAGUGCUUUGUUGUUGAGGCCAAAGCUAAGGGCACAGAUAACUGGAUGGUUUGUAACAAAACCAAGAGUCUGAGCAUGGUGAUUGAGAAUUUAGGUAUGGGUGCAGAAUAUGAAUUCCGUGUCAAAGCAAAGAAUGAAGCAGGAUUUAGUGAGCCAAAAGAAGCCAUGGCUCCUGUUCUUAUCAAAGAGCCACGAAUUGAGCCUACCGCAGAUCUCAGUGAAAUCACUAACCAACUGAUCACGUGUAAGAACAGUGGCACCUUCACCAUUGAUGUUCCCAUCAGUGGCAGACCAGCUCCUAAAGUCAUCUGGAAACUUGAGGAGAUGAGGCUGAAGAAUUCAGACAGGGUAUCCAUCACGACAACAAAGGAAAGGACAACAAUAUCAGUCAAAGAGGCCAUGAGGGGUGAUGGUGGUAAAUACUUCCUCACCCUAGAGAAUGUAGCAGGUACAAAGACUUUCACUGUGAAUGUUAAUGUCAUUGGAAGACCUAGUCCUCCCACCGGGCCCAUUGAGAUCACAAACAUCACUUCUGAGUCCUGUGUGCUGAACUGGGAAGAACCAGAGGAUGACGGUGGAACCGAUAUCACAAACUACAUUGUUGAAAAGCGUGAAUCUGGCUCCACUGCCUGGCAGCUGAUCAAUUCCAGUGUGAAACGCACAUCGCUGCAUGUCUCACACUUGACCAAAUACAUGCAGUACACUUUCCGUGUCUGCGCUGAGAACAGAUUUGGUGUAAGCAAGUCUACCGAGUCUGAGACGAUUGUUGCUGAGCAUCCAUUUGUGCCUCCUGGUCCACCAACAAGACCUGAGGUGUUUGGUGUGACAUCUAACAGCAUGAGCAUCAAAUGGGAGGAGCCCUUCCAAGAUGGUGGCAGCAAAGUCACAGGCUACUGGAUAGAGAAGAAGGAGAGAAACAUUAUCCUGUGGGUGAGGGAGAACAAGAUCCCAUGCUUCGAGUGCUACUACAAAGUAGAGGGGCUGGUAGAGGGCUUGGAGUACCAGUUCAGAAUCUAUGCAAUGAAUAGUGCUGGCCUGAGCAAAGCCAGUGAGGCAUCGAAGAGAACAGUGGCUCAGAACCCAGUUGACCCUCCUGGUAAACCAGAAGUUACAAAUGUGUCAGGAUCUACAGUGUCCAUCAAAUGGUCUACCCCUCUGAAUGAUGGUGGUUGUCCUAUUGUCGGUUACAUUGUUGAGCGUAAGCCGUACUCCAUCACUGGAGAAGGCCGCUGGCUGAAGUGUAACUACACCAACGUGACAGAUAAUAACUUCACCAUCACAGCCCUGGGAGAGGGAGAGGUCUAUGAAUUCCGUGUCAUCGCUAAGAAUGCUGGUCAAGUUUUCAGCAUUCCGUCUGCGUCCACCGGCCCUGUGACAUGCAAAUCUGAAUAUGCUCCACCUAAGGCAGACUUGGACAGCAAGCUUCUGGCAGACACUGUUACUGUUAGAGCUGGCUCAGACCUAGUUUUGGAUGCUGCUGUUGGUGGCAGACCUAAUCCCAAAGCCUCAUGGGCCAAGGGAGAUAAGGAUCUGGAGCUGUGCGAGAAGUACUGUCUGCAGUACACAAGUACCAGAGCAAUGGCCAUCAUCAAGUUCUGUGAUAGAGAUGACACUGGAAAGUACAUUCUCACUGUCAAGAAUGCCAGUGGGGUCAAGACAGCAGAGGUUAAUGUGAAAGUACUUGAUACACCUGGAGUUUGCGAGGGUGCGAUUACCUUCAGCAAAAUUACACAAGAGUCAUGUACGCUGUCCUGGAAGCCGCCUCUUGAGGAUGGUGGAGAUGACGUGUCCCACUACAUUGUUGAGAGACGCGACACCAACAGGCUCAAUUGGGUGGUUAUGGAUGCUGAGUGCAAGGCAUUGACCUGUGACAUCACCAGACUGUUUAAGAACACAGAGUACCUCUUCCGUGUGAGAGGAGUCAACAAGUAUGGCAGUGGUGUUCUUCUCCAGUCUGAGCUUGUCAUUGCCAGAAACACAUUCACUGUGCCAUCUCCACCGGGAGUACCCGAGAUUCUAGCUGUUGGGAAGGACUUUGCUACCAUUGAGUGGCUGAAAUCAGAGAGCGAUGGUGGUAGUGAGAUCACCCAUUACCUCGUCGAGAAGCAUGAGAAAAAGAGUGCUAGGUGGAUCAAGGUGAACAGAGAUUCAGCGUUUCUGGACACAUGCCUGAAGGUCUCAGGCCUCGUAGAGGGAAACACCUACCAGUUCCGCGUGACAGCCAUAAACAAGGCUGGCGAGAGUGAACCUAGCGAGUUGUCUCUCUAUGUUGUCUGCAGGGUGCCCACAUGUACCCCUGCUCCUCCAUCAAUCCCCCGCAUCACAGACACCACCAAGGACAGCAUCAGCUUAGCCUGGUCCCGACCAGUUGAGGACGGAGGCGCCGAUGUCCUAGGCUAUCUUCUGGAGAAGCAGGAAGAGGGAGCUGAGGAAUGGACCAAGGUCCAUGAGAAGACUCUGCGAGGCACAGAACAUGUUGCUACCAGUCUCACAACUGGAAAGAAAUACUGUUUCAGAGUUGCUGGAGUCAAUGUCAAUGGAACUGGAGACUUCAGUGAACCCUGUGCAGAGACAGAGGCAACUGAGAGAAUUGAAACACCUGACCUGGAGAUGCAUGAUGAUCUCAAAAAGACCAUCUGCCUGAGAGCAGGAGGCAUCCUCAAAUUAUGUGUUAAUGUAACUGGAAGACCCAUUCCUUCCAUCACCUGGAGCAAGCCAGAUGUUGACCUCCAUAACCGUGGUUUCAUUGAAGUCACAAAUUCCUCUACAACUCUCAUUAUUGACAAAGUGCAUCGCUAUGAUGCAGGCAAAUACACCAUUGAUGCAGAGAAUCAGUCUGGCAAGACGUCUGCUACUAUUGUUGUCAAAAUCUAUGAUACUCCCGGUCCAACAGGACCAAUUAAGAUCAAGGAGCUCACAAAUGAGUCUGCCCUCAUUGCAUGGGAUCCCCCAACUGUGGAUGGUGGGGCUCCAGUGAACAACUACAUCAUUGAGAGGCGUGAAGCAUCAAUGAGAGCCUACAAAACAGUGACAUCCAAGUGCAGCAAGACAUCCUAUAAGAUCACUGGACUCAUGGAGGGACUGAUGUAUUACUUCAGAGUCUUACCAGAGAAUCUGUAUGGAGUGGGAGAGCCAUGUGAAACCCCUGACGUUGUGUUAGCAUGUGAAGUACCCCUGCCUCCAAGCAAAUUAGAGAUGGUGGAUGUCACCAAGUCCUCAGUAACACUUGGAUGGGAGAAACCAGAGCAUGAUGGUGGCAGCAGACUCACAGCCUAUGUCAUUGAAGCCUGCAAAUUUGGCACUGACAAAUGGAUGAAGGUGGCAACCCUGAAGACAACUGAAUUUGAGUACACUAUUACCUCUCUGAAUGAGAAUGAACAGUACCUGUUCAGAAUCAGAGCUGUUAACAGCAGGGGACCUAGUGAGCCGAAGGAGAUUGUAACAGCUGUUACAGUCCAAGAACAACGGGUUCUACCCAAGGUUGAUUUCUCGAGCAUUCCUCAGAAGGUUGUCAAUGUUCGGGCUGGAAAACCACUUGAGCUGGACUUGCCAAUCAUUGGAAGACCCCCACCCGUUUGCUCAUGGUACUUUGCAGACAACAAGAUGAAAGUCACUGACCGUGUUAAGAUUCAAAGCACCGGAAAGUUCUCUAAGUUGACUGUGCUUAAUACAACCAUUGAUGACACUGGCGAAUAUAAUCUGGAAAUAAAGAACAUCACUGGAGUCAUCACAGAAACUAUCAAAGUCAUUAUUCUUGACAAACCUGAUGAACCUAAGGGACCAAUCAGGUUUGAUGAGAUUGAUGCAACCUCAGUGACAUGCAGUUGGGAUCCUCCGGAGAGGGAUGGAGGCGCUCCAAUCAGUGGCUACGCUGUUGAGCAACGUGAUGCUCAUCGUCCUGGAUGGGUUCCAGUCUGUGAUUCUGUUAGCAGGCCCCAGUAUAAGUUCGAAAAACUCACAGAGGGCGAUGAAUAUGUGUUCCGUGCAGCCGCGAUCAAUCGCUUUGGCACUGGAUCAUUCUUUCAAUCCGAGAUUGCUGUAUGCAAGAGUGCAACGAACAUUCCUGGACCUCCUGGCAGGCCAACAGUGUUUGAUGUGUCUCGUGAUGGCAUGACCGUAGCAUGGCUCCAACCAGAGGAAGAUGGUGGAUCAGAAGUGUCCGGAUAUAUCAUUGAACGCAAGGAGGUCAGGUCUGACAGAUGGGUGCGUGCCAACAAGAACCCAGUAACAAUGACCCGAUACAGAUCUACAGAUCUGAUCGAAGGCCUGGAGUAUGAACACAGAGUCACAGCCAUAAAUGCCAGAGGAGUUGGCAAACCCAGCCUUGUCUCAAAACCAGCAGUGGCAACUGACCCCAUUGAUCCACCUGGCUCACCCCAGAACCCCAGAAUCACAGAUACCACAAAGUCCUCUGUGUCUCUGGCCUGGAGUCCACCUGAUGAUGAGGGAGAUGCCAAGGUUUCAGGCUACCUGAUUGAGAUGCAGAAGGUCGGCCAGAUGAGCUGGAUUAAAUGCAAUACAACUCCUUCUCUGAUCUGUGAAUAUACACUGACAAAAAUGCCCCAAGGAGAAGAAUUCAAGUUCCGUGUAUUGGCCUGCAAUGCCGGCGGAUCUGGAGAGCCCGCUGAAGUACCAGGAACCAUCAAAAUCACAGAGAUGCUUGAAUCUCCUGAUUAUGACCUGGAGCUUAAAUACAAGGCUGUAUAUGUGGUCAGACAUGGAGGAGUUGUCAGACUCUCUGUGCCUGUCAAGGGUAAACCAGUCCCUACAUGCAAGUGGACCAAGGAUGGCUCGGAUGUUGCUGAGAAGGCCAUGCUUGUUUCUUCUGAAGACGUCACUGAGCUUGUGAUCAAGGAUGCAGAGAGGAGCGACUCAGGUGUCUAUGAGCUUAAGUUGGAGAACAGGGUUGGGAAGAAGGUUGCUCACAUCAAGGUGAACGUCAUCGGCCGCCCUAGCGCUCCUGAAGGCCCGCUCAAAUUUGAUGACAUUCAAGCCAACUCUGUCAGAGUUAGCUGGACAACCCCCAAAGACAACGGUGGAACAGAUAUCUUAGGAUACAUUGUUGAGAGACGUGAGUCUUCCAGAGUGGCAUGGUACACCGUGGAUACCAGGGUGGUCGACACACAGCUGUUGGUCAAGGGACUGCAGGAAGGUGUUAAGUAUCACUUCAAGGUGACAGCAGAGAACCAGUAUGGUAUCAGUGAAUCUUUGAAGUCAGACGAACCUAUCAUACCAAAGACUCCAUUGUGUCCUCCUGAAUCCUCAAGCACUCCACCAGAGAUCAUGGAUGUCACAAAGAACUCAGUUGCUCUCUCCUGGUCCAGGCCAAAGGAUGAUGGUGGUUCUGGCAUCACUGGGUACAUUGUUGAAUACAAAGAAGUGUCCUCUGAGACCUGGGUUCGUCACGAGACCAAAGUUGUCUCGACCAUGUUCACUGUGCCUCGUCUUACUCCUGACGCUGAGUACCAGUUCCGCGUCAUUGCUGUCAAUGUCAUUGGACAGAGUGAAGCCGGACCUGCAUCUGAUCCAGUCACAUGCAAAGAUCCAUUUGACAAACCAAGUCAACCCGGUGAGAUCGACACAGUCAGUGUUGCAAACAACAACAUUGCCAUCCGCUGGAAGGUGCCAGAAUGUAAUGGUGGAAAAGAGAUCCUGGGUUACUGGGUGGAGUACAGGAAGUCUACAGAGAGCACAUGGAAGAAGUGCAACAAACAGCGUCUGAAGGAGAAAGAGUUCACAAUGGUUGGUCUUGCCGAGGCCACUGAGUAUGAGUUCAGAGUGUUUGCUGAAAAUGAAACCGGAAUCAGCCGACCACGCAGAACAGCUACAUGCAUCAAAACUAAACUCAGUGUUGGAACUCAACCAAGCCUUAGGAAAGAAAUGGAUGAAGUAACAACAAAACUUGGACAACCAGCAGUUAUGAAAUGCCAGAUUAUUGGUAGGCCCGUUCCUGAGAUCAAAUGGUACAAGGCCGGUAAGGAGAUCAUAGAGUCUCGUAAAUAUGAGAUGAGCUCUGAUGGUCGCAACCACUCCCUGAGUAUAAUGACAGACCAGCAAGAGGAUGAGGGUGAAUACACAUGCAAGGCUUUCAAUGAUGCAGGUGAGGCAGAGACCACUGGUACUCUGGUGCUGGAGGCCGCUCCUCAGUUCCACCCUGACUUCCCAUUGAAGAACACAUACCAUGCAGGUUGUGGCACUACUUUGCGCCUGCAUGUUGUCUACAUCGGACGCCCUGAGCCAAAGAUCAUGUGGCUCCAUGGAGCUUCUACUGUAGAGCCAUCUGAGAACAUAAGCAUUGAGAACACAGAGCACUACACUCACCUGGUGAUCAAGAAUGUUGAACGCAGGGUACAUGGAGGAAAAUACAGAGUCAGACUGCACAACCACUUUGGCAGAACUGACACUGCAAUCAAUGUUGAAAUCCAAGAUAAACCGUCAAUGCCUGAAGGUCCUAUUGUGCUUGAUGCUCUGCUGAAGAACUCAGUAAUCAUCAGCUGGAAGCCACCAAAGGAUGACGGUGGAUCAAUGAUCACCAACUACCUUGUUGAGAAGCGUGAGGACAAGGAAGAGGCACAGUGGGAACUGGUGUCAUCAUCUAUCACUGCCACCAACUGCCGUGUACCCAACCUGGUUGAUAGCGCUGGCUACUUCUUCCGCGUCUAUGCUCAGAAUCGUUAUGGAAAUAGUGAGCCAUUAGAACUAUCUGCUCCUAUCCUCAUCAAGAGCCAGCUGGCUAAACCUAGUCCACCACUCCUGCCGGUUGUCUCCGGAGUGACCAAAGUCUCAUGUGUUGUCGCUUGGAAACCUCCUCUCUCUGAUGGUGGCUCUAAAAUCAAGAGUUACUGCAUUGAGAAAAAGGAGAAGAAGGGUGAAUGGACACCUGUUACCACUGAUGAAAUCCACCAAACCGUCUUCUCCGUCAAACGCCUUGUGGAGGGCUCAGAGUACAUCUUCCGCAUUAAGUGUGAGAAUCUCGGCGGUGAGAGUGACUGGAGUGAAGAGUCUGCACCCAUCAUUCCAAAGACAGCUGUUGACGUCCGUGCUCCCGCCUUCAAAGAAGAGCUGAGAAGCAUGAGUGUCAAAUAUAAGAGCAAUGCUACCUUUGUUUGUAAGAUUAUAGGACAACCUAAGCCUGUGAUCAAAUGGUUCAAACGUGGUAAGGAGAUCCAGUCUGAUGGAAAGAAACUCAAAGUACAAGAAUUCAAGGGAGGCUAUCACCAGCUGGUGAUUGCUGAUGCUGAAGAGGAUGACUCCACUGUAUACCAGAUCAGAGCAACAAACCAGGGAGGAUCUAUCUCAUCCACUGUCUCUCUUGAUGUUGAAGUUCCUGCCAAGAUUAACCUGCCCAAAAACCUUAAGGAUAAGGAGGCCAUCCCUGCCCUGCGUGGAGAGUUGGUAAACAUCAAGAUUCCUUUCAGUGGCAAACCAGACCCUGUCAUCACAUGGCAGAAGGGACAAGACCUCAUUGACAACAAUGGAUACUAUCAAGUUAUUGUCACUAGAUCAUUCACAUCACUGGUGUUCCCUAACGGUGUGGAUAGGAAGGAUGCUGGGUUCUACAUUGUUUGUGCCAAGAACAGAUUUGGCAUUGACCAACAGACAGUUGAACUGGAUGUUGCAGAUGUUCCAGAUCCACCACGUGGUCUCAAAGCCAGUGAUGUCUCAAGAGACUCAGUGUCUCUGAGUUGGGUUGACCCAGCAAGUGAUGGUGGCAGUAGAGUAACUAGCUACAUCAUAGAGAAGUGCCCUACAACAGCUGACAGAUGGGAACGUGUUGCCCAGGCCCGCGAUACUCACUACACUGUUGUCAACCUGUUUGGAGGAACUAGUUAUCAGUUCAGAGUCAUUGCCGAGAAUAAGUUUGGCCAGAGUUCCCCAUCAGAGCCAAGCUGUCCGGUUAUGACAAAGGAAGACAAAUCAAGAGUCCUCAGCUAUGACAAGGAGGUUGAUGAUUCAGGAUAUGUUUCAAGAGGCAAAGCUCCUCAUUCCAAUGCUAAGGAUGUGCAUGAAAAAUACAUGAUUGCUGAGGAGCUGGGAAGAGGACAGUUUGGUAUUGUUCACCGCUGUGUUGAGACCAGCUCUCAGAAGACAUACAUGGCCAAAUAUGUUAAGGUGAAGGGAGCAGAUCAAGCAAUUAUCAAAAAAGAAAUUGCUACACUGAAUGUGGCAAAGCACAAUAGUUUCCUGUGCCUCCAUGAAUCAUUUGAUAGCCCUGAAGAAUUAGUCAUGAUCUAUGACUUCAUCUCAGGUGUUGACAUAUUCGAACGCCUUGGAACCGCCGACUUUGAGCUUACAGAGCGUGAAAUUGUCAACUACAUCAGACAAAUAUGUGAAGCUCUCGAGUUCUUGCACAGUGCAAGUUAUGGUCACUUUGACAUCAAACCUGAGAACAUAGUGUACACUACAAGGAAAAGCACUAACAUUAAGAUCAUUGAAUUGGGACAGGCCAGACACUUGACACCAGGAGAACAGAUCAAGGUGCAGUACACAACGGCCGAGUAUGCAGCUCCUGAAAUCCACCAGACCGAUAUGGUCAGCACCGUCACUGACAUGUGGUCAGUUGGUGUCCUUGCAUACAUCCUUCUUAGUGGACUCAACCCCUUCACUGCUGAAACUAACCAGCAAAUGAUUGACAGCAUUUCAAAUGCCGAGUACAAUUACGAAGAUGAAGCCUUUAAACAGGUCAGUGUUGAAUCAUUAGAUUUCACAGACCGCCUUCUCACAAAGGAACGUAAACAUCGUAUGACAGCUGCUGAAGCUUUAGGCCAUCCUUGGCUGACAAUGCAGCCGGAACAACUCAGCGGAAGAAUCAUUCCGACCACUAGGCACAAGAGAUAUUACCAGGCCUUGGUAAAGAAAGAAUGGAGCACUGUUGUCUCAGGUGCUCGCAUUGCCGGCGGUGGAGCUAUCAGACCCCAGAGAGGUGUCUCUGUUGCCAAAGUGAAGAUCGCACCAUUUGAACAUGGCCCAGUGGCUGGGCAGAUUGGUCAUGUUGUCGUGGAUGAGAAAGAAAAUAUCAAGUUUAUUUGCAACAUUGAGAACUAUGACAGCACCACAGAGGUCACAUGGUACUGUGGUGUUAGACAGCUGGAGGCAGGUACCAAGUAUGAAAUUGAAUAUGAAGAUGGGCUGGCAACUAUAACUAUAAAUGGGGUCACCAGAGCUGAUGAUGGCACCUACAGAUGCAAGAUUGUCAAUGAGUAUGGUGAGGACAGUGGCUACGCUGAACUCUUUGUCAAUGGAGUUAGGUCAUAUCGUGACCACUUCACAACGCGUGUGGUGAAGAAGGUGAAACGCAGAGUGGACACAGCUAGACUGCUCCAGAAACCACCUGAGUUCACCCUGCCUCUGUUUAACCGCACAGCUUACAUUGGAGAAGAUAUCCGCUUCGGUGUCACCAUCACUGUGCACCCUGAGCCACGUGUAAUGUGGCUGAAAUCUGGCCAGAAGCUCAUUCCUGGUGAUGAUGACAAAAAGUACACUUUCCUCACCGACAAGGGUCUUUAUCAGUUAGUGAUUCACAACCUGGAGUCUGAUGACGAGGCAGAGUACAGCGUCGUGGCUCGUAACAGGUAUGGCGAUGACAGCUGUAAGGCUCGUCUCACUUUGACUCCCCGUCCUGCACCAGCAGACAACACCUUGAGGCCCAUGUUCAAACGCCUGCUUGCUAAUGUCGAGUGCAGAGAAGGCCAGAAUGCGCGAUUUGAGAUCAGAGUGUCAGGACUCCCAACACUGAAGUGGGAGAAGGAUGGCAUGCCAUUGGCAUUUGGUCCAUCAAUUGAAAUUGUUCAUGAAGGCCUGGACUACUUUGUCCUUCAUGUGAAAGACACUCUACUUGAAGAUUCAGGCGUAUAUAGAGUUACAGCAACCAACUCUGCUGGAUCUGCCAGUUGCCAAGCCACCCUAAAGGUAGAGCGGUCCACCCAUGUUAAGAAAGAGUAUGUGAGUGAAAGGGACAAAAAGAAACAAGCUGAAAAAGAACAAAUGGACAAAAAAGUAAGGAUAUCACAGAUCCUUUCUGGUACCGAGGUCAUGGCUCUUCCCCCACUGGCACAGCAAGCUAUAAGAGAGGCAUCCACAAUGUUUAAACCUGCUGUGACAACAAAGAAGGGUGAGAAGACGGAGGCUGAAGUACAAAAAGAAAAAGAGGAAAGGAAGAAGAGGGCGGAUGAGAAGAGGCUGCGCAUGCCGUACGACGUUCCCCCGCCUCGUGUUGUGGGGCCCACAGCGCUCGAGGAGGAUAUGGAAAUCAAACACUUUGUUCCCUUCUCUGAUAUGAAAUGGUACAAGAAGCUCCGGGACCAGUAUGAGUUCCCUGAGCCUAUGGACAAGAUCAAACAGAAGAGGAUGAAACGUAUCCGUCUGUCAAGGUGGGAACAGUUCUAUGAGGUGCCUCUGCCAAGGAUUAAAACCCAGUACAAACAUAAAUGGCGCCUUCCAGCAGUGACACAGGAUGACCUGGAGACAGUGAGGCCUGCAAGGCACCGCACUCCUUCCCCUGACCUGGAGGCCUACCAAAGAAUAAGGAGGAGGUCUCUUGGGGAUCUCUCAGAUGAGGAGCUCCUCCUGCCUGUUGAUGAGUAUCUCUCCAUGAAGCAAACAGAGGAGCAGAGACUCCGUCUGGAGGAAGAACUGGAGCUUGGCUUCUCUGCCUCCCCACCCAGCCUUAGCCCUGUGCGCUUUGAGCUGUCUUCACUUCGCCAUACAUCUCCAAGGCGCGCGACAUACACUGAAGAAGAGGAAGGUGAAGAGGUUCAGAGGUACGACUCCUAUCGUAUUCCAUCCAAGUAUGAGGCAGGGCCAAGUUUCCUCAACCUUCGCCAGCGCCAUGACAAGGCCACACACAGACCUCCAAGACAGAAGCAAAAAGUGUAUGAAGAGAGAGAAGACGAAGAGAUGCUGAGACCUGUCAAAACAACACAGAGAAUCACCUCUUAUAAAAGUCAGUUGAAACAGAUGGAGUUUGAGGAAAAAACAAGAGUUACAAGAAAAGAGAAAACAACUGUUCACGUGUCAAGUGUGACUGAAGGUUCUUUAAUGGAGACAUCUGAGCAUCUUCCUGCCUCAUUUACUCCUUCAUAUGUUCCCAUGGCACGCCCUGCAGUCAAAAAGACAGCAUCUGCAGAGGCUAAACCUGAGAGAAAGAGAUCCCCAACCCCUGAAAAGCCCCGUCAUAAAUCCCCAAGUUCCACUGCCUCACAUGAUGUCACCUUAUCUAAAAUUGAUUUCAUGUCCAGAUAUGAGGCGAGAAAGGCAGUUCUGAGAUCCGAGAGAAAGUCAACAGAGAGUACAUUUGAGGUUGUCACUCAGCAGCCUUUCAGCCUUGAUCACGUGCCACGUGUAACCGUCAGAAUGCGUUCUCACCGUGUGCCAUUUGGCCAGAGCACCAAAUUCACUCUAAAUGUCCAAUCAAAGCCUGUGGCUGAUAUCAAGUGGUACCAUAAUGGAAUACAGAUCCACGAGAGCAAGAAGUACCAAAUUUCUAAUUUGAGCGGAGUCCUGUCUCUUCAGAUAAUGGACUGCCAGACAGAGGAUAGUGGUACUUACCGUGUUGUGUGCACCAACGCAAAGGGCGAAGCGUCUGACUAUGCAACUCUGGAUGUGGCUGGAGGAGGGUUCUCUACCUAUGCCUCACGUCGACAAGAUGAGGAGCCCCCAUCCGCAUAUGUCCCGGAGAUGACCAAGACAGAAGUCUACCACGUGUCCUCCAAAACAACUUCCUCCACUGAGAAACAUGAGAAAGUGGAAGCUUUACAAAUGAAAACUGAGGAGAAGAAAGUAACUAAGGAGAAGAAAGUAACCGAGGAGAAGAAAGUAACUGUGGAGAAGAAAAUUGAAAUUAAGAAAUUUUCACCUACAAUCAUUUUGAGACCCCAGUCCCUGACUGUGUCUGAAGGUGAGAUUGCUAGAUUCGUGGCUGAGGCUAAUGGAGAACCAAUGCCCAGCGUUACCUGGCUGCAUGAAGGACAGGUUGUUACCUCCACACAGCGCCACCAUGUAACCUCAGCACAAAAUGUUAAUCUUGAGUCUACUUUCGAGAUCAGUUCAGUGGAGCUUUCAGAUGAAGGCAACUACUUGGUAGUGUUUGAGAACUCAGACGGCAGAGAGGUGGCCCACUUCACCCUCACCAUUCGUCGCAGAGAGUCUAAAGAGAAGGUGGUGGCCUCUCCUCCCAGAGUGACCUCACCAGAACCCCGAGUUAAAUCUCCUCCAGGGGUCAAGUCCCCCAAAAGAAUCAAGUCUCCAAUCAGUUCGCCCCCAAGAGUCAAGUCGCCACCCACAGUGAAGUCACCCACCAAGAUGGAGGUGCAGAAAGCCAAGCCUUCCAUUUCAGUGGACCUGCAUGACAUCACAGCAGCUUCUGACUCUAUCAUCAAGCUGACAGUGAAAGUAGCAGGACAUCCAAAACCAGCAUUUUCUUGGAUGAAGGAUGGAAAGACUCUCUCAGAGGGUGGGAAAUAUGAAAUCUUUGAGGAGCAAGGCUCAGCAUAUCUUGAGAUAUAUGAAUCUGAGGUCUCUGACAGUGGUGUUUAUAAUUGCACGGUCACCAACAGUGCUGGAUCUGUAUCCACAUCCUGCACCGUCACUGUUCAAGCCUCUGCUAAAACCACAGCACUUGCAGAGAAAUCUCAAGAAAUAUCCAGCUCUACCUAUCACGCAAAAACAGAAAUCUGUGAGGAAAUAAUGGAAAAGGAAAUGGUUUAUGAGGAAAUCCAGUCUUACACCGAAGUAAAGGCUUCCCACACCCAGAUGUCAAUGACAGCGGGCCAAUCUCUCACACUAAGAGCUAAUAUCCCUGCAGCAUCAGACAUCAGAUGGAUCCUGAAUGGAGUUGAACUGGCCAACUCAGACCAGUACAGGUAUGGUGUGUCUGGAAAUGACCACACUUUGGCUAUCAAGGAGGUCAGUCAACAGGAAGAAGGGGUUAUUACAUGUGAGGCUAAGACAGAGCACGGCCUGGUCAAAUGCCAGUUUGACACCACCAUUAGUGCCAACAUCUCAGAUGCCCCCUCAUUCCUGGUGCAACCCAGAUCCCAGAACAUCAAUGAGGGGCAAAGUGUAAAAUUCACAUGUGAGAUUGCCGGAGAGCCUGCCCCUGAAGUGGAGUGGCUUAAGGACAACAUCAUAAUAUCUAUGGCAUCAAACAUGCAAAUAAGCCGCUCUAAAAAUGUGUAUGUACUGGAGAUAUCUGAGACCACAGUUGCAGACAGUGGCAAAUACACAAUAAAAGCCAAGAAUCAAUAUGGACAAUGUUCUGCAACAGCAUCUUUAAACAUCAUCGCUCUUGUAGAAGAACCAGCACAAAUGCUUGUUAUGGAACAAAGUGCUGCUGCUACCAGCUUGCAUACUGCUUUCUCAGCCUCUUCAGUUCACAUGGCAUCCAUGCAGACUGCCUUCUCCAGCAGCUCCAGUUCUGCUGAGGUUACACUUGAGAGCAUGUCCAUUGCUAGCAUGUCCACCAUGGCAGCUGAGUCAAUCGUAAAAAUGAGCUCCAGCAGUGUAAUGGAAAUGUCCAGUCACUCAAAUAUAGAGGCCUCCUCAGUGAGAGCCAUCUCCCAGGGGUUUAAAGGUGCACCACCAAAGAUCGAGGCCCUUCCAGAGGAUAUCAGUGUUGAAACAGGCAAGUUCCUGACUGUGGCCUGUGCCUUCUCUGGCGACCCAACGGCCAUUGAGUGGCUUCAUUCUGGCAAGACCCUUCCCUGUGAGGAGGAGAGCAAUAGGUUCCUCAUCGAGACUACUGGGGACCUCACCACACUCAUGAUCACUGGCGUGAAAGAGGAUGAUGCUGGGGCGUACACCCUCAAACUGUCCAAUGAGCUUGGAUCUGACACUGCAACUGUUAAUGUUCACAUUCGAUCCAUGUAAAAAAGAAAAAAGCAACAACUAAUAUAAAUUUAUAUCCCUAUUUCCCUCAUCCAGUACAUUUUUAUUUAUUGAAUUAGCAAAAAAUCAUCUUUACUUGAUAAAGACUUGGAUUUCUGUUCUUGUAAAUAUCAACUAUUUUUAUACCAAACUUGACAUUAAUUUAUGCCAAACUAGACUAAAGUCUAAAGUUGUUAUAAAAUGUGCCAUAUUGGAUAAUUAUGACUUAGGAUUUUUGAACCACUUUUCUGUGACAUGUACAUAAUGUAUAUAGCCGAAUUUAACGGUUAUGGAAAAUGUAUGAAUUGUUAUUUAUGACAAUAUUAACUGAAACAAAUGGAACUAAAUGUUUAACAGGAGAAAGAUUCACAUGAAACGAAUACCCUGAAAAACCUGAAACUAAACUCUGUGCCUCAACAAUAAGUUGAAGUCUUAAGAUUGCCUCAACAGGUAGAGAGGCUCCCUGUUGAAGUUCACAAAAUCAGAGAGACAAUGUUAUUAUGCACCGUACAUCUGUGCGUGCAAUAUUACAAUACUCCUAUGAAUUGUAACAUGACCAUAAGACCCUGAGUGCUGUUUGCAUAUUACCCUCAUGGAAGCAGCAUAAACUGGUCUUGUGUUCUGACUGACUAUGUCAUACCACCAUUUUAAUGACAUGCUCAAUGUGCGAGCGGCCUGCACUUUGAGCUCUAUAUAAUUUUAUGUGCACUGUUUCUGGCAACGGAUAGUUGAAUUGUUUUUUUCAAAUUUAACAUCUCCUGGCCAUUAAAAUAAAAGUCAAUUCAAGUUCUUCUUUGCAGAAGCAGUGCCAUCUCUUGGAGGAUUGCUAGGUAAUAUUUUGUGUGUUUGAGUGUGUUUUAGUUUUAGAAUUUCACCUUGUCAAUAGUCAGGGUAACCAUCAAGUGAAUGUACCACAGUGACUCCAUCUCCUGUGAAAAAGAAGCAAAUGCAUUAAUGUUAUACCCUGCACUUUGAUUUAAUUGAUCUAUUAUGUAGAAUUACCAGUGUAUUCAUCCUCCUUGAGUUUUAUGCAUUACUGAUUUAAUAAAGCAUGAUUUCAGCACAACAAAA